AUGAGUUCCUGCUUCGUGCCGAACGGGGCCAGCCUUGAGGAUUGCCAUUCCAACCUAUUCUGUUUGGUAAGUGGCUACUUUUUUUUUUAGGAGGGGAGGUGUGCAGAUCGCCGGAGAUAAUCAUGCAAGGAAAGGUUGGAGGGGGGAGGGAGACGAGAUCGCCAGGAGAGGGGAGGGAAGAGGAAAGGAAAGUGGGGGGGGGGGAGGGAAGAAGAGAGAGGAAUGGAAGCAAAGCAGCCAUUUUUAGCAUUGCAUCUGCUAGAGGAGUCUUCUGGAGCAGGCCUUGCCAGGAAUCAACUAGCUCUCCUGUAUAUAUAUUCCCCUCUCUGUCUCCCUCCCUUCCUCCAAAGACUUUAUGCCUACGGCUCCCCUGCUCCUGCUUGCUUUUUCUCCAAAUCAUUCUUCACCCUCUUUUGUUUUUCUUCCUCCGAUUCUCCACUAACUUUCGAUUUCUCUCUAAUCUGUUGUUGUAGGUGACAUGAUUACUUACGCCUAUUUUAUUGCAGUUCAAUUUCAGCCUAGUUUUAGCUUAUCUCUUCUCUCUCCCACCCUCCUUUUUCUGCUUCCCAAGCUAACUUUGGUGAAACCCUCCCCUCACUCUCCCCCCAGUUCUCUAAAAGUGUCACCCUACUAAAACUGGCAACAAAAGUCCGGGUGGAGGAGGCUCCACUGUAUUGCUAUUCGCAGGUUACACAUUAUUUGUUUAUUUUUUAAAGUGUGUGUGUGUGUGUAAACGGAUCCCUCCACUGUUUUGUAACCUUGCCUUAUUUAAUUGCUGCCGUGGAAUUCAGUUAAACCUUCAUUCAGUUAAGAUCCCAGCGUGGGUUUUGCUGACCACUUUCUCACUCUGGAUUUAUUUCAAUGCAAAUUGGCAGCAGACUCGACCAGCUGGUGUUAUUUAAUCCUGAAAGUUAAAAAAAAAAAUCUAUGCCAAAGCUAUUGUGCUGAUGCGUAGUUGGGUGUAAGGAAUCCAAGCAGUCUAUCUCUGCAGGAUCACAGGUUACUGGCUGAGCUGGCCUGCUGCUCAUGAGUGCCAGUGUCUCUUUAAAGCAUGUCUUCCCUCUUCUCCAUUUCUCUUUCCAAGAUCACCAACUGUUGCAAAUUCUGUCACUUGACAGAGGUGCUGGAACCUUCCUUGUUGGAAUUAAAUAGGCCAGGAGAACCUUUAUUGUAUCUAUAUACUGGGGAAGCAAGUGAAUUUUGUGUUGAGUGGAAAGAGCACCCUCUUUAUCAACAGCUGGAAAGUGAACCCUGUGUCAGUGCCUACCAUUUCUCUUAGCCCCCCCCCUUCAGCUGCUGUUGAAACACUGGUCAUUAAAAAAAACCUCCUUCUGGGAAAAGGAGUGGAGAAAGAACUGUUGAAAGUUUCCUUGAAUUGUACUGGAAUCCAUUAAAAGUUUGGAAUGGUUUUUUUCUUUGUUGGUUCCCCCCCCCUCCCCAUUUGUCUACCCAUGGGGAUAGUCAGUAUUUUCAGUAAAGCCUCUGCCUUUCAAAAUGAUUAGGUUGUUUUGUUGCAGUGCUUCUAGUGCUAAGUGGCUAAGGAGAGGGUUAUUAGUGAGGUGUUUAUUUGCAUUUGUAACAGAUGUAGAUUCUCUCUCAGGAAAUGCGAGUUCUCUAUAUUUGGAGAUUCAGCAGGAUUUGCAAAAGUGAUGGUAUAGUUCAAAACAAGCACUUGAUUUUAUGAUAUUCUAACAUCCUAGGAUGCUCUGUUUGAAUAACAAAACUCCCACUGAUUUGAAGGGAUUGAAGUCAUUGCCACUGGCUUAUUGACCGAAAGUUGUCAUAAGGAGGUGGUAGGGAAAAUGCAUUUUUUUAAGUCCAAAAUGCAUAUGUGCUUAGUGAAAUGGGAGAAAGACCUGCUGGGAAGUGAAUAGAAAUAUCUGUCUUCGGUAACUGCUGCAAUUUUACAAUGAAACCUUCCAGUCCCCUCUAGUCUAAUUACUGUUACAAUUUUCUUUCAGGCCGAUUUAACAGGAAUUAAAUGGAAACGCUACGUAUGGCAGGGUCCAACAUCUGCACCAAUCCUGUUCCCAGUGACCGAAGAAGACCCUAUCCUAAGCAGCUACAGUCGUUGUCUCAAAGCUGACGUCUUGAGUGUGUGGCGGCGAGACCAGAGGCCUGGGCGCAGAGAAUUGUGGAUAUUCUGGUGGGGCGAUGACCCCAAUUUUACUGACCUAAUUCAUCAUGACCUAACAGGUAUGGCAGAGAAGUCUUGGACACUUUAUGUGGUGGUAUCAUUCUUCAGAUAUACAAUUUUAUUUUGCUAGUUUGCUGCUCUAAUAAGCUUGGAUUUAUUGAGAAUUGAGAGAUGAAGUACACAUUAUUGGAAUAAUUCACCUUUUUUUACUCUGCUUGUUAAGAAAUAAUUAUUAUAUUGGAACCUCCUUUGGUCAGGGACUUCUCCAGCUAAUGUUAUUCCAUAAAAUGUCAUGUGCCCUUGUGGUGCCAAAUAAAUAGCAAAUACACAGAAGUGCAAACUGGUCUUCUGAUUGUGUGGGAGAAAUCUUGGAGGACAUCUUGUGGGAUUGCUUUGUUUCUCUCUCUCUCAAGAUAUGUUAACACAUUUGGAAAAGUGGGUGGAAUAUAAGUUUGAAUGUAUAGAACACAAGUAUUUGUGUUGAAUGUAAACAUCUGUGAUAGUGAGGCAGGUGUGGAGUCAUGUGCUUCUGUAAGUCAUGCUGUGUCUAGGUAAUUUUGUUCUGUAGGGUAUAUUUUUUGUUAGGUAUGUUGCUAAAGCCAGAGGUACAGCUGGCUUUUGUUAGGAAAAGGAGGCUUGGAUGUGGAGGCCGCAUUGGCUGUUUUAAACCACCAUCUUGAAGUAUAGGUGAUGGGGAGGGGCUAUAGUUCAGCGGCAGAACACAUGCUUUGCAUGUAGAAGGUCCCAGGUUGAAUCCUUGGCAUCUCCAGUUAAAAUAUCAAGUUGUAGUCGAGGACUUCUAGAGAUUCUGGAGAACCACUUCCAGUCAAAAUACACUGUAGUGGGCUAGAUGGGCCUGACCUGAUAUAAGGCAGCAUGUUAUAAGGCAGUUGUGUAUAAUUAAACUGGUGGUUUCAGAAUCGGCAGCAUUUGAUAGACCCCACAGGUGUCACUUAGGCUGUGUACACACUAUACAUUUAAAGCAACUUCCCCCCCCCCCCCUUAAAGAAUUAUGGGCACUGCCCUCACAGAGUUAAAAUUCCCAGCAACCAUUCACAAGUGAAAAAAUGUGUUUCAAAUGUGCUUUAAAGAUAUGGUGUGUGUGCAGCCUUAUUCUUGCGCUUUGGCUGCUGUGUGGUGCUUAUUUGUCAGCUGUUUUGAGUGUUCAUGCAGAGCAUGGCGAGAGAUGCUGCUCCAAGCUGGGGGGGUGUUGUAUGUAAAAUGACAGCAGUUUUGUGGGUUGGGUUUUUUUUUGAAAGUUGAGACUGAGGUAGCUUUGUAGAAGUAGAUCUUGAGGAAAGGUUUAAAGUGGGGGAGGAAGCUGGCAAAUCUGAAUUACCUGCUACAUGCUGUUAUUGACUCUGACCCACAUUGUCUUCUCACCAGUUAUGACCUGCUAUUGUGACUUAGCUGUAUAAAGCAGCCUGAUGCUUUUUUAGUAUGAAUUGACACUUGAAAUUUGAGUACAUGUUGAUUGCAGUAGGAUUAUCUAUAUAAAACUAUUCCUAGUUUGGACUGUUUUCUCUCUCCGCUCUGCCUUGGCAGCAAUCUGGUUUUAUGAGCCUGAAGAUGCACUUAAAUCUUUAAAUGUCCUAUUUAAACACUAUAAUCUCUUACUCUUAUGUACACCUAGCACACUCUCUGUGCUAUAUUGAAAAUUCCUAAAUGCUUAAUAGUCAUUCAGGUACAUUAAGCAGCCUUUCUGUCACACUACUACUUCCUGUUUAAAUUCUGUGUAGUGUGGUUUCUAGGACAUUUGAGCUGUGAAUCAGAAGUCCCCGAUCAUGACUCAGCCAUGAACUCACUAGGUGGCCUCAGACAAGCUUCUUUCUCAAGUCUGUGAACAUCUGAGUAGUAUAAAAAUACAAUUGUUUUUCUUAAAUCAGAUCAUGGGAAUAAUAGCAGUGUCCUUCCUGAAAGGGCUGUUGUAAAGAUAACUGUGAGAGUACACAUGAGGCCAUUUUGAACGCUUGAAAUAUGUGAGAUCGCAUGGCAGGUCAUGUUUAAACUGUCUGCAGGCAGAGAUAGUCACUAAAUAUAGACAUGGUACUGUUGUAGUCUUGGCAAUAACUGUUCAGUAGGUAGUUGCCCAUAUUACUCCUUUUCCUCCUAGCUUCAUGGUGAUGCUUCUGACAGUUUGCUCUCCCAUAUUUCUGGCAUUCUUGUCCCAACUCACGACUGGCAUCGAGGGUGAAGCUGCAGGAGCGGCCUCAAUAUAGUGCUGCGUGAUUUCCUCCAUGCUAGAUGGGGAGGAAGGAGAGCUUUAUGACUGCAGCUGAUCUAUAUGAAACUGUGUCACUAACAAUGCUUAAUGGGUGGUGUUGUCUUCAAAUGCCAGUGAUCUCUAUGGCAGCAGUGGGACUUUUGGGUCAUCUGGGAGCCAUUGUCUUACCUGUUGCAGGUAACCAGGCAAGUGCCAAAUUAUAAAGCCGUGUUGGCAAUUUCUUUUUUAUUAUGUAUUUUUAUCCUAAGCUUGCUUUUGAGCUCUAAAGCAUAACCCAGAUGAAACUACAGUACCUCUGGGACACUGAAGAUGUAGAUUGGAGCGUUUUUGUGGUUAUGGCACCCAUUGUGGAACUUGGUGCCCAGAAAAAAGUGCCCAUUUCCUUCCUUAUGCUCGUAAUUUGCCUGUUUGUGUAUUGGGGAAUGGAGAGUGUUUUUAUUAAGGAAUGCCUCUUAAGACUGUAGUGCUUGGUGGCUGCACUGAGGCUGAUUUUUAAUAUUUGAUAUUAAACAUACAAAAUUGGAAAAAUACUAAACAUGUGAUAUAAAUAAUGAUAGAACAACGUAAUCAUGUACUGUACUGUUCUAUUACAAGACAUAUAGAAAAUAUGCUAUGAAAGGGGUAAUUGCUUCUGGUUCUAAAUUGCACCUGGUCUAAAAUAUUUUGCUUGUUUAUGGAGUGUUCUAUAGAGAACUAGCAACCAUGACAAAUAUUUUAAAGCCCCAUUGAUUCAGUGGGUUCAUUCAAGAUGCACUUGAGAAGCCUCAACUUUGGCUGGAUCAUGUUGGCAGUAAAGAGUUACAGUCCUCUCUGUUCUAAAAAGAAUGCAGACCUCUAGCUCUAGCCUAUAUCCACUUUCACAAAUAUCUUAUUUAUUUCAGGUGAUUAUGGUAAUUAACACUUGCUUAAAGCACUUCGUGUACAGCAUUUCAGUCAUCUUUGCAGCAGCCCUGCAAUGUAGUUAAUCUCUUCAUGUGGCUGAGUCUGAGUGUGUGUGUCAGAAUGCAAGAAGCUGCUGUAUACCAGUUCAUGUUCUUUUUACCUAGUGUCACCUACUCUGGCUAGCAGCAGCUCUCCAGCUUCUCAUGCAGAAGGUCUUUACCAUCCCUUGUUCCCUGCUCCUUUUUAAAUUGAGGUACCAGGGAUUGGUCCUGGCACCUCCUGGGUGCAAACAGAUGGUUCAUUUGAGAUAACUCAGUUGGUAGAGCAUGAGACUCUUAAUCUCAGGGUUGUGGGUUUGAGCCUCAUGUUGGGCAAAAGAUUCCUGCAUUGCAGGGGGUUGGAGUAGAUGACCCUCGUGGUCAUUUCCAACUCUACAAUUCUAUGUGUAUCAGCUGUAUGAUUAACUCUAAAGUGGCUUGCCUAAGGCAAAGAGGAGAUCUGAAGAGGGAGAUUCCUCAUUUGUACCUCUGUUUGCUAGCAUUUACACUACAUAUAGUUUUCUGUGUACAUUAUAAAGAGGGGAAGCAGUUAUCGUUGCCAUGGUGCCAGUCGACUUGAAACAAUUGCACUCGUUUUAUUAGCAUAAUCUUAUUGAAUCUCCAUACAUACCACUCUUCUAUAGGAAAACUUAACCCAACAGUGGCAUAUUAUAUACUAGAGAAGGAUUUUAUUGUUAAAAUCGCAGAUGUGUUUUAAGUACUUGAGUUAGUGGGAGCAGGACGUGGUUAAAGCCAGUAGUCCUAGAAUGGAGAGGCUUUUGCAAAAAAGGGGUCACUUGCAGAUGAGAUACUUGGGCAUUCUGGUAGUACAUCUAUAGCUUCCUUAUUUUGCCCUGUGAGUUACCUCAGUCAUAACUUGCACAGACUGUCUUCUGUAAAGCUGAGCUGUAACUUAGACCAUAAACCUAUUUUUGUCCUGGGCUGCUUCCGAGCAAAGGCCAGUAGAUUUGCAGGAGUAUCUGUUUAAGCUUGGUGCAUUAAGGCAUUCAAGAUGGGAAAGGGAGAUGUCUUUCUUACCGGGACACUUUUUGUAUUUUGGGGAUAUUCAAAUUUUCAUUUUACUCAGAACACCAUCUGAAAGGAUGGAAAGGCAGCAAAACAAACAAAUCUGAUUUAAUAUAUUUAUGUGAUAGAUGUACGCACACAAGAGGCUGUUUGCAAGGUUGUAUAGGAAUGCAAAUACUGAUAGUAAUCUAAGCUUUUAGCAUUCAGUUGUAAGAAAGUGUGACUGUCUCAGCCUGUUUUGUCCAUGUAACUAUUCAUGCUAGGGAUUUUGGUUUGGGACCUUUUGCAUAUGAAGCCUGUCCUCUACCACCAACCCAUAACCCUUCACUGAUUUGGAAUGAGUGACACAGACAUGAGCUUGCAUACCUGGCUGAGGAAUCUACGGUAAUUUCCUUCCUGGGAGCAGCAGCUUAGCCCUCAUGGAAUGCUGUUGCAGAGGGUCCAGCUUCCUGCUGGAAUUGGCCCUUCAAAAAGGGGAAUGUGGUAAAAACUGAAAAACCAUCCCCGCAUGCAUGUAUGCAUGCAUGCAUGCGUGGUAGGUAGUGCACAGUCCUUUGGAUACUGGUCAUAACAUCUCAUUGAGCCAGAAAUCUAUUUCAGCCUUUUGAAACAAAGCUUGUAAAUUGUCCUAUUCCUAGAAUCACAGUGGAACCAUUGUUGUGUGUAUCCACGAGUUAUGGGAGCUUUUAAUAAAAAUGGAGCAAUAGCUUUCAAGUUUGAUUGACUGCAGGGGUGAAUGUAGCCUUGCAAAUGUACCUUCGAAAGUGUGGUACAUUUUAAGUUGAAAUAGGACAUUAUUGCCAGAGAAUAUUGACCGUAGUCUUGCUUGCAAUAUCUUGCAGCAGUAGUCUAAAUCAGGGGUCAGCAAACUUUUUCAGCAGGGGGCCGGCCCACUGUCCCUCAGACCUUGUGGGGGUUGGACUAUAUUUUGAAAAAUAUAGAUACCCUGCAAGCUGGUCCUGCAGCUGCCUCUGAACAUGGAGGAGGAACACACUCUGCACACACUCAGGAGUGCGUCUCGGUGGCGCCCGCUCACCGGUGUUGACGAGCAGCAGCCGUUCCAUUGGCCUGUCCCUGCAGAGCUCACAGGCGGUGUGCACCAUGCACUGUGGUCCAUUGUCCAAGGCUGGCGGGCAGGCCGCGCACGCAGAACGCCCAUGGUGCAGCCCAGACCCGCUGCCUGCCUGCUGGCUUCUCUGUCCAUGGCCACACCGGUUUUACCUCAGCUGCAGGUGGCAAGGCUUCCUGCAACCAAUCUGAAGCCCCGCCAGUGUUGCUGCCCACCCAGAAGCUGUGCCAGCAUCACGGAAGACAGUCCCCAUAUGGUGAAGUGUCCAUAGCACGUGGGGACUGACCGAGUGGGCGGCAGGGCCUGCCGGCCGUAUUUACAAGCCUGGGGGGCCGCAUCCGGCCCCCGGGCCAUAGUUUGCCUAUCCCUGGCCUAAAUGCUUUCUUUUUAUAUUUUGUUCUUUUUACAUAAAUGUUCCAUCUUGUCAGUGCAUUCCAUUGCAGAGAUACAAUGCACUUAUUUGUACUGGUUUCCCCACAUUGUCCACAACUCUUAAAUCUUGUGACUUUUGACUUUGUGUUCAGGAAUACCUGACCUGCAGCCUAGUGAAAAGUUGCUGUUGGCUGUUAGCUUCAAUGGGCUUUUUCAUAGUUUUCUAUAUUAAUGCAUUCAGAAGGAGUUAUGCAACACCAUUUUCUAAGAAGGCACCUGGGAUACAUCUGAAAGAGAGAAGCUGCUUUCAGACCCUUAUAUAUGCUUGUUUUUCUUGGAGGGCUACUUUUAAGAGUGGAGUAAAGAGUGAGGUCCAAGGUUCUGUAGCCUCAGAUUUGUUGUUCCCAGUAGGUACUGUAGAGGGGAAAAGUUGGGCUGGGUUGCUCAUGUAGCUGACCCCUCUUAUAGCUGAACAUGCAAUUAUAUGGGAUUUAACUGAGCUUAUGCUUCAGAUAUAGUUCAACAGUGCAUACUGUGGUUUAGCCUUUGUUACAUGUUUUGCACACUUGAUAAGCCAUAAGAGAAUUUUUCUGCUGAUCCUUUUUUCUUGUGCCACCUUGGUAGUAUGAGCCUUUGCUGUUUAUUAAGGCUUAGUUAACUUGCUGAAUGUUUUGAUUUACAUGUUCAUUUUUUAAAAAAAAAAUGUUCGCUACCAAUUCUGUUAUUUCGCUGGCCCGUUUUUAUUAUCACAUUUCCCUUUAUGUGUAAUAUACUGAAACUUCCUAAAAUUAAUUGACUAGGUUUUGUGCUUCAUUAGCUGGAAAGCUUUGACUGUGGAUAAUGCAAUUUUUCUGAAUUCUGAAACUUCUGUGCUAUGUCUCUCUGGCUGAAAACAACUGUGGGCAAUAUAAUGUAGUAUUGGGCAUCUUAGCAUGAGAAGGAGGAGAAUGACUUGAGUGAAAAUUCUUAGAAAGUUGUGCAGUGAUAUUGGGCAAGCUUAUGAAAAGGAAUGAUUAUACGUUCUCAGACCUUCUUGGACACUUACUGGGUUCUGGCUUUGCUUCGGAGCAUGAAAUGGUGUUUCUGCGGCUGCAGGUCCUUGGCUGCAUUAGGAGUUUUUGGCAGUGGCCCUUUGUGCAAGUCUAUUGGCUGGAGCUUUUUAGUAAUUGAUUUAAAGCAGCAGUUUUCAAGCUUUCUACCUCCAGGGAACCAUUUCCACAUUGGCUUUUCUGCCACAGAACACCUUUGUGUUAUGCAGAAGAUCCUGAGGGUACAUAGCCAGUUUGCAUGUAGUGCUAGGUAGCCAGUCCAUUUGGGCCUUGUUGUUGUUCUGUGGGAACUGAAAGUGCACCCAAAAAUAUACCUGGCAUUUGUUUGUGGUUGCACGUAGCAGAACAUUGCACUAGUGGACAGGUUGUCUUUCACAGAAGCUUGUCUACUGCAACUUAUUUUUCUCUUCGAUAAACCACUGAAAAACAGGGUUUGAUGGAGCAUAGUUUAAAAAUCACCAGAUUGAAGGAUACUACUUGGAUCUGGAAGUGUUCUGCCUUGCAUAGUGUCGCUGAAGGAACUGAAUGCAGGCUCCUUCAAGAGGCUUCUCAUCAUUUUGUUGGUUUUCUUGGAUCUUCCUUAAACCAAACAGUACAGAAUUGGUGAUGUUUUCUGCCAUCUAGCUGUAUGCUUCCUUGUUCUUCAGGCCCUGGACCUUGUUAUUUUGCCUGGAAGGGAAUGCUUGGAUGACUCUGCCAGCUGGCUGCAUUGGCUAUCGGCAUCAAGCCUGGGAUAACUGCUGCUCUUUUUUCUCUUUUUUUCCUGCUCUCCACAGAGCCUUCUUCCUGCAUUGGCUUGAAGGGAUUUGUUUCUGAAGCCAGGGUAUUGGGUGAAGAAUCUUGAUACCAUUUACCAGAUGUAAUAUGAAAAUUACCCCUUCAGCUGUGCAGCCAGCUCUUGGCUGUGGUAUUAUUUUUAUCUUAUGACAGCCUCACAACAGUGACACAUGUCCCCAGUGACAAUAGAAGCUCGAUUAUUGUAAUUCCUCCCCUGCAGGGCUUAAAGUAGGACAUCUCCAUUGCUUGCAGCUUGCUAGGAAAGCAACAGUCUGUCCUGAUAGGAGCAAUAGUGGUUGUGUCUGCCUCUCUCUUUCUCUCUCCCCCACCCCAACAGAUAAACAGGACUGUGCAUAUUCUGUGCUAGUGAUAAACCAUGCAGAUAGAAUUGUGUGUGCAUGUAUAAUGUAGUUGAAUUCCUGGAUUUUGGAAAUGGUUUAGGCCAGGGGUCAACAAACUUUUUCAUCAGGGGGCAGUCCACUGUCCCUCAGACCUUGUGGGGGGGCUGAUUAUAUUUUGGAAAAAAUAAUAAUGAAUGAAUUCCUAUGCCCCACAAAUAACCCAGAGAUGCAUUUUAAAUAAAAGGACACAUUCUACUCAUGUAAAAACACGCUGAUUCCCGGACUGUCCGUCGGCCAGAUUUAGAAGGCGAUUGGACUGGAUCCAGCCCCCGGGCCUUAGUUUGCCUACCCAUGGUUUAGGCAUUCUUUCAAUGGGUGGAAUAGCAAGUGAUGAAGGACAGGGAGAAGUGGAAGCCUAUGCUGUUUAUUAGGAUUGGGCGAUAUCUUGUUACCUGCGUUGUGUUAUAUCAUCAGCUAAAUAUCACAAUAUACAGAUUAGGGCUGGGCGAUAUUAGGUUUUGAGCAUCGCAGUAUAUCACCAGCCAGACACGGCAGUUUGGCGAUAUACAAAGAGCUGCAUUGGCCCCAGCCUGCGAAGCCCUGGGUGAGACUGCUUCAGCUCUCACUGCGUGGGAACUGAGGUGCUUUCACCCCAGCGCCUCACAGGUUGUGGCCAAUGCAGCAGGCCCAGCCUGCUGCUCAGACGGAGGGAGCCCUGUGACAAAGUGUGACAGGCUCCGUUUGCACGGCUCCCUUCUCUGGCAAGGUAGAAGGGGUGGGCAAGUGGCCUCCUUUUCUUGGGAGAAAGAUGUUGCUUGCUUGUCUCCCCACCACCACCAGUGGAGACGGAGGGAUCCCUGAGAAUGGAGACUGACAGCUGCAAUCACAGGGAUCCUUCACCUUCCCUGUCAAGGGGUGAGGGGCGAGGAAACAGCCUCCUUUUCCUAGAAGAAAGAGGUUACUUGCUCCCCCAACCCCUUGCUGGUAAAGACGGAGGGAUCCCUGCAAACGGAGCCUGACAGGUUCUUUUGCUGGCAUGGCCCUCUCAGCCGGGGAGCGCAAAGCCUCCCGCUCCCUACCUGAGGGAGCCCAAAUCCUUUUCCUGCUAGCAGGAGAAAGAUCGGGGCUGCUCAGCUGGGAGUGCGAAGCCUUAUUUCUCAGCCUCUUGAAUCUGUUUAGAAAAAAACAAAAAGUUCAUGGUAUCGUGUUCUUUGGCAACCUUUUGGAUACAUGUGGAGACAUGUUCUGUUCAUCGGAAUGGUUCCUUUUCAAAGCAAUUGCCUCAGUGCCUUUUGCGCAACCCCUCAGUGUGUUUCUUCAUUUGCGGUUUUUAUCUUGGUACUUGAUAUGCGUAAAAGCUGGAAAGGUUUAAUCAACAGCACCUUCCAGGCCUUUGCUGUGCCAGCAAUAACUUGUCCGUGGUUCAUAUCUCCACAGAAGGGGGCGGUGAAUGGGUGCAAGAUGGCAAACAUGGACUUCGGGCUUGAUAAUCUUGUUGCCAAUGCAAGCUGGCUUAAUAAGGUGUAUGUGUGUGUGUGUGUUUUUCCUCGAGCCUCUUCCCUAAGUACUGGUACAUGUGAACAGUGUUACAUGUGUGUAUGUAAAUGGAGGCUUUGGCUGACAAAAUAUUCUGUUAAGAUUUUACUCUGCUCAUGUAUAAUUUGCUAGACAAAAAUGCAUGUUAGGCUGGAACCCUAAGCCCCUUUACAACUCUUUUUUUUAUUUCAAUGGGGGCUUGCUUCUGAGCAGUGUUAGAAACUGAGAUAGAAAAGCUAGGAGCCAAAUGGCUCCUGGGACGCCUGGGUUGUGAGCAUCAAAACAGAAUGUCUAGUCACCUUUUGGGGGGUGGUGUCAGCAACACUUUUUAUUUAUUAAUAAGAAUGAACUAAUACACAAUUCACAUAAAUGACACAUUGUUAAUAUCGUAUUUUUAGCAGAAAUUAUUAAUACAUGUUUCAUUUGGUGCUUACAAUAAUAAUAUUGGUACCAUACUUCCGUUUUCAAAGCACUCAACCCUUUAUUGUUAAACUUCUUAACAUAUAGUCUAUCCUUAAUAUAUACUUUGAGGCUCCAAAGCACAUACAUUUCAGUAAUCCUUGAAUGUCAGCCAGGUGCAAAAAUGGAACCCGACUCCUUGAGGUGCUCACAAAUGGAUAAUCUUUAGGCACAAAAUACACCUUGCAUCCCGCUAAUUUCAAACCCUGCUUCUGAGUAAACAUACUUAAGACUGCAGUGGCUGGCAUGUGCCCCUUUUGGCCGCCUCUUUUGGAAUUAUUUUCCUAUGGGAAGCCCCCAAAGCUUGAGCCUGUGUGUCUUUUGGGAGCAGCGUGAGGCACGAUUUCCUCCCCCACCCCGCAAACUCGCUUUUGAUGACUAGGAAUAUGGUACCGUAUUUUUCGCACCAUAGGACGCACCGGACAAUAGGAUGCACUUUGUUUUAGAGGGGGGAGAACAAGAAAAAAAAAUUCUCCCCCUCUCUGCCAAGCGCCCCUUCAGCGAAGUGGCAGGAGGUGCUGUGCAGAGAGGGGGGGAACUUUCCCCCUCUUGUUUUCCCGCUCUAAAACAAGGUGCCGUUUAAGGUGCGUUCAGGCGGCUACCUUGGAAGCCUGGAGAGCGAGAGGGGUCGGUGUGCACUGACCCCUCUCGUUCUCCAGGCUUCAGGUUCCUCGACCUGCUCUUUGGGGCUGACGGGGAAGCCCACCACCAGCCCCAAAGAGCAGGUCAGGGAGCAGCGGAAAGGCGCAGCGGAGAGGCUCCUGCCAUAGCCGUGCGUCACCUCUCCAGCCGGGAGAGGGUCGCGAGGCUAUGGCUUCUUUAGCCCCGCGCGCGCUCUCCCGGCUGGAGAGGUGAUGCGCGGCUAUAGAGGCUCCUGCCAUAGCCGCACGUCACCUCUCCCGCCGGGAGAGCGCGCGCGGGGCUAAAGCAGCCCCCCGCGACCCUCUACCGGCGGGGGAGGUGACGCGCGGCUAUAGAGGCUCCAGCCGGGAGAGGGUCGCGGGGCUAUGGCGUCUUCGCUCCAUAGGACGCACACACAUUUUCCCUUCAUUUUUGAAGGGGAAAAAGUGCGUCCUAUAGAGCGAAAAAUACUGUAAGUUAGACACACUGCUUGCCAUAUCCUAAAGGCUCAAGGGAUGAGACAAGUCCAGUAAAGUGUAAUGGAUUUAUUUUCUCCCCAGGAACUUGUCCUGAGAUCCCUUGGUUAUUUAUGUGCGAUUUAAUUUUCUAGAUCACUUUUUUAAAAAAGAAAAUUUAACUAUGCACAAAUCCUGAGGCUAGAUGAGGUUAAAUGCACACUGCUUUUUGCCAUUCAUGGCAAGAAUAGGGUCAGUGCAAUGCUGGAGCUUGAGAAGUGAGGCUUGAUCCUCUCCGUCAUGAAACUGAAGCACUCUUAAUGCCUGUUUUCACUGCCAUAACUUUAACUUGGUCGCUUUCCAACAGCUUUGCAUUUAACACUUUCAAAACUGCCUUUGGAAAGUAAGUGGUAGCUGCUGUAGUGUCAGGGUCGCAGAACAGGUUCCUUCCUGGAAUAAUAUUUUGUAUAUAGGCUCAUUCUUAGGGUGGGAGUUACAACAUCUGAAUAUUCAGCAAGGAGAUGGUUUAAGGAACCCUUUUCCACACACACACCUCCUCUUCACAUAACAGUAAAAAUAUUAGUUAAUGUUAAUUAUUUCCAAAUAGACGUUUUGGCUCAAGACUCACUGUUACACAGAUUUUCCUACAUCAUGUGGCUUGGUUAAUAAUUACCAUUUUCCACAAUAAACAAAUGACAUUCUUCUAUCAUUUCUCUAAUCAAAAGUGUCUUUCAGUUUCUAGGCUUCAGAAAUCUUAACACUCCCCCCCCCUCCCCAAGGUAAACUAAUUUUGCUACCUCAAUAAGCUAAUCACACUACCUCAGGAGGUACAUGUCUUUAAAUUAAUGUGUCUUUAAUGAAAGGAAAGAAUUUAUACUACACACUCUUAGGACAUGGUUUUUAACUGAUGCACUUAGUGUCUGCAUCACGUCACAGCCUUUGCUCUAUUUCAGCAAUGUUUAAGAGAUUGGAAGCACCUUCCAAGCUUGUAUUCUACUUCUCUCUUCAUGUUCUCCCAGGAGUUCAACUUUGCCUUUUGUUCUUUAAAGUAGUCAGUGUCUGCACUGGUGUGUGUGCUUAGCCUGGUUAAUUGUAAACUGUAGUUUGCUGUUAUGGCUAGAUUGAAUUCAGUUUGCAAAGUAUAGUCUUGAGCUAGCAAUGGUCUGUGAGAAUGGCAGUGCAGAUGUGCAGCCUCUGGAAACAAAAGCACAGGUUUUUUUGGGGGGGGAUACAGUAAGCUAGGGAGAUGGAGCACUCAAGCUUCUGAGUUGUUCUUUAUUUCCCAAUGGUGGUUUGGAAAUGGAGCAACUUUUAUAUGUAUACCAGGUUUGUGUUAUACACAACGGCAACUGCAUAGCCAUUAUGCUGGAACAGUUUAUCAAUCCACCCGUCCAAAAAGGGAAGGUUCCAGUUCAUAAACAAUAAAAGUGAUGAAAUAAGAACCUGGAUUUAUAUCUAAUUCUUGAUUUGUUAUCAAAUGAGAGUUUCCAGCUGUGUAAGUUUGGAGAAGCUGAUAGGUUUAAAUCUCUUCAGAGAUAACUCCGUGUGCUGUUGUAGGAUGUGGAAGUUAGAGUACAAAGUGCAGUUUGGACUUUGCCAUCUUUUAAUGUGUGUGUUUGCUGUUGCUCAAAACACUUGGACUAUGUUUGGCAGUCUGUUGAAAAUGGCAUAAUUUCCCUCCCCACCCCCGAACAUUUAUUUGUUUAUUACUCCUUUCUAGGUUAAUCAUACAGCUAUGGUUUUUAUGCUUUUUCUGAUGUUAAAGAAAAUUGAAGGAAAGAAAUUGUCAUAUUUCUUGGAAACAUUUCCUUGUUUGAUGCCAUCUUCUAUGAAGUAAUAAGUUUGGAGCUCAAUAUUUGACUUGAGCUUGUUAAGCAGAGUUUUUUGUUUUUGAUAGUUUACAUUUAAGCUUGUCAGCUACUCUAGUUUUGUAAUUUUUCUUGUAAUGCUUAGCAAGGUGCUGCUACAAGCAAGUGGCUUGUAGCAUUUAUAGUAAUUUUCAAACUAUUUAAAAGGCAUGUUUCACUUGGUUUCAAUCAUAUUCCUUUUGUCUUCACCCAAAUAACAAAACCACCACUGCAACUUUCCCCUGCUUUGGCAGCCACAAGCAAAUGGUGAGUACAUUCUAGGUAUACCCUGAAUUCAUGAAGCCUCAGUAGGCCUGGUCAGUGCACUGACUGCAGCCUGCCCAGGACAUUUGCUGCCUAAGGUUAAGAAGAUUCAAAGCAUGGAAGAUGAAUGACAAUACUGCCAGUGGGAUGAUUUCAUCCACUGGAACUCAGAGCAGCAGGUUAGCUUUGGGGGUGCAGGAGUCAGACCACAUGGCAUUGGUAACUUCAUUCUCCAUAUAAGGCUAGGGUACUCAGGAAGAGCAGCUGUGGAGCUCUCACUACUGCCCCCCCUCCAAGUACCUACCAUCUAAGGCAGUUGUCUCACUCUGUCUCAUAUUUGGACUGGCCCUGUUUUUAAAACAUGGAACUUCUGGGCCAACAGGUCAUUGUGGAAUGGGUUCAAUCACGUUAGAAAGUUUGAAUGCCACUGCUUUAACUCCCAAGUAAAUUACAGUAUACAUGGUGUAAAGAAUAAUGAGAAGGAGAUUGCAAAAAAGCAAAAAACACAAACAAGUGAGUGCAUAACCUUGUUAGGUUGUGGUGUGUGGUUUAUAGUGUGUGUGUGGGGGGGGAUACGGUAUGUGUGCCUAUAUGUCAGGUAGUGCUAACUAUGCACAGGGCUGGAGGGCUGUGUGGGAAAUUGGGCACCAGGGUUUUCGGCAUCAAAAUUUUAAGACAUCUGGGAUUUUCCUAGCCCUAACUUUUAAAACCUUUCCUGUCAGUCCAGUUCGAUCACAUGAAACCAUGUGGUCUGCCUAGGAUAGGAUGACCUACUCUGACAGGCAGCAAUUUUUCAGGAAUGUCAGGCUGACAUUGUUCUAUUUUUGUUACCUGAGGUCCUUUUGAGUGGAGAAUUGAGUCUUAAACCUUUUAUCCAUAAAUCAUCCACUGAACUGCAGUAUUGAUACUGUACAUCUUGUAAGUUACCACAUUUCCCCUCUCUAUGAUCUAGUGAAGAAAGCACUCAGCAGUCCUUGCAGCAAUUUGAGUACUGUGGGAUGCUGUUGGAGCAUUUGAAGUGAGAUCUUUAUGUAAUUCUCCUUGGUUAUUAUAAUAAGCUGUAUGUCUGUUAUUUGUCGGAGUUACAUACGUUGAGUAUUUGCAGGAGCCAUAAUAGGAAGGCAGGAAAAAAUGUUACCUCCUCUUCCCUAUUAAGAGUUUACAGCAUUUUUUUAAAAAACAACAACCUCUAUACUGUACGUUUUACUGCUGCAAAUUCUCCUGUAGAAUCAGUUUUCUUCACAUUCAGCAGAAAAAUCAGAUCGUUGGCUGCAGAAUGUCUGGAAUACUGAAGCAGGUAUUAGCAUGCUAGAAGUGUGUCUAUGUAUGUGGGCAAUAAUAAACAUCAAGAGGCUCCUUUUUAAACACACAUUUCACUCUCUCCUUUAUCAAAUGUUCUUUGCUUGUGCUUGGUACUGUACCUGCUGCUGCUAAACAAAACAAUGGACAAUAUUACAUUUGGUAAUAAAAUGUUUUCAUCUCUUUUCUGCCUUCCCAUUUUACUGGAAUAUUAGUAAAAUAUCUGUCUGGCAUUAUGAUAGAUGCCGGUAGAAGGAAGAACCCUUGAAUGGUCUCUUGGAACAGCUGUGUUUUUGUGUGUGUGUGUGUGUGUGUGUGUGUGUGUACACACACACUGCAUUUCCUCAUCAGCCUCAUAUUGGUAUAGGCUACAUUACUCAAGAGAGUGAGGUUCGGUGGGCAGGUUUUGCCUGCCUCAUAAUGGCAUUCUCAAGUUUUUCUCAUUAGGGUGAAUAUAUUAGCAAAAUACUCUUAUGAGAAAAAGUAGAAGACAAACUUUUGCCUUAUAAGCCCAAGGUCUGGCAUAGCAGUUAAGUUUCUUACCCUUCAGCUUCAUCCCAGCUUUUCCUUGUAUUUCUCUCAGAUGGAUUCAUUAAGGGAUGAGUUCAUUCAGUUUCUUGGUCACACAAAUACGUUUCAAAGAGAAGCCAGGAACAGGCUUAUAUUCAUUAUUUAUUUAAGCAAAACUUUCGCAAGAUCAGGAAUAUUCUCAGUUUAUCAUGCUGCAACCUUAGCUAGCGUUUGGACAACCAAUAUGUCAAUCACUGUGUCAUGAGAUCCACAUGGAACUGAGUUGCAUGAAGGGAUCUGGCAGGCUAUUGCCUGCUGGGCUCUUUGCCAGUAACUCUUGAUGCAAAACAUGUUGUCUCUUAUUCUGAGCUCUGUUGGCCCCUUUCUUUUAGACACUAGUUUAUGAUGGAGUACCAGGGGCUUCUAUUUACUUAAGAGCUUGUCCAACUGCCAUAAGCCUUCCCUAAGCUGAGGAGAAUGGUUUGAGCCUUCCUGGGUUGUAGCUAAAAAUGUUGACUGGCAAGUUGUAUCACUGUCAACCAACCCUACUAAGGAACUGAGCACUCCCUGAUGCAGUGAUCUUGGUCCCAGUUACUUGAUUGGUUGUUGCCAGCCCAGCAAAGAUAUCAGCAAGAUCUGGUUGGGGAUAAGUGAAACGGGAGAAAAAUGUGUGCUUCUCUCUCCAAGGGACUUGUUGCACCUGUCUAGGGUAAGCUAAGAAUCUUGGAUAUAUAGUUCUCUAUUCUUUUUGCAGCUUAAAGGAGCUGCAUUUAAGGCUUCCUAUUUACUUCCACCCACCCCUGUAUAUUUCUUCGGGAUCUGAUUUCCAGGAACUGUUGCCUGCCAUAUUUUGACUAGAAGUUGCUGCAGACACAUCUUAACAGAAUUUGUGUCUGCACCUGUAACCCAACAGAGAGAGGAGAUGGAGAUAGAGCUGGGUAUAAAAUAGGCCACAGCUUUAUUCCAUUGAAACUUCUGACUGUUAGUGUAAAGAAGGCAGGAUGAAGUGGUUGAUGUUGACAAGAUGAGCUGCCAGGCCAACUCCUGAGUAACCAUUGGAGAAAAGAUGGGCUUGUGGCUACAGGUUAUGUGGACUGAUCCUACAACCGUAUUCUUCACCCCACCAAAAAAGAAACCCCAAAUUUGAAUGCAGAGGUAACUAAUCAUAUCUGCAGUGGAAUUGGCUGUUGCCCAAAGUUCUGACUCCCUUGUGUGGAAGUGUUGUGAGGAGCCCCACUCUGUGCCACCAUGGCACAGCCUCAGCCCAUUGUCAAAGCACCACUGAAGGCGAGCAGUUCCUUCUGCUUGCCCAGUGCAGUUUUGGGCAGCUGUGUAAUGUUGAAAUAGAUGGCCCUACUACCCAAGGUGAGCACAAAGCAUAUGCCAUGUUCAUGGGAGUCCACCACAUACUGUAUUUUUCCAUGUAUAAGACACCCCCUACUUUUGGGGACCCCAAAUUCAGAAAAUGGGCAUAUGUACUAUCCGUGUAUAAGAUGCCCCCAGAUUUUUAACCUUAUUUUAAAGUUAAAAAACCCUAGUCUUAUACAUGGAAAAGUACGGUACCUUGAAUGAAGUCAGCACUCCAUGCCAUUCUUGCUAGUUGAGUGGUUCCAGCCAACUGAGCUUGACACCCAGAACUGCUACAUAUGCUUCUUCAAGGCCUCUCAUGCUGCACAGACUAGGUCAGUCUUCUUGUUAUCCUUGCAGAGCUGGAUUGCAAUAACUGCGGACUGUUCAGGCAUUUAUCAAGUAGCAGGUUCCUUGCCACUGUCACAGCUUAUUGGCCCACCAAGUGUCUAGAAUCCUUUGCAAAUAUAUCUGAAUUGAAUGGGAUUGUAGCAUAUUAACAGUUUAAAAAAGCAUGCCAUGUCAUUGUGGCUUGCUGCGUUUCCAAAAGUGGUCUGAAAGGGUGAGUUCAGAAAAUAAAAAUGCUUGUGUGAAUUUCUCCUUAUUGGACUGUUCUUGAUAGUGUGUGAGUGUGUGCACAUGCAUAAACACACAAGAGCAGCUGUUGAACUCUAGUUUUGUAGCAAAUUUGUGUGUGGCUUGGUUUUUUAAUGAAAUGUAAGCUUUUAAGGGGUACAAGACCCCUUGUGUGUGUUAGUGAGCUUUCACGUGUAUGUGCCCAUGUGGAGCUCUGAGCUGUUGCUAUUUUGACAUCUUUAGAAUUUUAUCUCCCCUGUGUGAUCCCAGGCAAUUGAGAUCCUGAGGAUGAGAUUGUCUGUGUGUUGACAUCGCCAAGGGCAAGCACGUUAAGUCCUCCCACUGCUCUCAUUUUCAGUGGGUUUUUAGGGAAGGAAAUAGGUUUCUGUUGUUUGGUCAAAUGGGCAGUAUUCCUUGUCUUGCUGUGUUGUGCUUGAUGUGAUACAAUCGUCAAAAACAGUGUGUUAAACACUAAAGAAUUUGUAACAGUAUCAAUAGUACUGACUUCUUUUUUUUAAUUAGAAAAAAGUAAUCUAUUGGCAACAGGAAUUCAAUAUUCUGCCACCUAUUGAAAAAAAUAUGAUUAUGAACAAGUUGUCACUUGAUUUCCAUUUAGCAACCCUUGUCUUUAUCCAGAAUCUCAAGGUACUCUGUUAAAUACUAUUUUAUAGCAUGUCCUGACAACCAAUCUGGACAGUAAUAAAUAAAUGCUGUAACUUCUAAGAACAGGUAUGUGUGUAUGUGUUUCAUUCUUCUGGAUUAGGGAGUGGAGAAAAAGCCUUCUGGAACAUAACUAAAACCUCUGCAAUUGCUUGUCCAGAAAACAUAUAUUAAAUGUUCUAAUCUCUUUCCAGAAAACAUGAGUUUUGCAAAGCUAUGUUCUCGUAUACACAUGUGUGCACCACAAGGGAACUUGGCACAAUUUUUUCAAACAUGUGACACCCCCUCUUCCCAACUAAUGGUGUAUUAAAUCAUUCCUGAAGGCGCUUCUGAAGGUUCAUUUCAACUUAAUCUCAUUAGAUCUAUUCUGUGCCUUGAAGGUGAAGUAAUUCUCUUUUUUUAUUUUGCAAGAUGGGUACUUCUUCCAUCUGAUCAUUAUCUUGUAGUUACGUUUUGAGUCUGUCUCCUGAUUCUUUAAUGGCGAGGAGUUUGUGUUUCCUUUGUGUAUGUUGCUCUCUGUUAUUAUGGAGAGCUGUGUACUCAUCAGGGGCUGAAUAGACCCCCACAGAAAGCAUCAAGUUUUGCUUGUGUCCUCCAGAUAAUUAUAGUUGUGCAGUGGUUUGCUGAAAAGCAUGUUCCUAUGGACAGCUAGUUAGGGCAAAUAAAGAGCUUAUGUAGGGCUGACUGCACUGCUUUCUCAUGAAGGACGCCUUUCUCUUGAAGACUAACUGAACCCUUUUUAGGGUGAAUGGUGGUCAAAGACAGCAACUGGAUUAAUGAUUUAGUACUCCAGGAUAUGGUUUCAUGAUUUCAGGUUGACACAUUUUAAACUUGUGGUGUCACAAUCAUGUUUAUCCCUGUGAUGUCCCUGCUUGGUAGGUUGCAAUUAUCACCAGGGAGUGUCUUGCCUAGUAAGUCCACUUGAAUUGCUCAAGUCCACAUUCUAAACAUGAAUUCUAAAUAGGAAGCAUCUCCCGCUGAGUUCAAUGCAAUUUACUUUCUGCUAAAUAUUUUACGUAGAAUUGAUCCCUUAAUCCAACUUGUGUUUUGGAUCGUUACAAAUUUUGCUGUUAAUAUCAUGCAUUCCUUUUAUGGUUUUUUUUUUUUUUUUUUUUUGGUGGGGGGCUGCUAGUUCUGCUUUAUCUCUCUAUGCAGUGAGAAGUCUGCAGUGUAAACUUCCUGGCUGUGUGUAAGAAGUGAAUAUGUGAUUUUACCUUUUACUUGAAUGCAGAGUCUCCCUUGACAACAAAUCUCUUGUUUGGCACAGAAGCCAUACAUUAUUUGUUAUCUCUGUUGACUCUGACUCUGAAGAUGCCAGAUGACUUGGGUGUGUGUGUGUGUGAGAGAGAGAGAGAGAGAGAGAGGAGGGGGGGAGAGGUUGAGCUCCAGAAUAGGCAGUAUUAGUUUAGUUCUCUUCUUCUUUGGCCUGCUGCAGAACUCAGCGCUACAGAAAGUAGAUUCUGUUGCUUUGUUCAAAAAAAGCAGAACCUGUGCCUGCUCUGAAGCUUGAUAUGAGAUGAGGAUCUCAUUUUGUUUUCUUGCUUUCUUUCUUUUUUGGAGAAGGAGCAUCUGUGUGCUGUUUGGUGUUUUGCAUCACUGGGGUAUUUGUCCUCACAUUUGGAUGCACAAGGGUCUUUGACCCUGAAUGCUGAAUGGUCAAAUGGCCUCUUGAUGCCCUAUGGCUGAGGUUGUCUUAGAGGUCUACUAUGAUAAGUUUUAAGGCAUUGUUAUAAUAAUAAUAAUAAUAAAAUUUAUUUAUAUCCCGCCCUCCGCAGCCAAAGCCGGGCUCAGGGCGGCUAACAACACUAAUAGUGCAACAUUCUAAAAACAUUAUAAAAAUUAAUUAAAAUCAAAAUUGAUGGCAACCAUAAACUAAAGUUCUGUAAAGAUUGCCAAAAGAGGGGAUCAGGCUGCGCCCUGACCAAAGGCCUGGUGGAACAGCUCUGUCUUGCAGGCCCUGCGGAAAGAUGUCAAGUCCUGCAGGGCCCUAGUCUCUUGUGACAGAGCGUUGCACCAGAUUGGAGCCGCAGCCGAAAAAGCCCUGGCUCUAGUUGAGGCCAGCCUAACCUCUCUGUGGCCUGGGACCUUCAAGAUGUUUUUAUUUGAAGACCGUAAGUUCCUCUGUGGGACAUACCAGGAGAGGCGGUCCCGUAGGUAUGAGGGUCCUAAGCCGUAUAGGGCUUUGAGGGUUAAAACCAGCACCUUAAACCUGAUCCUGUACUCCACCGGGAGCCAGUGCAGCUGGUAUAGCACCGGGUGAAUGUGAUCUCGCAGCGAGGACCCCGUAAGGAGUCUCGCCGCGGCAUUCUGCACCCGCUGGAGUUUCUGGGUCAGUCUCAAGGGCAGCCCCACGUAGAGCGAGUUACAAUAAUCCAGUCUGGAGGUGACCGUCGCGUGGAUCACAGUGGCUAGGUCAGGGCGAGAGAGGUAAGGAGCCAACUGCUUAGCUUGGUGGAGAUGAAAAAAUGCCGCCUUUGUUAUAGCUGCAAUCUACGCCUCCAUGGAGAGGGAGGUAUCGAAGAUUGUGGAUCUUUGAAUCAUUUGCAGCUGUUCUUGAAGGAAAAAGACAAAACAGGUGUCUUAAGUAUCAAUGGAAAACAAACAGUUAAGACAGGAGGAACAUCUCCAGGGAUCCUGCCCAUAUUGUACAUCUCUUUCAUCCUUGGAAAGUUAAGUCUGUAUUAUAAUUGGGCUUUGUGAGUUCAUGGGUUUUUUUGUUUGUUGUCUGGUUUAUAGUACUGCCCCAUAAUCAAAUGGAACCAGUGUAGCUGCAAAAAUCCUAGGACACAGUAUCUGUUGGUUUGCAUGCCUUUAUUAUUUGAGCCUUAAUGAUGUUGCAGAGGCACACCACUUUAGCUCUUUGUGGUCACUUCCUGAACAUACUUAAAACGUGAGUCAGAACAGAGACAAGUCAGGAGUAGCCCUAUUAUAAAAAUGGACUAUGCUGGCAGGUGACUGGGCUGUACAACCUGCAUUGAAAAUUAUAUGAAAGCAGAAUCUUGUGCAAGAAGAGCUCUGUUGGGUCAGACCGAUAGUCAUGUGUCAGGGAUGGAAAUCCUUUUUCAGCCCGAGGGCCACAUAGCAGUAGUUGACAGGACCAGAGGCAAAAGUGGGUGGAGCAAUGGAUAUGACUCUUUCCUUUGUACUGUAGGCUACAUUCCAGCCACACCCACAUUCUGCUUCAUUUUCCAUCCAGGCAAGGAAGAGGCAUUAUCAUAAUUUAAAAACACAUUCCAGUCAAGCAAAAGCACUCAAAGAAGUUGCAGAGCAUGGCUGCUGAGGGGUGUGGGCUGGGGAGGAGGCAUGGUCGAGGAAGAAUCUGGAGAGCAAGAAAGACCUGGAGGGCUGCAUUUGGUUCCUGGGCCUGAGGCUCCCCACCUCUAGCCUAUCUAGUCCAGCAUCUUGUGUCUUUGUAGUGGUGAACAGAUUCUCAUUAGUAAGGCUUGAAGGCAGUAUACCUCUUCCAUUAGUGAUCCCCAGGAGCUGCCUUCCUGUAUUCUUUUCUAUGCACCUUCUGAAUUGGGGCAUACAACCUUGCAUGGGACUGAGUGAUGAAUCAGGAUUUUAUUCUGAAGAAGCUUUUUGAAAACUGGCUGACAUUUUUUGUGAGUGUGUGUUUAGGUGUUCGUAUGAUGAUCCGUGCUCUCUUAAUAACCUCAUGUGAGCUUACCCCCAUAUAAAUCCGACAGGCUUCAUUACUGGAUUCUGGUAGUACUUAUCAGUGUUGCCAAGUUCAUCCCACUCCUUGGUACAUCGAUAAGUGUUGAUCAACAUGGAUAGAAAAAUUUGGAGUUUCAGUAUCUUUUCCCAAAGAAGUGCAAGACCCUUUUUUGAGGUGAGAGCUUGGAAACUGAUUAAACAAGCACUGUCUUUAGUGACCUUUAUUAUCCAACCUGGAGGCAAUAAAAUGGGUAGAAAGAAAUCCUGAUUGACUUAUUGGUUGCCUUUUCAGCCAGACAUCCGCCUUCUAAAGUUGGUGCUGGUAAAUUCAUGUAAUAGACAUUGAGCUCAAAAUUCUUCAGAUGGCAGCCAGCCACCUUUUUAAAGUGCUUAUGUGGAAAAGGAACAAGGCAUUUAACUGUAGUGCUGCAAUCUGACUGAAAGAAGUCUGUUAACAUGGAAACAAUAUCUGAUGUGCAUGAUAAAAACACAUUGUGGAAGUUUCUGUCAGGUUAAACUUUUUUUUUUUGGUCUGGGGAAUACAUCAAAUGGAUUCAAAAUUGGCAUUAUGUGUUCUGGGGAAAUGCAAGUUUUGCUUCUGUCUAGAGAUUCUAGAAAGUCCAUGCCAUUUGCUCCUAAAUGUAGAUCUUGAUGUGGGCACCUGUACUCCUGGAAACCUUAGGACAGACACAUCUUCCCUGUUGUCUGAGUGGACAUGUGCAAACAUUAAAGAGACUUUAGCUGAUGUCAUUGUCUACUCUUGGUGAAAGCUGAGUUUGUGUAGGUAUAUUGGAAUGAACUGGACAGUAAUGACAGGCGACAACUCUCAAACCUCUAGUGUUUUGAUGCCUAUCUCAUUUGUAUUUCUGGCUGUAGCAAAGGUUCACCAUGCUUGUGUGUCAUGCCCUACAAUUCUCUAUAAUUCCUGAGUUGCUUGGUGUUGAGGUGGGUCAGGUUGUGACCUCUGCUCACCACUGUUCCCCAGCCCAGUAGUUUUUCUCCCCAAGGCUGACAUUUAUGUGUUUCUGGAUACAGACUUGUAGGCUUAACUGGGUCAGAACCACAUUCUGUCUAGUCAUCUUCUUUAUUACUGUAAAUUAUUGGGAGUGGAAGAAGAAGAAGAAGAAGAAGAAGAGUUUGGAUUUGAUAUCCCGCCUUUCUCUCCCUUUAAGGAGUCUCAAAGUGGCUAACAUUCUCCUUUCCCUUCCUCCCCCACAACAAACACUCUGUAAGGUGAGUGGGGCUGAGAGACUUCAAAGAAGUGUGACUGGCCCAAGGUCACCCAGCAGCUGCAUGUGGAGGAGCGGAGACGCGAACCCGGUUCCCCAGAUUACGAGACUACCGCUCUUAACCACUACACCACACUGGCUCGCAUAUCAGAUGGACUGUUGGAGUGGGUGGGGGGAGCACAACUCCUGCUUCAGCAGUGCAGUCAGUUCAGUGAGGAUCAAGUCAGGGUGUGUUAGGUUGUGACCUCACCUCAAAACUACUCCCAAGGGCAGUACUUUUACUCAUAAGAGUGUAUAGCAACCAUUCAUUCCUAUGAAAGAAAGCCAAACAGGCAUUAUUGGAAGUAUUAUGGCAAGGAUGUGCUGUCAAACUCUGUCCCCCAAUUGUAUUUCUUGGUCAUCGUGGCAGAAGAGUGAAUGGAAUAGAAUGAUUGUCAAUAGGGGAGUGGAGUAGAAUGUGAGGAAGUGAGUGUUGGAAAUUAUCACUGAAGAAGAGAGUGGUUGAAAGGAUGGAAAGAAAGAAGGAAUUAGAUGAGCAGGAUAAUAAAAACAUAUGUAAAAUAGUUUGCAUAUUUAUUAAGGGGUAUUAGGAUAGAACUCUUGUAAGACGCGCAGAGUGGCUGGGGAAACCCAGCCAGAUGGACGGGAUGAUGAUAAUGAUAAUGAUGAUAAUAAUAAUAAUAAUAAUAAUAUGAAAUGGCUUCUUGGUCUUCAUGUAAUGUUCCUUAAUUAAAUAUGGGUUAAUGUUUCAACUGCCUGUGUUCUGAUCUGGGUAGAUUCUAAGAGUUAAUUUUCCACCCCCCGCUCCUACCUACCUUGUGUGAAUGAAUAUAUGAAGAGAGCUUUGUUCCUCUUAAGUAAGGUGCUACCAGUAGCAGGUAUUUUAAGGGAAGUCAGGCUUCAGUGAAGUGUCUGAGGAAGUGACCUAGUGACUACCGGGGCCAGGCCUUUUUAAGGGAUUCCUGGAAUAUCACAGUCAUGUUCUAGUGUGACAGGACCCACUUGUUUGAUUUAUAUGGGGCCUGAGCCUGUGUGUGGCAAAUAUGUCUAAGCCUCUGGUUGAGUUUGAUGGGAGUGUCGCGUAUGUUCCAUUAAAACCAAAGUGCCCAGCUUGGGCUAGAUGGUGCCUGUAAUAAUAAAAAUUAAGAAGACAGGUCCUUUUCCCAAAGAUAAUGCAUACUAAACUUUGACAGCAGGAGCGCUCUUAUAGUUCAUUGACAGAGCAAAUGACUGGCAUGCCGAAAAACCCAGGUCCUGUCCCUGGCAUCUGUGGUUAAAUAGAAAGGUCUUUUAAGAGCAGCAUGAGGCCUCUGUCUGAGACAACAGAGAGCUCCUAAUUGGGUGGCCUGUAUUUGGCUUGAUGGGCCAUUUUCUGUCUUUCUGUAAGACUCUUCAAUAUGUUUAUGUUGAAGAGGCCUAUGGGGUACUCUUAAAUGUAAUGUAUGAAGUGACCUUUUAGUCAGCACUAAUGUUAUUGCUGUUAUUGUUGGUGGCGUUCUUUUUUCUUUGCACCUCCACUGAAAGCUGGCUGUUAACUUUUUUUCCCCCUCCCAUGCUUGCAGAUGAGGAAGACGGUGUAUGGGAGAAUGGGCUUUCCUACGAAUGUCGCACUCUGCUAUUCAAAGCAAUUCACAACCUGGUGGAAAGAUGUCUAAUGAACCGGAACUUUGUGCGCAUCGGGAAAUGGUUUGUGAAGCCUUACGAGAAAGAUGAGAAACCUAUAAAUAAAAGGUAGGAUACCUUGUGCAUUUUCCUCCCCCUUUUCCUUCCCAGUGUGUUUUUUACUUGCAGCUUCAGGAUAAUGGUUAUUUGUUUUGUACUACAAAUAGAGAACGGUGAACUGAUUCUUCAUGCAAGUGCAGAUCUCAUGUGGUGAUGGAAUAGACUUCCAUAUGUUUGUAAUUUUCUAAAAUAGAAUCUUCUUCUACAGCUAUCCUUGUGCUUCUAUCAUUCCUUUUUAUAUUUGCUUGUUCUGAUACUGAUGGAGCCAGGAUUUUACUUCAGUUGUUUCUUGUCCAGGCUGCUGUUGGCAGUAUAAAAAUACAAGGUAAAACCCCAUGUAGAAGAGCUACAAAGAUAUUUGGUAAAUUACUCUUUCAGAAUAUAGACAACGAUGGAGUAGCCAUUAAAAAUAUCCCCAAACGACAGUGGUAUAAAACACUUCAUUAAGAUCAACUAAAAGUCACAAAAUUGGAAGCUUUAGAGUUCUACAGCACUCUUAAAACUAGAUAUUAAUGCCUUGAAACAUCCCUCGUCUUCUCCAGAAGACAAUUUUGAAGGAACAUGGGGGAAAGAACUGGAAAGCUUAUUGGCUGCUUUGUGAUGAUUUAGUUCACUCUAAUAAAAGGUGAUAUAUCACCUUUUUAGGAAUGCACGACAGUGUUGUCCUCUUCUGCAGCAUAUUGUGUGAAUUUUGUUGUUGACUGACAAAAUGGUGAGCUGCAGCGAGGCUUGAAGAAUGCAUAUUGGAAAUACUUCAUUACUUUUUUUGUUUGUUUCCAGAGACAUAUUAUUUCAAAACUGUAGUUGUUUUGCAUCCCUACACCAUUCUUCUUGUAGAAUCCCUUCGAGGGUUGCUUUAUGUAUUUCCUAUAGGAAACCAUAAAGUGGAAUGGCAGGCGCAUGUUUCUAAAGAUGCAGGGUAUGCUUGCCAAGGAAUCCCAUUUGGCCAUGGGUCCUUGGCCCAUCUGCAUUGUUUAGAAACAGCACCUGUCAUUCACACCAUAUGCUUGCUAGCAGGAGAAUUUAAGUAGCUGCAAUGAACAUGGUUGCUUCUGCAAUGCCCUCUUCAUGGAGAUCCACCUGGCAUUCUCUCAUAAUUUAGGCACCAAGCAAAAUCACUUCUCUUUCCCCAUGCUUUUAAGGACCGCUAAUUUUAGCUCAUUUUAACUUGGAGCAGUUUUAUUUUAGCGCUUAGUUUAACCAUUUGUUGCUGUUUUAGUUCAUGUUGCUUUGUAUACUUUAUUUUCUUAUUUAUUUCUGUUGCACUUUUAUUCUUAUCCUCCCAGGGAGUACAGUCGUAUUUUGGUUUUUGAACAGCUUAGUUCACAAACAACUUGGAACGAACGUCAGAAACCUAGAAGUAGGUGUUCCAGUAUGCGAACUUUGCCUUGGAAGCCGAACGUCCCGCGCAGCUUCUGAUUGGCUGCAGGAUGUUCCUGCAGCCAAUCGGAAGCCAUGCCUUCGUUUCUGAAUGUUUCAGAAGUCGAAUGGACUUCUGGAACGCGUUCUGUUUGAAAACCAAGGUACGACUGUAUAAAUUUGCUGAAGGUGUGGGAUGUAAGUACAAUAAGUUUGGAGCAGCUUUCAUUUGUAUGUGUUCAAGCUCCUUUUUAACCCCUGAAUAUUAUUUUAAUCCCCGUAUUCUGUUCUGGUGAAUGUUCUACUGUAGCCUGUGCCAGUUUUAGUCUGACAAAGAACAACCCAAACAAUAAUGUGUUUCUUUACUAAUAAAUUCAUGGAGGAUUAGGCUGUCAAUGUCUACUAGUCGUGAUGGUUAUUUUACUCCGUGUUGGUGGCACUGUGCCUCUGAAUAUCAGUUGCUGAGGAUCACAAGCCGGAGCGAGCUAUUGUGUUUAUGUCCACUUGUGGACUUACAAAGCCCACUGUGAGAAAUGACUGCUGGACAAGUAUUCUCAGUUUGGUUUAAGUUGGCAGUGUGGUGUGCUGCUUGCAGCCAGAACUCUUGGUUAUGAUUUUGUCUGGUUGUUAACUGUGCGAUUCGUUUCAAAUAUGUGUGGCUUUUUUAGUUGAUGAAGCAGAAUCUAUGCAUUUAAGAAGCAAAUAGAGUUUUAAUGCUGAAAUCAAAUGUGGUUCUUACAGCUGCUAUAAUAUGUUAUAGUCCCAGCAUUUUGAACUAUUCAAAUUAUCUUUAAAAAUGACAUUGCCAUCUAAAUUUUGAUAGACAUCUUUAGAAUUGCUAGUGCUUGAAGGAUGGCACCUGUUAGCAGCUCUUCAGAAAUGCUUUGUCAAAUUUGUGUCUUAGAAGUUUGUGAAAAGCAAAUUCGUUUUGUCACAACCAGCCAGAUACGGUACAAAUUAUAAAUGUACAGCUCUGUUGGAAAAUACUGAGUAAUAUUUAUUUCAAAAUAAGUGCUAAUUCUUAUGAAUACCGUUAUAACUACUCUUUGCCCCAGAUAUUCAGCUAAUGAUUAAUAAAUGUCUGGAAUUUUCACUUUUCAAAGACACCUAAGCAACUUGUGUUAGAUUCAGAUAUCUUAACAUAGGACACCAGUUGCUUUUGAGUUUGGGGUUCAUAAUUCCUGCAUUGCAGGGGUUUGGACUAUAUGACACUUUGGGUCCCUUCUGACUCUACAAUUCUGUGAUUUUAAUUUUCCCCUCAAGUAGCUGUAGUAUCUGGAGCAUUGGUGCUUGGAUGGGAUAUAAUUUUCUAAUAAGCUUAUUGGGCAUAACUAGCACCAUCAUAGUGAGAUGUGCAAGACCAAGGCACGCUCUUGCCAAACAUAUUGACUAGAAUUCUCAAAGGCUGACAUAGGAAAGGGAAAAAAUCAGUUCAGAUCUGGGACCAAUCCCCCACUCCAGAACACCAGACCGCACAGGAGAGAUAUCCCCAUAAUGUUCUCUGAAAGUGAAGCAUGUUUAAUUGGAACAGUACAAGAGGAGGAACUGCCUUAAACCACAGUGCAGAUUCCACUUCUCAUCAGUGCUAGCAGUAAGCUCAGUUCCAUCUCUCAUCUCUCAAAUGGAAGAUGUAACAGUGGCAACAAGGUCAAACAAGGCACAGGAAGACUUCCCCAAUGUGGACCUUCUGUUAUUGAUUUUAUGGACCUCACUUUCCCUUUUAUCCACCAGAUCCUCAUCAAAUGUGCACUGGUGCUACCGAAGUAAUUUUUUAAAAAUAGCAACUCCAGCAGCUCCCCUCACAGCAUAGGGAUACUUCCAACGCUGAGAACAGAAGAAAAGCUAUUUUGAUUAUUCUGCUCCUUUUGCCAGUCAGCCUUUCUCUCCUGGACUGAGGCCAUUUGUUAUGAAACCAAAUACUUCAAAUGUGUAUGCAAGUACUUAUCUGAACACGCACCUUUUUAUUCUGGAUUCCUCUGUCAUAAUUAUAGUUAACUAGUAUAGGCUAUUUAUUUUUAAAACAUUUAUAUCCUGCCUUUUCACCAUAUAGACCUUCAAGGUGGCUUACAACCAUUAAAAAAAAUAAAUCGUAGUUUAACAUCCAACAGCAGUGAAGGGCAUAUUGAUUGCUAUUACAGGCUUGAGUGAAUAGGACACACAUAGCAUGGUGCCUAAAAGAUAAUGAUAGCAUCAGCCAAAUGUGUUUGGGAAGGGGUUUCUAUAUCUGGGACGCUAUAACUGGAGAGCCCUAUUUCUAGUAGCCGCCCAUCUAAACUUUGAAGGUGGGAGCAUCUAAGGAAAAGGCUAUGGUCACUGGUUGGGCAAGAGAUUCUUUGGAUACUCUGGUUCCAGACUGUUUAGGAUUUUGUAAGUUAAUAGUCCCCACACUGUAAGCUUCCUUUGAAAAAACUGGGGCAGGGGGGUGUAAGAAGCUGCCUUAAGUGAGACUCUCUGCCCAUCAAGCCAAUUGUUGUAUACCUAGACAUGCAGUGACACUCCAGGGUCUCUGGGAAAGGCUUUUUACAACCAUCUGCUGCCUGAAUCUUUUUGAACUGAGGGUGCUAGGGAUUUAACUAGGGACCCUCAGCAUGCAAAGCAGGUGCUUAACCACUGAGUUGUUUUUGUAGUUACUGCUCUUAGUUUUCUCUAGAACUGGGUGGUCCAACAUGCAGCCUGAGGGCCAUAUGCGGCCCUCAAUGCCUUUUUUGGCAGCCAUCACACUGCCUUCCCAAAGUGGGGUAAGUGAGACUGGGCUUUGGGAAGGGGAAGUGAUGGCUCUGACAGGGUCCUAGAGUAAGGUUACCAGACGUCCCCGUUUCCCGGGGACAGUCCCCAGAUUUACAAGGUAGUCCCCAUACAAAGUCCAUUGAAGUUGAAAAGUGUCCCCGAAUUCAUUGAAAAAAAUCUGGUAACCUUAUCCUAGAGCCCAUCUAUCCCCUUCUCAAACCAUUAUUAGCGCUUUGCUAGCUUCAGGAAGGAGGUGAGAGGGCUUCAGGACCCUUCCAGCAGUGGCAGACCUUGGGGUCUCAAAUUUCAGCAGUGCCCUGUGUGACACCCAAAUUUGGCGCCCCCCAUCUUUCUUCUCUCAUUCUACAUAAUGGUUUCAGAUCCCUCUGCAGUGCCCCUUAGGCUCCGCACUCAGUGCGACUGAACUGGUCAUGCUCCCCUAAAUCCAUCUCUGCCUCCUUCCCAAAACCCAGUGCCUCGCUUAGCUAACUUUUGGAAGGCAGCAUGAGGGCUCUCUCUCUCUCUCUCUCUCUCUCUCUCUCUCUCUCUCUGUGUGUGUGUGUCAAAUUUUGGCCUCACUCCCUACCCCCUGCAACAAGCAGCGUGCGGGCUGCAGGUUCUGUGUUGAAGUACUCUUGCAGCCCACUUGGUAUGAAAAGUUGGCCUCCCCUGCUCUAGAAGUAUGAGUGUGUGUUUAACAUGAAAUUGCUUUCCAUUGAGUUGUCUUUGCUUCAAGUGGUGGCCUUUGGCUUUCAGCUAGAUUUACACCUCUUGAGGAUAUGAACACGCAACUGUCUCUUCCUCCUUCUACACUUGGUGCAGGAGUUUGGAGACCCGAAAGCUUCAGGUACUUGCAAGUACAUAGAACACUAAAACACACACACACAACAACAACCCACAGACCUCUAUAGCUGUUCUUGUAUGAAUAUAUGUUUUUAGAGUACAUGAGGGUUUUGUGUGUGCAUUUUGCUCUCACUCUGUGGUUUAAUACCGUUAGCUGUCACUUUUUUUUAAAUUAAGGCCUUUCUUAAAAGGCAGAAUCAGCUUUAUAUGUGUCAGCCCCUUAAGGUCAAAUGGUUAUAAUUUCACCAAUUCCGAUGAGCACCUGAUAAAGGAAAUAACAAUUGCCAGCACCUACGCUCCCUGUGUGAAAUGAUAGAAUAUGAUGACCUGACCUCUAAAAUGAAUAAAUGUAUUGAAGGCUGCAAAGACUGCUUUCUUUCUUUUUUUAUUAGGUAAAACUUUUAAUGAAUAAUUCACUUAUCACUGAAAGGGCAGAAAUAAUUAGCCUUUUAAGUAUCUCUGCACUUAGUCUGCACCCUUCACAUUUUCCCAUUGACAUGGCCUGAGGACAUUCUUGAAGGAAAUUCCAUAGUGGGAGUCAGACAGCUUUUCUUAAGUGUUUCGCUUGUGGUUUAAUUUCAGCCACUUCUUUCUUGCAACAGCUCCAGCUGAGGAAUACUGUACUUCUGCUGCUUGCAGGCAGGCCUCUCUAUGUGUGUGUGUGUGUGUGUGUGUGUGUUGUUUCCCAGGAAAAAACAGCCAUAUGAAGGCUUUUUUUUUUUAAAAGGGGAAAAAUGUAAAAUGUGUGCAGACUCGUUUUAUGAAAAAAAUACUUCGCAGAGGGGAGAGAUCAAGACAUGUCUAUUUAUUUAGUACUUAAUUAGAUAUUAAAUCCACCCCACCCUGGGGGGAAACUACAGCUGCCUUUCCGGACUGAGCUGCUGUGCGCCACCUUAUGGGCUUUCCCCAUAAGGAAAUUAUUUCAGUACUAUUUUGUUCCAUUAAUGUGAAGCUGUUAAUUUAUUUUAGUGCAGUUUACUGUGUACAGAACAAUCACUUUGUAUGGAAGGAAAAGCAAAGAGUCUUGUGGUACCUUAGAGACUAAGAAAUUUAUUAAGGCAUAAGCUUUGUGGGCUACAGUCCACUUCAUCAUAUGCUUGAAGCGUUAUCCUGAUUCACAAGUGUUUGUGUUUGUGUGUCUGUGUGUGGAGUGCACACACAGAGUCACCCCCCCCCCAAUAUAUCAAGCUCCAGCACAUAUAUUGGGGGGGGGGUUAGUAAAGAGAUUAGAGGGAAAUGAAAUGCUGUUCACACUGUUCACAUUCACUCUCUCAACUAUGUACAUAUAUCUGUAACUCAGAUUAAUGCUUCAUACAUUGUAGACUGUAGUGCACAAAAGCUUAUGCCCUGAUAAAUUUCUCAGUCUGCCACAAUACUUGUUGUUUUUGCUGUAAAUGAGAGUUGCAACUUCAUGGCUCUCUUAUUAAUGUGAAAGAGUUUGUUAGAAUAAACAUUCAUGUGGUAGGGAUAAAUACAAAUAAAAUGUAGAGAACACAAGAUGUUGUAUCUCAGCGAAGUUUUCGGGGCACCCUACACACUGCCCCAUUGAAAGUAAUGGAGGUUGCUUCUUUUUGAUCCUGAAGUUAAAUAUUAGAUUAGAAAACUCAAGUCCAAUUGUAUUGCAUGUGCUAUACUUGGAGAGAAUUUAGUAGCUAUUUUGUAUGGAUACGGAGGAAUAAUGUUCUUGCUUAUUCUUUGUUCUGGCUUUAGUUUGAGGGUGGGGCUCCUUAGUUCUUACAGGUUAAGUGAUCUCUGGCAAAAAAAAAAUUUCUUGUGCAGGUUUUCCAUAGCAAAAGAAUAGUAUCUAGUGUACCCUGGAAUAUUUAGGGAUAGUUUGUGAUUUGUUUGUAGAUUACAGAAGGAGAGUCUCUUUGAUUAGAAAAUGAAAGUUAAAUCAGAUGUUUAUCAUGGCCAAUGGAGUAGGUGUCAAGAAUGGGUCAUCUGCAGAUCACCCUAGCUCUUCCCUCCCUGCUUCGUAAAAUGCAUAUUUCCAUGGAACUGCAACAGUAAUAGGAGAUAUAUAUAUAUGUAUAUAAAUUACUAUAUUUUUUCUGCAAAUUAUUUUCUUUUAGAAAUGUCUUGUUGCAUAAAAUUAAAUAGUAACAUAAUGAAUGAACACAGCAUGUGUUAUGCAUUUAUAAUUGAUACAAUACUAGCCUAGUCAAACGUUAAAAACUUUUUUUCUGCUAACUCUCCCUAAUCAGCGCUGUGUUUAUGGGUAGAUCAUUUUGGGCACUAUAAAAUUAUAAAACAAUUCCUCCUUCCCAGUGUCUUAAUACUGCCUCCCAAAAAUGAUCUAAUGUAAGGAAAAAGUGUGCUAUUGAGUUGUCAUGCCUUUCAAGCAGCAAGUAAAGCUUUGUGUUUGUUUGAACGUAACCUUUUAAGCCACAAUGACAGAACAAUCCUACUCUAGGUGAGUGUGUGUAGGAUUGCACCUGAGUGGAUUUCAUUAUGCCUCCCCCACCAUAAUUUCAGCUUCUUUUGGCUAUAGGAAAAACCUUUUCAGCUAUUUGCACACUAAAUAAAAUUAACAUGCAGUUAGUCAACAAAAGGGGGGAAAAGACAUGUUUAAGCAUGCUGAAUCCGCCUGGGAAAUGUCAAAUUGACAAUAUGGUACAUUGACAUUUUGCUUUUAUUCUGUAUGAUUCUCAAAUUGAUGCCUUACAACAUGACAUUCUGUGGUUGGUCCCUUGAAAUUUUUUUUGAUGUGACUUUAAAGUCCAUACAGUAGUUGAAAGUAGUGAAUUUGUAUGAAUCACAAUCAUUUUAGCACCAAAUUCUUGAGGUUUUCUGCAGUCAGGAGAUUUAGAAACAACAACAACAACCGCAAGCUAUAGCCUUGAGGUCUGCACAUUGCUCAUCUCUUUGUUUAAAAUUCUUUUGACCCCAGUACGGGACCCCAAACACAUUUUCCCUUCAUGACUUCAAAAUAUUAUUAUUUUUAGUUGCAAAGAAUCAUUCAACAGGGAGUUCAAAAGUCAAUUUUAUUUGAAACUUAUUGUUGUCACCCCAACCCCCCACAAAGGGAUCCUAAAUCUAGGAUUGUUUCAUAAUUGCAUGGUAGAAAAUUGAGAUGCCAGGGGCUAAGCUUGUGACUUUAUGGAGGAAAAGAUAUUGAAGGUCCUCCCCAAAACUUUUUGCAUAUCUUUCUUAUUGAAACUGUGGUCCCAAACACACCCUCUGCUGUAGAUGAAGUUGCAGGUUGCUGCACCCUAGGGCACCCAAGUUAGGUUUUGUUUGCUUACUUACAGUGUUUAUCUGAGUCAAUGUUUAUCUGAGUCACCCAAUUACAUUGUUCUCCAGAGAACAUGAAAUAAUAAAAUACUAUAUUAAUAUAGCAUAUCAUAUAACAAUUGUAGCAUACAACCUGGGGAGAAAGAUAAAAACAGUUUUGCAGCAUGGCUAAAAAUAUGUUGCGUAAACAGUGGGUUGCCAUUCAGAACUGUUAAGAUCAUAGAUUUUUAAAUGCCUGGGAGAAUCAGAAAGCAUUGGGGGAGAGCGAAGCUUUGUCAAUUUGAGGGAAAUGGGAGCAAAAGUUGAAAGUAGAAAUCAACAUUUGUAGUAAACAAAAGGAAAGUUUAUUACCUGGGCUUGGAAACAACAUAUAGGCCUUGGCGUUAUGAUCCAGAAAUGGAAACUAAACACCCCACCAUCAUCAACAUGUCAUAGUAACUGCAGAUAUAUGAAACUAGACAUGCAUAUUUAUUAGAUUUCUCUUCUUCAUUCUAGUUAAUAAUAUAAAACCUGCAAGUUCCAUUUUCUCUAACAGGGGUUGUUAAGAACAGCAGUCCCCUGCACCAGUGCCUACCUGGUAAAGUAACUCACUUGCAAUGGAUGACCUCCUACACUUCUCUUGUCUAGCCUCCCCCACUUAUUUGUCACCUUCCAGGGCUAGGGAUGUGGCAUUCCCACUGUUUUAAGGUGAUCUAUUCUGUAGCAAGGGGAUUGCCCCCUAAAUUCAAAGGCUGCUUCCUGACAACUUCAGCCAUCACCCCCCUGAUAACUCCCAGGCAUGUUAAAUAGGCAGCAUAGCCCAGGCUGUCUAAGCAUUGUGGACAAACAGCCUUUGAGUGUGUCCAAAAACCAAUACACACCAGAAAUCCAAUUAAGCAGUUUAUUUGAUAUUAAAGAAAAGAGGAAAGUGUGAAAAAUGAUGCAGGUGCAAUCAAAGGGAAAAUAAAAUACUACACCAGAAUAUUGAUCUAUCUAAUCCUAUAUGAGGCAAACUGUAAUGGAGAAAAAAUCUCGCUUGGUAAUCUCUGCUGUUGGUAAUCUCUGGAAUUGGUUGUAGGAUGAAGAACAAAAGAAUGCAGGGAACAUGUUGAUAUUUAUGGUUUCAAUGAUGAUGAUGAUGAUGAUGAUGAUGAUGAUGAUUUAAAUGUGUAUAUCACCCUUCAUCCAAAGUUCACAGUUCAAAACAUACAAAUGUAAAAUGAAAACACAGAAUACAUAAUAAAACAAAAGCAAAACUAACCAAUAAACCUGUCUCCCACAGACACAUUUAAAUGUUAAUCAAUGCCUGGUUGAAGGGGAAAAUUUUCAUCUGGUGCCUAAAGAUAGUAAGCCAGGCAAGACUUCUUUGCUUGAGCAAUUCCACAAAUGGGGAGCCACCACAGAAAAGGCCUGUUCCCGUGUUGACACCCUCUAGACCUCUCAUGGGGGAGGCACCCGAAGAUCUUUAACUGAGCUUCAUGGACUCCAGAAAUGGGAAUUUUUGUGCAAAUUGAAAAAGCUACUCAACUCUUUCAUGUGCCAGUUCGUUACUUCAUUUAUACUCACUUGUGUUCAACUGUCAUCAGUUUCUCUCUCUUGACGCAAAAGAUAGAGAGAGAGAGCAAAUGGCUCAGAAUAUUGAUCCUGCCACAUUUCUUCUCGCCUUCUUCAGAAAAAGGGCUUGACACUGUGUUACAGGAGCAGUGUGUUUGGCAAACUCCCAGAGUGAGUAUCUUCAGGUAUUUGGUGUGGGAGAGAAUUCUGGGAGUUUGCCAGGCAUUUGCUCUUGCAACACAGUGUCAAGGCCCUUAUCUGAAGCAAGGCUGCGUAAAAGCCUUAUUACUGCCAUGUUGCAGGAGCAAUACUUCUGGCCAUCUCCCAGAUUGCUCUCCUACGCCAAAUAUCUGAGGAUACAAAAAUGUCAAACACAGCAGCGGUACUGUAAUCACCUUUUAAAUCUUAGUUCUAAAGUUAACCGUAAUGUGUAUCGGCUCUGUAAUUAUGAUUUUAAUGUUGUCUUGAAACGAAAUUUAUUUUCUUUCAGAAUGAUAACCUAAGUUUUUAUCUCGGUAUACUGCACAUUUCCCACCUUCCCCAUUCCACCUGACCUGGAUGUUUUAAGGCUUUGAUAGAGGGAGGCAGCAAGCAUUGCCCAUUUCUUCCCUCCUCCAGACUUUCACACCUCUGGAACAUACGUCUAGAGGGGUGAAAGCCUGAAUGAAGGCCUGCUAAAUUGAGGAGGGUAUAUAAAGUCCAUUCUGUACCUUCUGUAGUUCAUAAAAUAUAGUUAACCGUGACUCUCUGAGCAUAGUAGUAAUUUAAUGUUUGUCAGUUUCGUUUCUUUUCCUACAUGUCAAAAUUUGCCUUUAAAUAUAAUGUGUCUCGCUUACACACAAUGAUAAAAAUAAAUAAAUCCUAGUUUACUUACAUAUUGUAUGACAGGACCCUCCAGAGCUGGGUCUGAGUUAGAAAAAAAAUAUGUAUUUAAAAUUCCAAAGAACCAGCAUCAAAUAUUUAGGAAGCAGUCAUGCUCAAAGCUAAAAAUUGAGUUUGAUUUCUAUGCAAAAGGCUCAGUUUUAGGAGUGUGGCUUACUUGUUACCUAAUAUUUUUCUGUCUCUGGGUACUAUACAAUAUGGUUUACAUGGAGGCCAUAGUUUAGCAUUAUGUGCAGAAAAAGCCUUUGUCAACCUUAUAUAGGGGAGGUUAGGUUAGUUAGGGCUUAGGUUAAUUGCUUCCAGCCUCACAGAAAUGUGACUUGAAGGAAAAGUCGACAGUUAAGCCAGAGUGUUUGAAUUUAAGUUCAUGUUCGUGUGAGUUCAUUGAUUUAAUUCUGUGGACUUUAUGCUAACCUGUUUGAUUCCUGUGUUGCUAACUUGUAAAUAGCUCCAUCAGGACUGAGUGUUGAUCACUUAAUGCUAAGAUAGUUCACCCUAUAGUUUCACUAGUUGGUUGAGCCUGUGUUUCUAGUUAAUUCAAAUGGUGCUUUCUCUCUCUCAUUUUUAAACUUGCAGUUUUCCUUUUUUUCUCCCUGCUUCAGUAAUGUCAAUAUAUUUUUUUAAAAAAAAUACCAAUUCAGAUGAGCCUGAAGUGGGACCAUGUACUGCAGGAGGCCAGGUGAUGAUUUUUCUUUUCUGCUGUAGACAGCUGGAAUUGAAAGCUGCUGUAAGUAGGACAGUGCAGGAUAAACAGCAGGAGCUAAGAGCAUUGAUCACAUGAUUGUCUCUUUGGAAUAUUGGGUUGCUACAGAGACCACUAAGAGACAAAUUUAGCACUUUACAUCAGGAUGACGUUUUCCCUUGUCUGUCUGAUUAGAAUGUGCAGUGAUUGUGGAUUUGCCUGGAAAGCUUGAGAAUGAGAGAGAGCUUUAGUGAUCUGGGUCCCUCCCACCAGGCUUUGGUGUAUACUUUCAAAGAAAAGUGUGCUCAUUUCUAGCUUCAAAUGAAAUCACUAUAGACUGACUGGGAAGAUUUUACUCGAGGAAAGAUUUGAGUGGAAGACUGUUACUUAGAUCAUUUGUAUGUAUGCAUCUCAUUUUAUAUUCUGCAAGGAGCUCAUGGUGGCAUUUGCAGUUAUCCCAUUUUAUCCCCAGCAGUCCUGUUUGGUAGACUAAAGGUAAUUUGCCAAAGGCCUCCUUAUGAGUUCCUUGACUGAGCAAGGAUUGGGUCUCCCUGGUCCAAGACCAACACUUUCUCUUUCACUUACAAUACAGUGGCUCUUACUGUUUAGCAUUUAAUUUUAUUUAGAAUUUUUCCACAUAAAAAUUAACAAUCUGGUAAUGUAGGAUAGGAAGCUGGCUUAUACUGGGUCAGACCAUUAGUCUAUCUAGCUCAGUAUUUUCUACACUGACUAGCAGUGGCUCUCCAGGGUUUCUUGCAGGCGUGUCUCUCAGCCCCACCUGGAGAUGCUGGGAAUUGAAUCUGGACCUUCUGCGUGCAAGCAGAUGUUCUACUGCUGAGCUAUGGCCCUUUCCCAAAUGAUUUCAGAGUGAGGUUGGAGACUAAACAAUUGUGUGUUUGUCAUUCUGUAGUUGAAUAAUAAUCAGUGACUAUCACUUGCAGAAACAGGAUAGGAAGCCAUAGCAGAAGCAAAAGUUAGCCCAAGAUACCAUUUUUAAAUAUUUCAUCUAUGUUAUAUAUGAAAAACGGUCCAUCAAGAUUACUAAUGACACUUCAUUGUUUUUUAAAAGUACUUUCACAGACAAAAGCAUGCUUUCUUUGUGCUACAGCUUGCAGCUGCUACAAUUUUAAGUCUUGUAUUAGAGGACAGAGGGCAGAAGCUUUGCUUUCAGUCUCUCUUUCUCUCUCUCUCCCCCCCCAACCCACCACAUUGAGAUGGACACUUUGGAUGGCAUUGUGAAUGUUUUACGUUACUGAAUAUGAGAAUUCUCUGCUUAUGGUGAGUUGUCUGUGUUUGCACUUACUGCUAAACCACAGACUGGUGCUAUGAGGAUGAACUCUUCCCACUACAGUACAGCAGUGAGAAGGAGCUUGAAAGCUUUCCCAUCCAUUUUAGAUGAACCACAGCUUGUUGUGAUGUCUGAACCUGGCCAAACUAUAGUUUCAUGAACCUCAAACUGUAAUUUAUGAAACAGCCUUGUUUCAACAACCAUAUAUAAGAUUAAGUAAAGUUAAGUUAAAGUGGAAGUGGAAGCUUCCAAUCUCCUGGCUAUGCUAGAGGAUAAGAGAAGGUGGAAGCUUGUGAAUGAUACUUUUAUACUUUUAAUAUUAAAAUAAUGCAGCCUUUGUGCAGUUGCUAAGUGUAAAGUGGAUUGGAAGUCCCUGGUUCAAACAGCACCUCUGCCAUGGGCUCAUUUGGGUGGACAUGAAUAAAUCAGUGCUCUCUCUAUAUUUCUACAAGGGAAAUAUUUUAUUAUUUGUAGCUUUAUCAUCAGAAGCUCUAAAUUCUCUUCUUUAGUAAGUGAGGACUUUGUCAUGGGAGGCAGAUACCUCAGCAAGGGCAAAUGCAUGGUGAUGAAAUGAGUAUUGUGCUGUGACACAUAAUUGUAGCUGGUGAUGCUCAGUUAUUUUGAAGGGUAACUGUGUUAUCCAGCAUGGCAUGAUUACAGAGGUGAAACACCUGUGCAAAGUUCAGUUUUCUUAUCAUGAUUUCCUAGUGAAUCCCCCCCCCCCGUGAAAGCAUGGCCUUGUGAGAUCAGUACAUUGUCUGCUGUUUCUCUCUCUCUCUCCCUACCUGAAAUGAUAAACCCCUGCAUCUGACACUAUAACUGUUUAGAACUAUGAAGUCUCACCACCACCACCAUGUCGUAGAGCAUGGGUAGGCAAACUAAGGCCCGGGGGCCGAAUCCGGCCCAAUCGCCUUCUAAAUCCGGCCCGCAGACGGUCUGGGAAUCAGUGUAUUUUUACAUGAGUAGAAUGUGUCUUUUUAUUUAAAAUGCAUCCCUGGGUUAUUUGUGGGCCAUAGGAAUUAGUUCAUUUCCCCCCCCCCAAAAAAAAAUAUAGUCUGCCCCCCCGGGGUCUGAGGGACAGUGGACUGGCCCCCUGCUGAAAAAGUUUGCUGACCCCUGUUGUAGAGAGCCAUGUGCUGGGCUUGGCCAGUGCACUGUGUUACCCCCAUGCCCCUAUAAAGUUGGAGAUCAUACCCUUCCUGCAAGAAGGUGAAGGGAGAGUAGUGGAAGAAUAAAGGAUUUCUUUUAUCAUGCCUGUCUCUGCCACAUGAUUACUGCAGGAGUCAUGUGACUGGAAAGGCUAUUAUGAGAAUCUACCAUACUGAUGAUGUCACUGUUAUUAGGGGCAGGGGUGGGAGGAAUCCUUCAGCAGGCAACCUCUGAGAGAUGCAUAUUUUGACAUAAAUACAUUCCAGUGGAAAGAAGAAGGGCUACACCUAGAGUUUUAUUAGAAAUACAGCAAGUAGCUCGUCUCUCCGUGUUGAAAUACACCCCUUUUUAUAUCCUGCAGUUGACAAAUUGAUAAUUCAUGAGGCUUCUAAGUGUGCUGUUCAAGAGCAUUGGGUAAUCCUUAAAAUUACGGCAUUUAAUCUGAGAAUAGAGCUGUUGACUGCAGACUGUCAAAUUAAGCUAAGCUAGUUAAAGCCACUCAAACUGUUUAACAAGUAUUUGAAUAAAUACCCAAUCACAAGUGGAAAACUAUGUUUGGAUAUCAGCAGAAUGGAUUUUUUAAAAAAAGAAAAUGUGCAUUUAGCCUAUGGAAUAUAAAUCUGUUUAAAGUAGCAAGGUUACACGAAGGCUAUCUGAUCCAUAAGAGUAGAGAUGAUAAGUGUUCUGUAACACUUUGCAGUUUGUUUGUUUUUUAAACUGAUAUUUUCUCCAUUAUAGAAACAAAAUGCCAUUGUAAAUUGCAAAUUACUGUGUGUGUUUUAAAGAAAACUGCCCAGGAAUUGCUUUCAAAACACCAUGGAGUCAGCAAUGGUUCUGAAAGUGUUCUCCCUCACUUUUGAAACAGGGAUGGGGAUUCUGUAGUCCUCCAGAUACACUUAACUGUAACUUUCAUCAUCCCUCAGUGUUGGCUAUAAAACAUUUAAAUUUAUUAUCCAGAUUUUCCCCAGUAUAUAUUAAAGCCAAAUUAAUUUUCUUAGGUCUGACAUCUUUUGAAGUUUCAAUUUGUAGCCCACCAAAAAAUCAAAAGCAUUUAGAAGUAUUGAAUCUUCUAACUUGCUUAUUUUAUUUGUCCAAAUCAAUUUAACCUUGGAACAUAUCUGCCAGCAACACAUAAAUACAGCAUUUACAGUACCACAUUUCCAGCAAACCAGAUUAAAAUUAUUAAUAUUGUUCAGCCUUGAGGGUGUAAAGUACCUUAUGUAAAAUACUUUGAAAGACCAUGCUGUGAAGUGGUAUCAGUCAUGACUAGGAGACAUGACGGGCUUCUCCACAUGAUCAGUUAUCUGGCUGGUGUGUAACGCCCAGAGUAUAAUUUUGUUUCCAUCUUUUUAAAAAGUAAACAAAAGAACAAUUUGUUAAAGGCCGUUACAUAUGUUUUGGAACUUUUUUAUCAUGGUAAGAUUAGUUAAAAUCUUUUUCUUUGGCGAUCACCCGUAGCUGGGCAAGAUUGUCUACCAUUAACACGGUCUUAGUGGCAUGUCCGUAGGUGACUGUGGAGGCCAAUUCUGGAUCCACACAUCCUUCCACAGUGGGGACAUAGGUUUCUGGGCAGGAGUUGAUCAUGGUGAGGGUUUGCCAAAUGUGUCUUCCUUUUAGCUCGUUUCUCCCUUUCAUCCUGAGUGUUUUCAAAGUUCAUGACACUAUGGUAAAGGCUGUUCUCUAAUUGGAGUACUUGCAGGCCGGUGUUUCCCAAUUGGUGGUAUUUAUCCUACAUUUUUUUUAGAUUUGCCUUGACAGAUUCUUUAAACCUCUUUUGUUGACCACCAGCAUUACACUUUCCAUUUUUAAGUUUGGAAUAGAGUAGUUGCUUUGGAAGACAAUAAUCAGGCAUCCGAACAACAUGACCAGUCCAAUGAAGUUGAUGUUGAAGAAUCAUUGCUUCAACACUGAUGUCCUUUGCUUCUUCUAGUACACUGGCAUUAGUUUGCCCCCUCAUUUUUCUUGACUCUGUUUAGGGCACCUUUUCUAGCCCCUAAAUAUUAGCUAAUUAUUUUUUCUUCUUCUUCUUCUUCUUCUUCUACUACUACUACUACUACUACUAUUACUACUACUACUGUAUUUCAAUUGUCUAGAAGAUUACAUAUUAUAUCUUGCUUAUUCCAAUAAUAAAAGCAUUCUAAAAUAGUAUGAAUACCCCCCUCCAAAUAUCUGUAAUGGUUAUAUUGUGAUAACUCAGACAUAAAAUAUGAAAUAGGUUAGGAUGCAGAUUCCUUUGUAAUGAUCUAUAAUUGCUCUUGAGUGUUCCCCAUAAAUUCCCAAUAACUCAACUAAUGUUAUUGCCUUGUAAUAAAACUUGCAUCCCUAUUGUUUCUGUAAGAUUUUGUGAAAUUCUUAAUUACUUCCCCAAGCACCAUGAAAUUUAUUAUCGGUUUUCUGCCAACUGGAUAAUAUUGAUUGCUUACUAAAAGUAGUUAACUAUUUAGUAGGGUGGAUGGAACACAUUUAAUGUGGCUUAAAUGUUAUAAAAUUCCAAUUUUUACUUUGAAAUGAUUUUUAUUGAAAUUAUUUUGAAUAUUUUAAGGCAUGGCAGUUGAAAAGCAUGCAUUUCCAUUUCAUAGUUUUAGGCACUGAGAAUCUACUAAAUGUUUAACAUGCUCAAAGAGGUAUGCAUGAUAUAUAUCUUGUCAUACUUCCUAGGUAUAGUCAUUUGAAAGAAGUGAAUUACAACAUUGAAACUGUUUUAUUUAGCUCUUAUGAUACCCAUUAUGUCACUUGAGUUAUGCAACAAUGCAUUUUAGAAAUUGAGCUCUGUUGGGAGCAUUUGGUUGUGAUGGAAUUAGAGGUGAGCUAUGUGAGUACAUUUAGCACAAGACUUUUGCUUGCUUGUUUUGUAAAUGAAGCUUGUUUGCACAACUUGCCUAUGCAUACCUAGAGUAUACGUUUUAUGCAGAUAGGACAAUACUUCUGCACAUUCAUGUAAUGUCUAUUUAUCUUAUGAAAUGAAGCUGCAAAUUAUAAAUUGAAGGAAGCAUAUAUAAUAUUGUGGUAGUGGGGUUAACUAAGGCACGCCAGAUUCCAUACUUCUCCCAGCUUCCAUUAUAUCUUAACAUUAUUACCCUAUUGUUGAAUAAGCUGUGGUCCCCAGCCCUGCACCCUGCUCUCACUUGUGACUCCUGGAAGCUGUCACCAUGUGACUGUGCCACACCAUGGUAAAUGACUUUGACUAGCUGACUAAACUAGGGUUUCCAUAUUUUUAAAAGUGAUAAAGUUGUGUAGCUUUUUCCCCCUGGGGUGCUAGAAAAUUCCACCCAGACGCAGCGGCGUAGCGUGGGUUGUCAGCACCCGGGGCAAGGCAAGUAAUUUGUGCCCCCUAACCCGGGGCAAGGCAAGUAAUUUGCGCCCCCUAACCCGGGGCAAGGCAAGUAAUUUGCGCCCCCUAACCCCUAACCUGCCGCCGCUGCCAGCUUCUUCUUGCUGCUGCCUGGUCUGGUCUGGUGUGGUUCUCUCCCGCGCUCAGCGCUGCGCUGGGCGGCCGCUGCACUGUCCCUCCCCCAGAUAGUCCCUCGCUCUCUCUCCGCACCGCACGCCUGGCACCCACCCCCUCCACAGUGGGCGGCGACCCAGCGGCUCGGAUCGGAUUCGCACAGCCAGCACUGCAGUGAGAGAGAGAGAGUGAGUGAGCCAGGUAGGGGCAGAGAGCUGCGAGUGCGAGCGCCCCCCCCAGAUGUUGCGCCUGGUGCGGCCGGCCCCCCCUGCACCCCCCACGCUACACCACUGCCCAGACGCCAUUGUUGGAGGGCAAAUCCUGCCUAUGUCCAGGAAUUUCAGGACAGCCCUAACUAAACAAUUUAGGAACAUCUACUGCAUGUGAAGGCAGGCUCUGGCAGAUUGAGGUCAAUCAUGGGUCCAACGGUCAAGAAGGCUGUUUCUGUAUGUGCUGUAGAGGGAAGUCAGGGGCAGAUGGGGCUUAUCAACCUAGGAAGGUAGCCCAUCUAGGAGAAGGAAAACUCAUCCUAAACCUCCUCUGUCUUUUGGAUAUCUUCAGGAGAAGCAAAUGCUAAGGAGUAAACCCUGCACAAAUCCGGAGUGGAGUCCCUAAGAUGGUUGAAUGAUGCCUUGUACACCUCCUUCCUCCCACAACUACUGCAGCCAAGCAGGUGCUCUGCUUUCCUUUGGACCAGUGAGGCCAAGAGGGAGGUCUGGUUGUCCGGGCAGCCCUGGACCGCCAUACAUACUGUGUAUGACUUGUGCACUGGGAAAGUCACUUAGGUGCUGCUAAUGCAGUGGUUUGACUUCACCCCCAGAGGUGUGCUCCAUUGCCUCUCAAGACAGACAAAUGCAAAGAACAACAUAUGGCUCCUUUUAGUUUGUCAUAUUCUAUGUGGUUGGCCUUUGAGAUUGCAAGGAGAUAACAGAGUCUAUUGUGAAAUUAAUAGGAUCACAGGUCAAAGAAAUAAUUUAGGUUUCUAGAAUGGCUUUAUUGAGUGUGUUUAAAAAGAUCCAGCAGUAGAACUCCAUGCUGUUUUCUGGAAAAAUUCUGAGAAUGGAAAGUUCCAGUCUAUGGUCUGCUGGUACCAGUGGGUUAAGGAAGAUGUGCAUUAGUAUAUCAGAUAAAGCUAGCAAGUGGUCUUGUGAAAACAAACUUUUAAUACAAUGUUGUAUUUUUUCUUGUCUGUCAACAAGGAGUUCUCCACAAUCAUCAAAGCAUGUGUAUCCUUUAAGAUUUGCUUAAUUACUACAAGUUAGAGAAAAUUCCUCUGUUUUAUAUCUGUGAACCCCUACAGAUUGUCCUGUGCAGAUCUUAAUACUGCUACAAUAACAGUGCAGUCCUAUACAAGUCCUGUAAACGCCUAUACAAUAAUACUGUAAUCCUAUACAGGUCUGCUCAGCCAUAAGCCACUUUAUGUUCCAUAGGACUUGUAUAGGACAGCAACUUUAGUGACCAUUUCUAGUACUAGUUUGUUUGCUUUUCGUCUUUCGCUACAUUCCUUAAAAUAAUUCCUGUCAAACAUAAAAACUAUACGUUAUGAAAAAAAAUCAUGCACACUUGUCUCUGUUAACUAUUUCCUAGGUAACAUUUUAAUAUUUUGUGUAGAAGGACAUGCUUCUCCUUAAGCUUUGUUUCCAUGUUGCAGUUUGGAUAUGUUGUGUAUACCAAAUCAGACUACUGGUAUGUCUUGCUCAGUGCACGUAAAAAUUACCGCGGGUCUCAGCAAACCACUUGAUAAACCAUUUUUUCCUCCAGUACUGGCAUCAUAAUCACAACCAGUACUGUAUUAUGAAAGUCAUGAGCCUCAGGCCAGGUGAGGUCAUGGAGAAGGGCUCCUUUAACUGGCAAUUUUUGAGGGGGAAAUGAGCAGACUGCACUGGUCUGUAUUACGAAAAUUGCAGUCUUAGGCUAGUGUUAGCCUGUUUGCUAAAUCCAGCCCUGGUUAAAAUGCCCUUGAUUUUUGCAGGGGGGGAAAUGAAUCAAGUGCAGUCCAAGCACAUAUGUUAUUGACUGCUCUGCAGCUGGUCUGUCGGCUGCCUGUGGAUUGCUAGGUUUGUACUGACUGGCACCAGUAAAGCUAGUGGAGGUGCUAGGGAUUGAACAUCGGAACCUCCCGCAUGCAAGGCAGGAGCUCAUUUCUGGAACUUCUUCAAUAAAUCUACAGUCACCUCUCUUUUUUAAUUUAAGAAAAUAUAAGAACUUUUAUGCUUUUUUUUCCUUGGUGGCAACUGUGUGUUUCUCAUUGUUCUUUAUUUUGUUAAGCAAACCGGUUUCAGAAUUGAAACAGGCAAUCUGAAACAGGUCACCAAAAUUCAGCUUCUUGAUUGCAGAAAUAUGUGAUAGCUACUGAGUGAUAUUUCUUCUCUUAACAUGACACACUGCUUGGAUUUUUUUUAAUAAAAAAAUUAAAGAUAUUGAAGACCCAAUUAAAGAAUUUGCUGCAAUGCUAAUAAGACAGUGAACGUUGGAAGUUCACUUGCUGCACACACCUGCUCAAAAGUACUUCUGUGCUCCAUUGCCGUCAGUAGAAGUAUUUAGCAGCUGCUUUAAUCUCUCCCAUUGAAAUUAUUGGGACUUCAAAGUACUUUAAUUUGGAUUAUACCCAUUAGGUGAUAUCCAGCUAUGUAAUACAGAGAGCAGACCAUUGAUUUCAAUGAGUAUGACUAACAUUGAGUGCCACCCAUGGUGAAUAAGCUAAGCCUGCUAAACUGUGAACCUCGUCUUGUGUGUGUGAUUCUGCCCUCGCUUAGAUGUAGAAAAUAUCGGUAAAUAUAGUACACUUGAUGGGAGUUGCUGGCACACUAAUAACUGAAUACCUGCUACUGAGAUUACAAGCAGAAGAAUACUGCUGUGCUCUGCUUGGCCACAGUGAGAACAGUAUGCUGAACUUGAUAGGCAUUUUUUCCUUCUGAUCCAGCAGGGCUCGUAUAUUCUUAUGAUCUUGUUUUCAUUCUGAUGAUCUCCUGUGAAUGCCUGUCUGGUAGCACAGAGUGCAUUCCUUUGGGGUUAUGCUUCCCACUUUUAAUUAUUUUUUAGGCUGUUUCUCUUCAAAAACAGUUCUAUCAUGCCUUACCGAGGUAGCACCUGCCUCUUAGAUUUGCAGCUUUCUCAAAAGAGCUAGGUAACCUCCCCAAUUAUUCGAAUGCAGCAGCUUCAUUGCUCAUAAUUUGAAUUGUGACUUUGGGUCUUGCCAGGUUUGCUGGGGUUUUUGCUUGUUUUUUUUUGUUUUUUUUUUGUUUUUUAGUGGUGAUAAAUCUGCUCAGUUUUUAUUUUCAGUUGUCUGAGCUAAACUGUGAAAGUUGUUUGAUGCAGCUGCAUAAGAACUGGCACACGCCCAGCUGAAAAUGAGUGCUGGAAGUGUUCUGAGCUAGUGCUGGAAGAUCCAGCACAGACUGCCCCUGACUUAAGGACAACAUCUUGACUAUGCAGUGAUUUCUCUGCUUUUGUCAGUGUUUGGGGUAUCCCUGCCCCCCCCCCCCGGGAGUUUAAUACUAUAAGGGAUAAUGAUAAAUCAUUAUUGACAUGACAGUUGAGAGCUGUAGCUUGUGAAUGGCACAGAAGGGAAGUACCCAACACAAAACAUAAAACAGUAGAUUUUAUGUUUGAGUGGUGAUUUGAACACACUCCUAUUUUCUGAUGUCUUUGAUUUAGAGGUGGGGUUUCAUGUGAUAUCUCUUUCUAUGACAGAUGUGAAACCACUUCCCCAGUGUGUGUGUGUGUGUGUGUGUGUGUGUGUGCGCGCUUGAGGAACUAGCAUGGCUUUUAGAAUUUUGGUCAAAUAGGCAUCAUUGCCACCCAAACACAAAUUAGGUACAUUACCUGCUGCAAUUGCAAGGAAAUGGGUGCUGUUGAAUCUUAGCACUUUCCUACUGAGCUUAAUUUCCUAAUUAAAUAUACCAUCUUCUCCUGCCUUUGCUAGGUGAGAGAGAGGAGAAAUCAAAGUUUCAGUUUCAAGCUGUCAUUGGAUGGAGCAAUAGCUCCAGGGUCUGAGCUGUGUGGGUGAAAGUGAUUUGGGACUGACUAAAAUUCAGCUCUCCCAUAUAGCUUUGAUUUUUCUUCUAUUUUCAGUGUGGUAGUUCUAUAAAUAUAGGAUUUGUACCAUUUACUGAGAUGCUUUAUUGAGAGGGUAUGGAAAUGCCAUUUUUUUAUCUCUCUGUUUUUAGAUCUCUGAAUGCUAAUUGUAAAUCACCAAAAUCCUUCCUUUGUAGUACUUGUGGUCCCUCUGCCCUGCCACCAAGCAAGAAGGAUGUGUGUGAGAGAAAGAAAUUAAUGUUUUCUCUGUCUCUCUAUGUAUAAAUGUGUAGUUUCAUCACUUGUUAGGAGAACCCUUGACAUAGGUAAAGAAGGAGAGUGAGUUCUGGUCAUAGCACUCACACAAAAUUUUUUUUCUGUGAAAACAAGUAAAGAUCUGGAACAAAAAUAGUGUUACUUUUUUAAAGUUGUAAGUCUUUAAGACACACUGGCUGGUAAUUCCUCCUCCCCUCCAUUCAGGAUGUUUUUAAUUCCACUUUCAAAAACAAAACAUUUCCCCUAGUUCUUGUAUGCACAUUUCCAUUUCCAGGGCAUUACAUUUCAGAUUUGAGAACAAAGCUCUUUUGUUUUGACUUUCUGAUCAACACACUUGGUGUACACAGUGAUUUAUGAUCCUCACUUUCUGAUGCUUCUCAUUUACCUCUGUAGAGAAGUCCCUAUUGCCAUUUUAUAGAUUGGGAACUGAUACCAAGAGCACAUGUAUGUAACAAGCGGCAGUCCUAUGCAUGCAUAACAGACUCUAGGGUUGUGCACUCAUCUCACUCUAGAGGCCGGGAGCCAGCGCUGUCCGCAGACACUUCUGGGUCACGUGGCCAGCGUGACGAAGCUACUCUGGCAAGCCAGAGCCGUACAUGGAAACGCCGUUUACCUUCCCGCUAGUAAGCGGUCCCUGUUUAUCUACUUGCACCCGGGGGUGCUUUCAAACUGCUAGGUUGGCAGGCGCUGGGACCGAGCAACGCGAGCGCACCCCGCCGCGGGGAUUUGAACCGCCGACCAUGCGAUCGGCAAGUCCUAGGCGCUGAGGUUUAACCCACAGCGCCACCCGCGUCCCUAUGCAUGCAUACUUGAGAAUAAAUGUUCUGUUACAUAGAAGCACAGGGAGUUGUUUUGUAUGAGAUCAGACCAUUUGCCUAUUUAGCCAAGUAAUGUAUACUCUGUUUGGGAGCAGCUCUCCAGGGUCUUAGCCAAAGAUGAGUCUUUCCCCUCAUAUGCUAUUUGUUCCUUUUUAACUGGCUUGAACCUGGGACCUUCUAUAUCCAAAGCAUGUGCUCAGUCAUUGUGCUGUAGUCCCUCCCCAUUGAAUUCAAUGUAGCUGUUUUCUAGGUAAGCAUAUAUAGAAUUGCACCAUUAAAGUGAUAUAAUAAUCAUUAUAUUAAUACGAUAAUCAUUCCUGCUCCCUUGGGAAUGUUACUUGUACAAGGCCAGAAGUAGGGUGAGGAGGUCUAAUGAAUAAGUCUCAGCAUCCUCUGUUAAUUGCAAUCCACAGGAUUCUUUGUGGGAAGCCAUGUUAGCCAUAUUAACAGAGCAUCAAUUAAGUUUCUACUCUAUAUAUGUCCACAGAUAGGGGCUUGCUCCAGUUUGGUUAUGUUUUUAGGUGCCUACUGAAUGUGAUUUGUUAUUAUUGAUGACUAUUUUAAUUUACUUCAAAAACAUAAUGUGUAAAGCUUCCCCCAGCCAUAUAAAGUGUGAAGCAUCUAAAAUGAACUGUGUACUUGCUCUGUAGUUGUGAAUGUCUGCUGCCCCUUGGCAGAGAGUAUCUUUGGUAACCAACAUCUUUGUAAUAUGUGAAAUGGUCUUGAGAAGAUAGUUAAACCUUUGUCUCUGAUAUAUCUAGGUUUCCCAUGUUAAGUCUAUUUAUCAUGUAGGCAGUACCAACAUGAUCUUUCUUUCUUAAAUUGUUCCUUUCAGUCAACAAUACAAGUGUGUAUGUGGAGGUGGUGGCAGCUGUACAAGUGCAUUUAAAGUUCCUGAUGCAUGUGCUGAAUUUUCCAGGCUUUUGUUUACUUAAGGACAGCUAAGAAUGAGUUACUUUGCAGGUUUUUGUUUGAAGAUUGCCAAGGAUGCCUUGGAGCAUAUGCAUUAAGUCUCUUACAACUUAAUUGAAGAGAAGAGUGUCUGAAUCCUUAGUCAAGACCUUUUGUUUUCUGAAAUGCUCAUUAGUCAUUGAAGAUAAUGGAGUGUAAACAAAUAGAUUAAUUUUAAACAGCCUGGUUAAAUAUACCUUUCCCCAAAGUGUUGUAGUUUAUAUUCUUCCACUUUCUGAGGUGCUGUUGCACUAAUUUUCUUGUUAGCUCUGAAAUUUUUAAGACUAAAGACACAAUUGGUGGUCUUAAACAACUUAAUCCCUUUUUAAAUCUUGAAAGAAAUUUAUCUCAAAUGUUUCGGCAAAGUCUAUUGGCUAAGGACACAAGGUACCAGCUGCACUUAGUCCUUUCUGUGCUAGCUUGUGGUGAUAAUGUAUCACGCUGCAUGAACAAGUGUGUUGCAUAGCCUCAGUCAGUAACUAACUAACUAACUAACUAACUAACUAACUAACUAACUAACUGUGCUCAGCUGGUGCCUAUAAAAUGGACCCAGCAAAGUCUGGUUGCUGUAGCCACUGGUAAAUGGCUUCUCCACACAUUCCUCUGGUCUGUGAUUUUUUAAACUGGGAAGUGGGGACUGGUAUUAAGAGGGCUUGAUUUGGUCCUAGGGCUUCCAGUUUCUGCUCUGUGCAGUAGAGGAUGGGAAUGUCUACAUCAGGGAUGGGGGACCUGUGAUCCUCCAGAUGUUGUUGGAUUCCAGCAACCAGCAAUCCCAGCUGGUGUGACCAGUGGCUAGGGAUGAUGGGAAUUGUAGGCCAACAACAGCUGGAGAACAAUAGGUUCUUUAUCUCUGGUCUGCAUCAAAAGGUGUGAUCUUGCUCAUCACUUGAUGUGCAUGGUGUGGAAUGCCGAUGAUACUGGUUUGACUAAGGGAUUCCUGACUACCUGCUUGGGGCAGGACAAAAAUAAAGAUAGUCCCCCAUUUUGAGUUGGGAAUGUACCCCCCCAAUUCCUUUCUUUUCUACAUUCAAACAAUCUUUUGAAGGGCCUCUCAGUUUUUAUAUCUGUAUUUUAACUUCAGUGAUGUGAAUGAGGGAUUCUUUUUAUACUGUAUUUAUGUGUUAAGGUUUAUGUCUUUUUCUUACUUACUGUAAGCUGCACAGAGAACUUACUUAGGCAGUUCAUAAAGAAAUAUUGUGCUUUUUAUUUUCUUGGUAUGCCUGCUUGGCCUAAUCACCUUGAUUUCCUUCUGCUUGCUUUCUCAGCGAACAUUUGUCCUGCUCCUUUACCUUCUUCUUGCACGGGGACAGCAAUGUUUGUACCAGUGUGGAAAUCAACCAGCACCAACCUGUGUACUUUGUUAGUGAAGAACAUCUCACCCUGGCCCAGCAGUCUAACAGCCCUUUUCAAGGUAGGUUUCUUUGAUUGACUCCAGAGAUUAAUUGUGUCCUUUUUGGACAGACUGUUUUCUGUUAUCUAAAUGAAGGCUUUGUAGCAAGAGGGAGUUGAGCAAGGGUAGGCAACCUAAGGCCCGGGGGCCGGAUGCGGCCCAAUUGCCUUUUCUAUCCGGCCCACGGACGGUCUGGGAAUCAGCGUGUUUUUACAUGAGUAGAACGUGUACUUUUAUUUAAAAUGCAUCUCUGGGUUAUUUGUGAGGAAUAGGAAUUCGUUCAUCCCCCCCCCAAAAAAAAAUAGUCCGGCCCCCAACAAGGUCUGAGGGAUGGUGGACCGGCCCGCCGCUGAAAAAGGUUGCUGACCCCUGGAGUAGAGGUUAAUCACAAGACUGAUUAAAAUGUCUUAAUAAGUUUGCAGAUUCUCUCCUGGAUUUCAGUUUUCUUUUUUAUUAGUUAUUCUAAACACUCAGCUUUGUCAGGAAUAGCUGUCUUGAAAGAUCCAUUUUGAACUUCCAUCAAAACAUGAGAAUCUUCAAUUCAGUAUUCCCUAACCUGGUCCCCUCUCGAUGUUUUAGAUUCCAACUCUCAUCAGUUCCAACCAGCAUGGCCACAUAUCUGAGAGGAUGGGAGUUGUAGUCCAGAACAUCAGGAAGGCAUGAGGUUGGGGGAGGCUGCUGUAAACAAUAGGCAAAAUGUGGUUUUUAAUCUACGUGUCAUUUCACAUAGUACAUUAAUGUCAGCUGCAGCAAAUAUGUAUUGUACGGGUACUCUUGCCAAAAAACACUGAUUGGCUAUAGCUUUUGGGAUGUACACCUGAUGGCCUUGCCUGUGGUUGCCUCUUAUCAAUGUGUGAAAUGGCACUGGAGCUUCCUGUAAUGCACCCUAAUAAGCUAUUCUUGUUGAGGAUGCGUCGAGAUUCUUGAGUGUUGAUGCCUAUAUGUUGCACUAAAACCCAAAACUUCUCGAUGGCAGUAAAUGGAUCUCAUAUGUUUUAUUCCUGGAAUGACCCUGAACUUAUUUUUUGACUGGUUCCUCUACAUGCAAGUUUAAAAACACACUCAUGUUCAGCAGUUUUUCAGCUGUCUGUCAGCUGCUGCCAACUGUUGAAGGGUAACUUUCCUAACAUAGACCAGUUUAUGACGCUUUUAGAGAUCAUCAUCCUCUUGUUACCAGGUUUUCCCUAUUAUUAAAAAAAGAAAAGAAAAUAAUUUGAGCCUAACCUGUAUGUAGUAGCUUGCAAUCUGUGUUUCAGUGGAUGUUACUGGUGUUUCUUUAAAAAAAAAAAAAUCCAUUCACCUCUCCUGUAUUAGAGAAAAUUGUUCCCUACUGCUGAUCUCUUACAAUGCGUUUCUAUAUCAGACGUUUGGAUGAAUUUCUGUCUGCUGUUAUGGUACACUGAUUCUUACAUAACUCACCCUGUUUCAGUACACAUACAUUUUAAUGAGGGACAAUAAGUCCUUGUCCUGAGAUCGUCAGGUGAGGAUGGCUCCUUGCUGCCAUGCAGCACAGUAGAGCACAGUCUACCCUGCUAAUUAAAGCACAGAAUUGUUUCUGAGAUUUAAAACGGUGCUUUUAAGUGGAGAUUUCAAACUUCGUCAGAGUUAAGAGGCUAUUCAUAAUGCUGAACUAUGUGUUGAGAUUAGAAGCCUCCUGCUCCGUUGUCAUUCUUUCUGAACCCUGAAAAAUGAUUUGUGCAAACUGGUUUGUUCACAAAUUGUGAUUUCAAGCUGUAGUCUGAAGAUGAUUGACAUUCCUUGUUUCCCAGGAAACUAUGGUUUACACUUACUACAAACCAAGAUGGAAAGCCUCCUGUGUGCAGGAGAAGGGGGAAAGGAGCAAAAAAGCACACUUGUGGCCCAAGGACUUUAGGUUGCCUACCCCUGCUUUAGUAUCAGUCCAGUAUUAUGGAAUACUCUGCCAAUAGGGAUUGAGCAGGAACCUUCUGUUCGAACUUUUAAACACCUGCUGAAAACUUACAUUCUUUCUGUCCUAUCCAGGCAAAUAAGACUAUACCUUUCCAUAAAACUUAGCUGAUUUUUGGUUUUAACUUUAUAAAUAUAUAUAUAUUUGCAUUGCAUUGUAUAUAAUUUUUGUAAACCAUUCUGAUAUUCUCUUAUUAAUAGUGUUAUAUAAACAUUUUUAUAAAAAAUAAAAAGGAAGGAUAGUGGAACUUCCCUUAAUACGAAGCAAUAUUCAGCUUUUAGCCUUAGUUGGAAAUUUCCAAAGAAAAAUGAGCAUAGAACAGUGCUGGGGAACCUCAGACCCAGGUGUGUGGGUGAAUCUGGCCCCUGGAAUUUGCUCAAGGCCACACCCCUACUAGUCUAGUCCUUCUUCAUAGCCUUCUUGAAUGUUUUUGCCUGACUGGAAUGUGUCCUUGAAUUGCCCUUGGAUUAAAUCAGCGAGAGGGUUGGAGCUACCCAUGGCAUCCCAUGCUAUUGACUAAUUACAUUGGCUAUUUUUUAUUCUGCCCUGCCUUGCAGGCUUUGGUAAUGAUUCUUGUAAAUAUUCUGAACUGGAAUGUUCACCCUAAAGCUUCUAAUAGCUGCUUAACUUUAGCCACUGAAACUGAUCUCAAAUAAGAGUCUUUGCAGCCCUUCACGGGGGCAGUGAUGGUAGCCAGGCUUUGGCAAGCCAUCCAGCAAAACAGAUUUUGUACUGGAAUCCUUGAAAAGAUUUAACUUCCCUUGCAAAUUUACUGCACAUGGAAGCUUAGCCCCUUGACACACCAACCGCCCUUGGGUAUACAUUGCAGAUCUUUUUGGGGUGGUGCUGGUGAAUGACAAAUGUCCUUGUUCUUUGUAUUUGCAGUUAUUCUAAGUCCCUUUGGAUUAAAUGGUACACUCACUGGACAGUCGUUCAAGUUGUCUGAUUCAGCUACGAAAAAACUGAUUGGGGAAUGGAAACAGUUCUAUCCUAUCACAUCCAGCCUGAAGGAGGGAUUGGAGGAAAAGCAAGAAGAAAUGGAUUGGGAGGAUGACUCUCUCGCUGCUGUGGAAGUCCUUGUUGGUACGAAAGCUUUUUAAAUCCCUAAACCAGUGGUGGGAGGGACCGUAGCCCUCCAGAUACUGUUGGAUUCCCAGCUCCAAUAAGCCUCAGCCAACAUGGCCAUUGGUGAUGAGUAGUCUAGUCCAGCAACACCUGGAGGGUCCCACCUGCCUCCAGCAAAUGAAAUUGCUUUAUUUAAUUACUAUUUCUGAAGUGCCUAAUGCAGCUCUCUGGUCUCUGAUGAAAUGCAUUGUCACGAGACAGUCAAGAUGGUCUUCACUUGUGAAAACUUACUUAGUUCAUAUGUAGUGUGGAUUUAGUAGUAACAAUCCCCCCCCCCCCCCCAAAAAAAAUCUUAUUGGUCACCUUUGUGUAAAUUGCAAAUGUAAAAAAAUUGUGCUGUUGCCUUGUUUAAAAAAAACAUUCUUUUAAUCAGACUAUGUCUUUAAAUCAACUAAAUGAUUCUAUAAGUGUUGCAGUGUUAUUAAAAAUAUUGCUGAUGAGCUAUCUUUAUCAGGAAUGGGACAGGAGAGCACCAAUUUAGGAGCUGUUAAUUGCCUGUUUUAAAAAAGGCCUUGCUGCUAAAGUUAAAAUUGGUGACUCCUGUUUCUUCCUUCUAAGCAAGAGCUAGGCACAACGGUAAUGUCUAAUAAAUAAUUGUCAUAGUUAUGAUAUCCCACUAGUUUUUGUCUAAAUGGGAACUAGUAUAGUUUGUUUGAGAUAAUCUUGAGGUUAAAAGGAUUCAAAAGCUUUGCUGAAAAACUGAACACUAAAACUAUGAGCAAGUUAUUACAUAGAAUGUCAAGGUAAACUAGAGCAAAUGGAGGGAAGAAAGUGUAAAAACAAGAAACACCAGGAGCGUGGAUUGUAGUGGGGGCACAACAUGUCAGACAGAUCUGAUCAUGGAACAUUUUUAAAACAAAGGAAACAGUUUAUGGUUGGUAAUGCAAAGGGAAAGGAAGGCUUAGAGGAAGGUAGGUGCAUCAUUUAUACACCCACAUCCCUAUAUAUUUCGUGCCCGCCAAAGUUUCUAUAAUCUCUGACCAUUGGCUAUGGGGCUGGUGGGAGUUGGGAGUCCUACAAGGCUGUAAUACAUUGGCUACCCAAGUCCUCUUGCAUAGCAGUCACCUAUUGUGCUGGUCACUAUAUCUCUUGGCCUGAUAAACUUCACAAUGUCAUUACAAGGAUAAAAUGAUGGAUGAGAACCAUGUAUACUAUCUUGAGAUUCUUAGAUGAAGGAAAGGGAAAUAUUGUAAGCAGUCAGAAGAAAUUGUGCUUCUUUUAGCACUAAGGUUAGUUGCCAAAAUUUACAAAACUGACCUCCUAGAGUGAAAACAAUUGAGAAUUCGAUUUACUUUAAGAGUGUCAGAGGAAUUAUAAGUCACAAUGAAGCGUAUGUCGUUAUUUAACUUUAAAAAAAAGAAGAAUGGCGGUAGACUGGAUUGAAAUUUAAAGCAUUUUCACUGAGAAGAGUGGCACUAUUAUAAGACAAAGUAGAGUAGGAUUUAUGAGGAAGAUGACAAGGAGUCUUACUGCUUUUAGUGGAGAAAAAGAAAAGGUAGAUAAAUUAUAUUGCAUCACUGACAAGUAACAUGCUUUUAGCCCAGCACUGGGCAGAAGAAUAAUUGAGGCAUGGGCAAAAUGAUUGGGGCCAUCAAGGAUUUAUAUGCAACAGCGGAAAUAGUUUCAGAUUUCAUAGUUGAAGAGAACCGUAAGCCAUGUGUUACAGGGCUUAGUGGAGAUGCUAGUAAUUUUCUGAGUCAUUCAUUGGGAUGUCUGUGAAAGGGGAGAUGUUGGCAAUUUUCAGGUUAUAUUAAACAGUUUUCCUGCAGCUUGUCAUAAACCAGGGGUGGGCCACUUGCACCCCAACCUAAUUUCAAAAGCCUUCUGCAGGCUCUUGGUUCAGAUAUUGGCCAAGAGCAAUCUGUUCGCUCCUCUCCUCCCACCCCUACUCCCAAGUCUGCCCGUUGAAGCCUUUGGGGUGAGGAGGGAGACAAGGAGGUGGCAGAAAAUGAAGGCAGUUGCGGAGGUGGGGGGGGGAUAGAAAAUGGGAUGUUCCUUCCCAUUCUUGGCUCUGGCCACAUCCACUGAUAACACUCCCUGACAGAUUUGCCCCUUAAGGAAUGUUGACCCUCUUGUAAACAGUUACUUACUGCAUCAUAUGUUAUUAUUAAUAAGCAGUUGCUGAAAUUGAUACUGCUUAGUGUAGUGGAGUGUGGUGGCUUUCAAACUUUGCUAAGGAGCCCCCAUAUGUGAUGUAAAAAAAACCUGCACAUUUUCAAAAAUUCUGGGUCAAGUCCCAAGUGCAUUUAGUUCACUCUCCAGGUUUGUUUGGCCCUUCUUUCGCUCUGCUUGAAUAUACUCCAAACUCUCUCCUACAGCUGCCUUUCAGAGAAGGUACUUCUGGGUUUCCUUGAUGAGAGGAUCAGUCAUGAUGUAAACCACUUGUGUAGUGGGAAGACCUUUUCUCUGCCAGGAAACUCAUUGGGUGAUGCUGAUCCAAUUUGUGGCCGUUCAACCCAACCUCUCUCGCAUAUGAGGAUAAAAUGAGGGUGGAGAAUUCAAAUUGUCUGCCUGUCAGAUUUUUUGUUUGUUUGUUUGUUUCAAGCAAGGCUUAAAAAGCAGUUUGUGUUACAGUGGGUAGUGAUGUACUUUGUGCCUGGGUUGGACUGUGUAAUAAACUUUUUUUGUUUAUUUAUUUUUAGCUGGUGUACGGAUGGUCUACCCGGCAUGCUUUGUUUUAGUUCCUCAGACAGACAUUCCUGUUCCUAGCACUGCUGGGUCAAGCAACUGCUUGGGUGUCCAUCAAGUGCCUGCUUCCACAAGAGAUCCUGCCAUGUCCUCGGUCACUCUGACUCCACCUACGUCCCCAGAAGAGGUUCAAACAGGUAUAGUAAAACUCCUUCCCCAUCCACCAGCUUUGUCAUACUUAAAAUCUACAAAGCGGAGGUACUGUUUUGACAUGUUCUCCCUGCCCAACUGGCCUCUCAUCAGCAUGACGUAAAGCAUGAGCAGGCAAACUAAGGCCCGGGGGUCGGAUCUGGCCCAAUUGCCUUCUAAAUCUAUCCUGCGGACAGUCUGGGAAUCAUCGUGUUUUUACAUGAGUAGAAUGUGUCCUUUUAUUUAAAAUGCAUCUCUGGGUUAUUUGUGGGGCAUAGGAAUUCGUUCAUUUUUAUUUUUAUUUUUCAAAAUAUAGUCUGGCCCCCCACAAGGUCUGAGGGACAGUGGACCGGCCCCCUGCUGAAAAAGUUUGCUGACCCCUGACAUAAAGUAAUGGUUAAUACCAUGAUUAUUUUUUGACGUUUAUAUCCUGCCUUUCUUCCAUCAUGGAACCAAAGGGGCAGCUGAUGUGAUUCCCAAGGCACUGACUAAACCCAGGUCUGCUCAUCUUGAGCAAGGUGUGCUUUCAAACCCCUACCCUUAGACAAUGAAAUCCAAAGGAUACCUUCUGAGUGCAUGCUGCUGUCCAUUCUCAGUCCCUGGUGCUUUGAUGAGGUUUUCCAUGGUAAAUUGGAGAGUAGAAAGCAGGAAUGUGCGGGAGAGACAGAUGAGAUUGCACUCCAUGCAAUCUGUCAUGAUAAAAACUACAGACUUCUGAGCACAAGUGUCUGUAGGUUUGACCAUUCACGGUGGGUGUGCACGCUUCAAAACUGGAUAGAACCUAGUUACCGUCUCUUACUUUUGUUCCAUACUUUGAAACUUGUGUUUGUUCAGUGUACUUCAAAAUACUUCAGUAUUUGAAGUAUUACUUCAAUUUUUUUCUAUUUUUAACUAUAUUGCAUGAUCUUGUGUUUUUAUUGCCAUAAAAUUCUUUGAGAGAGAGAUGAAUGAAACUGUUGUUGUUUAGUCGUCUUAGUCGUGUUCGACUCUCCGUGACCCCACGAACCAGAGCAUGCCUUGGAAACUCUCACUUUCUUCUCAAAGCUUCUCCUUUUUUAUGCCCAUGGAGUUUUCUUGGCAAAAUACUGGAGUGGUUUGCCAGUUCCUUCUCCAGGUGGAUCACAUUUAGUCUAAACUCUCGGCUAUGACCUGUCUGUCUUGGGUGGCCCUGCAUGGCAUAGCUCAGAGCUUUUUGGAGUUAUUCAAGCCCCUUCGCCAUGACAAGGCAGUGAUCCAUGAAGGGGAUGAAUGAAAUAGUGGUAUACAAACAAACAAAUAACUUGAGCAUAAUUUGUGUAAUGCUCUGUAAUUUGUAUAUGAGAAAUAGACAAAGCCUAAUUUAAUGUGACACUUUUAGUGCCUUUUUAUCUGCUAUGUCCUAGAGUAAGUAAUUCAAAGGAAGACAAUGUUGUUGUUGUUUAAAAAAACAACUAUUUGGUGCCUACAAAAUGCUGUUGCUGCCUCUGCUUUUGCGCUCUGAUUUUUUUUUUAAGCAGAUAGGAUGGAUAAAGUCUAACAGUCUAGUUAACUCUUGUGUUGCCUUCCCUCUUUCUCUUCAGUUGAUACUCGUUCAGCCCAGAAGUGGGUGAAGCUCCCUUCUAUUUCUGACAUAUUCAGCUCCGAAAGCAUUAGUCACCAUGGGGGCAAAAUCCCUCGGAAGCUGGCCAAUCAAGUGGUUGACAGAGUCUGGCAAGAAUGCAAUAUGAACAGAGCGCUGACCAAGUAUGUAUGAGGUUUUUGUGUGCAUAUGGAGACAUUGUAAAAUCUGUACUUAAAAGUGGAACACAGUUGCUUUCAAAUGAGUUCAACCAAAGCUGCACAUGUUCCUUAAUUGCUUGGUACAUUUUAGUGUUUUUAAUUUGUUGCUCACCCAAGUCUGAAGACAUCAGAGGGAUGUAAAGGAGAUGGAUGGGGAUGUGUAAAACACUUUUAUCGAUUGCUGUAUUGGCCAGCUUUCUCUCCCUUCCCAUCUCUCCCUUGGCUAUGACCCAAGAAAGUGCCACCUCCCAUCCUAGAGAAACUAAUGUAUGUUCCCUAACCUAUACUUCCUUUACCCUUCUAUCCUAGAAGAAAGUGUGUCAACUUGCUACUCACUAGUAAGAAACUACUUAGGCCCUGGGCAGCAACAUGUUUGGAAACUCUCUGUCCAGAGAGUUUUACCCUGAAUCUAUCUUUGCCCAGCCUAUCUCCUCAAUUUCCUUCUCCAAAUAGCAGGCAUACUCUAGAUAAAUUAAUUUAUUCCAGCAUUUUUAGGAAUAAUAUUUGAUCAAGGCACUAAGAAAGAAUACUUCCUUGCUUUCCCCCCCUCCAUGCUGCCAGGUUAGUCUAUUGGAUUUGGACUUUGUGUCCUGGCUUAGGAGUUAGAUUGGGAAGACUAGGCAGCAAGUGGGAGCAAUAGGAAAGCCAGAACAGGUGGUGUAUUUAGGUUUUUAUUUUAUUUUUUAAAGCUAUUUUUAUUAAAGCUUGAGCAGCAAACAAAGACAAAACAAUAUACAAAAGUCAACAUCAAAUGCCAAGCAGAUAACAGGGUGUAUUUAGUGGGCAGAUAAAUCACUCUUUAAUGAGAACUGGCAGGCUCUUGGGAAAGGGAGGGAGGAAGAUAAUGGCCUGUAAUGAAGGCUGUUUUCUUUGUAUCUGGAGCAGCAGCAAACCUGCACACAUGGUGUGGGGACCUGUGGAAGGAGCCAUUUCUCUGUUGAGAUUCCUAGUUCUAGGUGGUGCAGUUAAGCUGUGCAGUUAAGCCAUUCCCUUGCUGGAAUUUGGACCAGCAUUUUGGUUUCCAGCAUUGGCCACCCAGAUGCUUUGGGGUACGCACAAGGAAGGUCUUAUGGUAGUGGUUGCCCCUCCUUAUCUAGAAGUCAAAAGCAGAUUGCCUUUCAAUGUGGGAGACUGCCGUGGGCUAACGGUUGCUGAUAGGCCUACCCCCUUUGUGCUAAUCUAAUAUUGCACAAAGUUGUGGGUAUUGCCACACAUCUUGUGGCACUGAAUUUCUUAAGUUCGUUAUGCAUAGUGUUAAAAGCUCCUUCUUUUUUCUUUCUUUUUUGUAAAUCCUGAAGCAGCUGCCAGUCAACCUCAUUUGUGUGAGACUUAUAUGAGAGGGAGGGAAACUUCACGUGAAUCAUAAUUUUAUAGAUAGCUAUGAAGUCCCCCUCAUAGUCACACUUUUUCCUAAUUAGUUAGUGUCAACAUUAAAAACUGAAACAAUAUAUAGAAAUGGCCCUCUCAAUUGUAGCAGUUUAAAUACAGUACAGUGGACGCUCGGGUUGCGAACGUGAUCCGUGCAGGAGGCCAUUUUGCAGCCCGCAGCGUUUGCAACCUGCAGCGCCGCAUCUGCGCACGUGUGGGUCGUGAUUCAGCACUUCUGCGCAUGCACAAAGCGUGAUUUAGCACUUUUGCGCAUGCGCAAAGCGUGAUUUAGCCCUUCUGUGCAUGCGCAAGCGCCGAAACCCGGAAGUAAUCUGUUCCGGUACUUCCGGGUUCGGCGUGGUGUGCAACCCAAAAUCGCGCAAACUGAAGUGUCUGUAACCCAAGGUAUGACUCUACUACAUUGGAUUGAUAACGGUAAAUGUUGUCUGCGUUUCCCUGAAAGUUUUCAUCUGUGUGUGUACACACACAUGUUGUAAGUCCACAAAAGGUACUAACUUGAAAGGUAUUUUGCUGCCUGGCAAAACACAUGUUGUUGUUUAGUCGUUUAGUCAUUUCCGACUCUUCGUGACCCCAUGGACCAGAGCACGCCAGGCACUUCUGUCUUCCACUGUCUCCUGCAGUUUGGUCAGACUCAUGUUUGUAGCUUCAAGAACACUGUCCAACCAUCUCGUCCUCUGUCGUCCCCUUCUCCUUGUGCCCUCAAUCUUUCCCAACAUCAGGGUCUUUUCCAGGGAGUUUUCUCUUCUCAUGAGGUGGCCAAAGUAUUGGAGCCUCAGCUUCACGAUCUGUCCUUCCAGUGAGCACUCAGGGCUAAUUACCUUAAGAAUGGAUGCGUUUGAUCUUCUUGCAGUCCAUGGGACUCUCAAGAGUCUCCUCCAGCACCAUAAUUCAAAAGCAUCAAUUCUUCGGCGAUCAGCCUUCUUUAUGGUCCAGCUCUCACUUCUAUACAUCACUACUGGGAAAGCAAAACACAUACCUGUUAGUCAUUUGUGGUACAACAUCAGCUUCAAAGAGAGAAAAAUCCAGCUUGUCCAAAUAUGAUUCUUUCUAGACACAGGUGAACCAGGAAAGUAUAUAGAUUCAGUAAUUAUAUGAUCCACCACAGAUUCAUGUUUUCUCCACAAUUUUCAUCAGUUUACUUAAAAGAAGAAUUUCUCUCCCAAAUGCAAUGCAGGAGGAAGUAUUCUGCUACAUCAAAUGGCGUAUGUGAAGAUGAGACAGUUGACAAAAUGUCAUUUUGGGAGUUUGUUGAAGCCACGCAGAGGACAAAUUGCACUUGCUCAAGGUAAAGUUUGCAGAACAUUCAGUUGUAGUGUGUAAAACUAUGUAGGAAUCUUUCAGGAUCCAUUUUAUAAAAAUUAUAAAACAGUAAGAAGGUAACAUGUUGGUCAAUACGGUAAGCUAACAGACUGGGUGUAUAGGCUCUUUGGAACUUUAUUUUAUUUAGUGCAUUGGUCUUUAACCGGUGAGCUGGGAUCCACUAACAGGGUUUUGAACUAAGAUGAAGCACAACAGCACUACCACCAUACAAAUAUAUGGUAAAAAGAUAGAAAGAAAUUGUUCUCCAAAUGCAUUAAAGAUGGAUUAAAUGCACUGGAUUAAAGAUGGGUCUUGGGUCUAAAAGAGUUGAAGAUGACUGAUUUAGUGGAUUUGUAGCCUGCUUUUUGACUGCAAGUCAAAUGUGUAAUGGGUAUAUUAAAUGGGCAAUGGGUACAUUAAAAACCAUAUGCUUAAGACAAAGGAAAUCUAGCCCAGCUAGAGCAAGCAUAGGUAGCUGGUGUUUUCUCUGACUGCUUGUCUUUCCUUCUUUUGGGACUUUCCCUGAGGGCAGUUGGUAGUAGGUGGGCCAGAGGACAGUCUAGGUCAGGCAUAGGCAAACUCGGCCCUCCAGAUGUUUUGGGACUACAACUCCCAUCAUCCCUAGCUAACAGGACCAGUGGUCAGGGAUGAUGGGUAUUGUAGUCCCAAAACAUCUGGAGUGCCAAGUUUGCCUAUGCCUGGUCUAGGUGGAACAGCAGCAGCAUCUUGAUAUGUUAUCCUGCCUCCUUCUCUGUCCUCUCUUUUUACUUGGUUGUAAAUGCUUCAUUAAGGCAUAUACAUUUGCCAAUAGCUGUAGGAGGAAUGUGUUCCCCUGUGGCAACAUAAUGCUUAACCAUUAUUAAGCAUUGCAUCUGAAUGCCUAAACCACAGUUAAGGACUGAUGGAAAUCAGGAUGGGAAGCCACAGUUGGAAGUGGGUUUGCAAACAAUGACUUCCGCUAACUGUGGGUAAGCAUCGUGUGUGCACUGAGAAAACUGUGGUUAAGGCAGUUUUGCCGCCUCUUCAUGCCCUCUGCUACUAAGGUGACUAGUUGGUGUCUCCGUGUUCAUAAGCUGCAAAGGUAAGGCUUAACUCACUGAGCUAAACCACAAAGCAGUAUAGUAAUCAUGGACAAGUGUUACGUCUGCAUAUCAACAUAUUUAGCUGAAUUCACUUUUGUGUAAUGGUUGCCGAAAUGUGAAAUGCUACUGGCAGUUAACAGUACAGAUGAUUCCCACCCCAAUUCUCUCUCCUGUCCCUCUUUAGGUACAAAAGUCUCAAGCCAAGACUUGCAAUUCAGCAGGGGCCAGUGCCGCCUGUGGGCCAGCAACAGCAAGCAGCUCCAAAGCACAAGGCAAAUGAGAAGCAAGAGAAAGGAGAUAAGCCCCAGAAACGUCCUUUGACCCCAUUUCACCAUCGUGUUUCCAUCACUGAUGACAUUGCCAUGGAGGCGGACUCGGCCAAUCAGAGGCUUGUGAUUACCACGUCCGAUAACCAAGUGAGGUUUUCAAAUCUCAGAACUAAUGAUGUAGCAAAGACUCCUCAGAUGCAUGGCACUGAAAUGGCAAAUUCUCCCCAGCCACCUCCCCUUAGUCCUCACCCGUGUGAUGUUGCUGAUGAAGGGGCAACUAAAACUCCUUCCACUCCCCAGAGCCAGCAUUUCUAUCAGAUGCCAACUCCAGAUCCUUUAGUUCCUUCAAAAACAAUGGAAGACAGGAUAGAGGGCUUGUCUCAGACUUUCCCAGCUCAAUUCCCAGAAGUUAUAGAGCCCACAAUGUAUGUUGGUGCAGCGGUGAACUUGGAAGAAGAAGAUGCAGAUUCCACAUGGAAGUAUUACAAGGUUCCAAAGAAAAAGGACGUGAAUUUCUUGCCACCACAGCUCCCAAGUGAAAAGUUCAAGGAUGACCCUAUGGGAUUUGCUGGGUCAGACAACUUACCUUCAGCUACAGAGUAAGCAUACCUUAUGUUUUAACUUCUAAAAGCAGAAUUUGCAUCUAAUCCAAAAACCUUUUAGUUCUUAUGAGAAGGUAAUUUUGUUUUCCUUUGUAUUAUCAUGGUUCAGAAAGAGCGGAACUUGUGGUUCUGCUGUGGGCAUUUUAAUUGUGAAUGUCCAGGAUAAAAAUGCAGAAGUAUUCACUCAAUUGUGUAUAUGUAUGAGUACUAGAAAAUUCAAAUUCUCAUUCAGAGUGUGAGAGGUCCUGUAUUCAAAUCCUAGAGGGAUUGGAUGAUUGUACCAUUUGAAUUUGGUGGGAGGGGCACAGCAUGGGGCUGGAGUAUGUGGUUUGCAUGCAGAAGUCCAUAGGUUUUAUUCCCUGGCAUUUCCAAGUUCAAAAGAUCUCAAGUAACAAGUGCUGGGAAAGAAAUCUGAGACCUUGGAAGUUACUGCUUGUCAAAAGAUAAUACUGGGCUAGAUGGCUUAAAUUAUAUGUUCAACUAAUUUUUGCAGUUUUCCCCUGCUUGGAGAUUUUUAUUCUCUUUAUAAAAAGCCACUUGAGUGAUAGCCCAGGUCUGCUAUAGAGCCAACCUGGUCCAAGAACUCCACUGAUGCUAUUAAGAUUUGGGAGCUUUUGUAUUUCCUUCAGAGAGGACUGUGUAACUAGGAGUGUGUCAGAUUCUUGAAAGUGGACCUACCAUUUAAUUGAAUACCUCUUGGUGUUCGCUGCUAAAAGAGCUAUUAUUUAUAAAUGAAAUACCAGUUUUAAAAUGCAGCUUAUGCUGUGGACUUAAAACCACAAAAUAUUUGAAUUGGUCUGCCUUUGUUUCCCUCUUUCUCUGUGGCUGAUGAAUCUCCUUUAUGUGUUAUGAAUAAAAAGCUCUGUUUCAGCUAGAUGAUUUAUCAGUUUCCAUUCUAGAUUUUUGUUUUCACUUCAGUCAAAAGCAAAAUCCCUUUGUGGGUUUCCCAGCUUCUAAGCUUGUAACUAACUCUGCAAUACAUUGGAAUCUGUGGAAUGAAAAGGGAAAUCAUGUCCUCUGUUUUUUAAAGGGAACAUGACUGAAGUUAACUUCUUUUUGAGCUUUCUCACUUAUCUCUUGCCCCAUGUCUGUUGGAUCUGUUGGAGAGUGUUUUCUUUGAUAUCAGAGUAUCAGCAAGAUUUAUAUCUUGUUCCUAUCCUGUGUGCUCAGAGCAGCUAACUUGAGUUUGAAAUUAUAGAAAUGGCUCCUUAAUUGACUUGCAAUAGAAACUAAUCACAGAAAUGGAACCUGGAAAGGGGAGUGGGAAAAGAAGGGGAUGGGGUGGGGGUGCAGUCUUAAGACUUGGCUUUGAAAGACUAGCUUUCAAAGCUGCUUUUAAAAAGUGUCUGUGUGAGGAAUCAUUUUUGAAUGGGGUUGGGUUGCAGGAGGGAUGGUUCUGUGCUGUUCUGGUGUCUUUGUUUGGCUCUCCUCUAGCCCCUGUUCUCAGGGCAGUUGCUCAACAUCACCACUUCUUACCUUUCACAGUUGGAACCAGAGGUCUGUGGCCUGUGCAAAGAUGAUACCUUUCACUUGCCCUUAUCUCUUGUCACUUUUUGACUCCCUUCUCAUCUCAUGUUUGCUUAAUGCUAGGCCAGCGGUCAGCAACCUUUUUCAGCCGUGGUCCCACCGUCCCUCAGACCUUGUGGGGGGCCAGACUAUAUUUUGAAAAAAAUAUGAACAAAUUCCUAUACCCCACAAAUAACCCAGACAUGCAUCAUUUUAAAUAAAAGCACACAUUCUACUCAUGUAAAAACACCAGGCAGGCCCCAUAAAUAACCCAGAGAUACAUUUUAAAUAAAAGGACACAUUCUACUCAUGUAAAAGCAUGCUGAUCCCUGGACCGCCCGCAGGCAGGAUUGAGAAGGCGAUUGGGCCGCAUGCGGCCCACUGGCCUUAGGUUGCCUACCCCUGUUCUAGGCUUUGUCACAUAUAACCUGGCAGCAAACCUUGGGUUUAUCCCUAAAAGUACAUUGGCUAUAGCUACCUACUGAAACUUGGCACAGUAAUGAGUUUAUCUGCAUGAGACACGUGCUUAUCAACUCAUGUUUGUCCACACUUUUGAAGUUUUCAAGUAUGUGCUUAAAACAUCUUAGUUGUAUAGUUGUAAACAUCAGUGCCCAACGUCCUAUGAGUGCUAGUUACGUGGCAGCAGGGAGAGUUUUUUGAGGGGUCGUAUUCUGGUUCCUGUAUGUCUAGAAGGGGAUCAUUUCUUUCUUUCUUUCUUUCUUGUUUUUCCAUUGUGCAAAGGCUUCAUAGCAACCUUUUUUGUAAUUCAUCCUCCUUUCUAACCAACAGUGAACUUAAUUGUCCUUGAUUACUGCUGAAUCUCAAAAGAGCUGUUAUGUUCCUGAAAUAAUCCUGGCAUAAGGAACUUGCAACUCGUGUGUCUGAAGUAUUCUAAGACAAUCAUAGGAGAUGUGUACAGCUGCUGUUGAGACAUGAAAAUAGAGGGAGAUGAAAGGGGCACAAAGCUGGAUUGCCUCUGAAUGAGCUAAUGAAAAUAAAGGCAGAGCCCACCUGUAAUUGUUGGAUUUAAGUGGGCAUUUAAAUCUAGAACUAGAAGUUUGAAAAUACAUUCAUUGAUUUUAUCCUGAGACUGGAAGCAGCCCACCAACACUUAAUAGUUCCUUUUCCCUCCAUAUUGGUAGAGGAAAAAUUAGUAAGCUUCUCAUUUAUUUAUUUUUUAUUUAUUAAAUUUGUAUACCUCCCUUAAUCCAUAAAUCUCAAGGAUUUUCAACAUAAAAAUACAAGAUAAAAAACACUAAAUAUGUAAUAAAAACAAAAAAUCCCACACAAACCAAUAAGCUCUACAGUUUUGUAAAAGCUGAGUGUGCUGCUUGCAACUGUCGCUCAUCCUUUGUGCAUCAGCUGUUAGCUGCUUGGUAACAUUUUCAAACUCUGAAUAAUAUUCAGCUGUUCUUUUGCUCUUGUUCAAGGGUAAGGAAACAUGCAUUUCCUUUUCGAUCUCGUUUUGGUUUAGUUUGUGAGCUUAUUCUGAAGGCAGGUGCCAAUUUAACAAAACAAUGCUGUCAGCAGGUUUCUGUGCUGUCGUCUUUCCAAAAAGUUGUUUUGCUUCUGGACAAGAUAGUUUUUAAAAAUAGAAAUAAAUCUGAAUAGUGCCUUACAAAUGGUGUUCCGAGGAACUUUGUUGUUCAUGAAUGAGAAGAUCAGUAAAAUUGUCUGUUACCGUUCUUUCCCUCUUGAGUAUAUUCUGUGGCCUGAUCUCUGCACAAGAAAUGGCUUAGGAUCAGGAUAUCGAAAGAAUUGCGUCCUACCUUAUGAGCCUUCCACACAGCUCAGAUCAGGGGAAGAGCCAUAGCUCAGUGGUAGGCCAUCUGCCUUGCAUGCAGAAAGUUCCAUGUUUGAUCCCUGGUGUCCAAGUAGGACUGGGAAAAGCUCCUGCUGGAGACCUAGAAGAGUCACUGCCUAACAAUAUAUAUAUAGGCAGUGCUGAGCUAGAGAUGGGCCAAUGGUCUGUUUUUGGUAUAUCCUAUAUUCCUGUCUGGGCAGAAGAUGUUUCAUGUCUCACUGCUCCCUGAAGUGCAGUUGGUGGGAAUACACAUGACAGGACCUUGUCUGUUGCCUAACCUAGGUUGUAGAACAUCCUGCCUUGGGAAAUCCAUUUUGUUCCCUCCUGGUAGCAGUUUGCUUGAAGCUGAUGGUUCUGAGCCAGGAGGCCUUUGACGCACUGCUUAUUUGAAUUAGAUACUGGUUUUUCUCCUCUCCACUGUGAAGCCGUGUUAUCUGCAGCCCGUUAAGUAUUUUUUUACUGUUGCAAAUUCCAGUGUUCAUAGACGGCUUUUUUUUUUUUUUUAAAUAUGUAAGCCACCUUGGCUGUCUCUAUUUGGGGCAGAGAUGCAGGAUAUAAAUAUCUAGAAUAACAGUGAAGGCCAGCAUCCCUGCAACAGCAAACAACUUGACAUGGGAAGGUAAAAAGUAUUGAAAUCGCUGGUGUGUGGUGUUGCCAAGGGUCAUGAGAGCAUCCCAGCUGCUUCCAGAUAGAAAUGCCAGCUGUCUUUAAUGCUCAGUUGCAGCCAGUUUGUUGCCCACCUGAGAGGCGGUUUAGGAAAAGACCUGCUACAGGACUUGAUCAAAUGUGUCUCUGUGGCCAGGGAGAGCAGGCUGAAGCUCCUGUUAGUUGGAAAAUCCACUGUGCAAAGUUAUUCUCAAGUUACUUGAGGCCUGGGAAGAGUAUGCUCCAAAUGGUCAUGCUUGAAACAGAUUGAUUAUAUUUUCAUCUACUACAGUAGUUUGAGGAUGUGUAAAGCACCGAAAAGUGUGUUCUUAUUUUCACUUCCUGGCCUUGAGGUUGUUUAUCUCUUUUAACGUGCCUGUGGCCUAGUUCUCACAGUAGUGGUAAACCUUUGUCUGCUGUAGCAUUGCAAGUCUGCAGGUGGGGGCUUGCAUGACUGAGUUAAGAGGAGCAUUCACUCAUGGAGGCCCCCACCCCAGACAGAGGGUUACCACCACCAUGAGAAACAGGCUUAGUUUGCAGAGAAGCCUCUGGUUCUUUUUAAGCUCUUGCUCAGAAGCUUGCUUUUCUGGAGGGCCACUUUGAGGUGGCAGGGGAGGUGAUGGGCUAGCACUUCAACCAUCCUCCUCCUGUUCUGGUGUGCAGGUUGGGUCAGCUGACCCAGUGCCUUUCCCUCCACACCUCCUUUGCCUCUCACUCUGCAAUGGGAGGGCCUGGUUUGCAGCUCUUGGGAGAAGAUUUGGCCAGGGCCCCCUGGGUGCUGACCCAUAUAUUAGACCUUGGGUUCCAGUUCAACCUGCUGACAGCCUUUCAAUUCAGAGACUACUUCUUAUAAGAGUCUUGCAAGUACUUUCAUGAAGCAACAGUGCUUUUUAAAAUUAUUAUUAGCCUGCUAGAUGCCUGCAUUAGCCAGUUAUGGCUUAACUGAACUACCUAAUGUAAAGUUUCUUUGUCUGAAUAGCCUUCCAGUGGUCUUACUGGCUAUAAGCGACUGCAAAACUUUGAGCCUUUAAAAAAAAAAAAAAAAAAGGUUUGCUAAUGUGUUUCUAAAUGGAUACCACUGGUUAUUAUUCAGAUUGCAAAUGUUUAACCCAAGGAUGGGUUGACUUCACUUGCUGUGUUUAAAUUUUAUGAAACCCCAUUCAGCUGCUCAAGCUCCUCACAUGUAAAAAACACUCAAGAGGAAGUGAAGAUGUGCUGCCAAGACCUGCCCCAUUGCUGUGGAAUCACUACACAAGUGCUUCCUGAACUCCGUCCUCCCUCUGACCACUUGAAAUUUGCUGGUUGUCUUGGCAGGCCACUUAACUGUUUUUCCAUCGGUUAUAACAAUUGCAAUGUGCUGUGAUAGAUGCUCUAUAUUUUAAAUUGUAUUUUUUACUGUUUCCUUUGUUUGUUACAUUGUAUUUUAUUGCGUUCCAAUUUGUACUCCAUAUAAUUCAAAUUGCAACACAGAAACAUAAAGCGUAAGAAAUAAAAGCAGCAGUAAAAACACAGUUAAAAAAUAAAAUGAAUAUUUAAUGUGGGCUUGCCUCGAACCACCUGAAUGAAGCUUUGGUGGUCCACUGAGCUCAGUUUGGGAACCUCAGCUCUACAGAAUGAAACCCUCCAUGAGUUUGAGGAUGACAGUCUGAAGCAGAGAGUCUCUUCUGCACAUGGAGGCCUGCAUUUUCAACCCUAAGGGGAUUGAAUAGAUUGAAUGGAGACGAUCACAGUUAAGGCAUGGUCCCAGUGCAUGAUCUGAAGACACCUGAUGCAGCUAGCUAACUGAAGCUAAUAAAUCUAGGUCUGAUCUUCAAAACUGCCUUGCUAGAUCAGAUCAAGUUUCCCUAACUCCUACAAACUUUGCAGAGAGUCCCAGCUGAUUUAGUAGAGGCUGGUCAGUGGUCCCCCAGGAUACCACAGUCUCUCUCUCCUGCUCUAGUCUAAACCAGCCAUUAUCUACAACUGUACUGCUGUAUGUUCCUAUGAAGCAUAUUUCUCCAGUCUUGGUGCACAAAAGGCCUUCAUUGCAGAGAAUAAUGUAAACUCUGGGCAAUGAGAGAAGUGGUUUUUGCUUCAUUCAUUAGCAAAAUAUGAAUUUUAAGAGAAGAAAUCCCUCCUGGAAUAAUGUCCAGAAUAAAAUUAUGGCAUAAGCUUUUGUGAGCUAAAGGCUCUUCAUCAUGUAUCUGAUUGUAUAUUAUUUUAACUGAUUUUAAUACUGUAUUUUUGUGUUGUUCAAACUCACCCAGGGACCUUGUGGUGAAAGGCAUGUAAGAAAAUAAUAGUAAUAAUAAACUGUAUUGUACCAGUAUGGCAGUUACUGAAGUGCUAAUUGGUUUGAUACUGAUAAACAUAAGCAAAAGCUGAGAUGUGAAUAGUGCUGUCCUUUUUAAAGACCUCAUUGUAAGGUGCUGGGAAAGAAGAGCAGACAUAAGCCAUGUACUAAUUAGGAAUGGACAUAAAGACUUUUAAAAUACCAAAUUGAUAAUAACUCAUAUGAAAAACUAAGGAAGAAGAAAUCCACUGUUGUCUAGAGUAGUUGCGGGACUCUAGUGAAAUUUAUAAUUUUGUGUGCGCGGGGCGGGGGUUGGAUUCCACUAUGUGUGUGGUGUUGGGGGAAAACUUGUAAGGUAUGGUGCUUAAAUGUGUUAAGAUUUGGACAGCAGACAGCUGAGCUCCCUGCACAGCCAUGAAACUCACUGGGUGAUCUUUGCUUUGGUUGAACUCUGCUGACCAGCCCACCUCUCCCGGGGUAAUAAAUGCUGUCCUGAGCACAUUGGAGGAAAGAUGGGUUACAAUUUGAGAAGCAAUUAAAGGUUUUAAUCACUGGAAGGGUUUUGGCAUAUGGUUUCUAUUCAUUGUAACCUCGUCUUUUUCCUGUGUACAGGUUAAUGGUGCAAUGUAGAAAACCUUUAAAAGUCUCUGAUGAAUUGGUGCAGCAGUACCAGAGCAAGAACCAGUAUCUAGCAGCAAUAGUAGCUGACCAGGAACCUGAAAUGGAUCCGUAUGCAUUUGUUGAUGGAGAUGAAGAAUUCCCUUUUCCUGAUAAAAAGGACAGGCAGAACAGCGAGCGAGAAGCUGGGAAAAAGCACAAGGUGAGUGAAAAGGUCUGGGUGAAGCCCAGCACAGGGAAUGAGGGACCAGGAGCAUAUGCAGAAACAGUAAGUGAGGAGCACACAUGAGCCAAGAGGAUGUAGAGCCUUGCAACUAGUUCUGUGGCCCCAAAGGGAUUGCAGAGUAAUAGAAUUGUAGAGUUGGAAGGUACCCCGAGGGUCAUAUAGUCCAACCCCUGCACUGCAGAAAUCUCAGCUAAAGCAUCCAUGUGUGUCCUUGUGUUUCUCAAAAAGCAGUCUCAGUGCCUUGCCCCAUGUCACAUGGUCACCUGUUUAUGAUAAAUGAUAGGGCAUAGGGAAGAAGAGGAGGAGUUUGGAUUUGAUAUCCCGCUUUAUCACUACCCGAAGGAGUCUCAAAGCGGCUAACAUUCUCCUUUCCCUUCCUCCCCCACAACAAACACUCUGUGAGGUGAGUGGGGCUGAGAGACUUCAGAGAAGUGUGACUAGUCCAAGGUCACCCAGCAGCUGCAUGUGGAGGAGCGGAGAUGCGAACCCAGUUCACCAGAUUGCGAGUCUACCGCUCUUAACCACUACACCACACUGGCUCUGGUAGCAAGCGAUGGGGAGGAACUUUGCCCAAGAGCAAGUGCCAGGCAGAAGGGACAACUAAUACUCUUGUAUCUGAAAGGCUCUUAGAUUUCCACUUGAAGAGCUACUGCCAGUUGAAAUUGACCAAUUUUCACUAACCUGGUGCCUUUGAACUGUUUUGGACAACAAUUCUCAUUGGCCCCCGACUGGCACAUCUGAAAGGUGCCUGGUUGGUGAAAACUGCCUGACUCUGUAUAAGGCAGCUUAUAUGUUAAAUAACUCAUGUGGUGCAGUCACAUACUCAUGCGGCCUGCUGCCCCCUUUUGUUGUUUGCAGGCUGAAGAUGGGACACCUAAUGUUGGAGAGGAUGCGAUGUCACUUUUUAGCCCCUCUGUCAAACAAGGUAACACUGCUGUUUUGAAACACAUGCUGUUCAUUUUAAAAACUGGAUAGAACAAGAAGUAUGCAUUGGUUUAUUUGAUAGUAAAGGUAAAGGUAAAGGGACCCUUGACCUUAGCUCCAGUCGUAAACGACUGGGGUUGCGGCGCUCAUCUCGCUUUAUUGGCCGAGGAAGCCGGCGUACAGCUUCCGGGUCCUGUGGCCAGCAUGACUAAGCCGCUUCUGGCGAACCAGAGCAGCGCAUGGAAACGCCGUUUACCUUCCCACCGGAGUGGUACCUAUUUAUCUACUUGCACUUUGACAUGCUUUCGAACUGCUAGGUGGGCAGGAGCAGGGACUGAGCAACAGAAGCUCACCCCGUUGCGGGGAUUUGAACCGCUGACCUUCUGAUCGGCAAGCCCUAGGCUCUGUGGUUUAACCCACAGCGCCACCCGCGUCCCUCUAUUUGAUAGUAGGUUCUGUAAUUAAACUAUUAUCGUCUAAACUGCUAGAACAGAGUCCAUUGGUGAGCCUUUGAUCUCUCUCCUUUCAGCAAUAGAUGCCCAGCGUAUUCCCCCUCACAAUCGCACGGCGUCAACUAGUUUGUUUCAUGAAAAUGACCUGGUUGUCUCUUACACUGACCUUGACAAUCUCUUCAACUCUGAUGAAGAUGAGCUAACAGUAAGUGGCUUGAUAAGAUAUGUUUCAUAGCUUCAUAUUGUAGUGGGGGUCAAGAUACACCACGUGACAGCGAAGGCAGUGUAGAACUAAAAACAAGAAAAAAUUGAACGAGUUUUCCUAUUUGCAGUUUCUGAGCCAUUCUGAUAAGUCUCCAGUUGAGCUGGAUCUGUUUGUAUAAUCUUAAGCCUUCCCUAUAACUGUUGUCUGUAAAGUGAGUUAUGCGUUUUUGGGUUAUUUGUUGACUUGAAUGUGCAAAGCAGCUGAAGCAGAGUCAGUACCUUAGUAAGGGAACUGCUCAAAUAGUAUAGAUUGAAGGAGGCAGUUUGCAUAAUAAGUCUUAGCCGAGAGUUGCUGAAUGACAGACAUGCAUUGUGCAAAUGGGCUCUUGCUUCACACUUCAUCUUUAUCAGCCUCCUAAGUGAGGUCAGUGAGGCUGCUGACGGAAACAGCUUGCUUAGAUGAUCCAUUGCCUGGAUGAUAUGGGGCCCAGAGUUGCGUAGGAAAGUCUUCUAAAUAAGUGCAGUGUUUGUUUCUGUGUGCAACAUUUCCUCAAAUUUCAGUGGCUAUGUUGAAAUUUUAACUUAGAUCCCCCUCUUUUUAACUCUGCAAAUAAUGUUUAUCCUGCAGCAUGAUUUGGAGCAGAUUCUGUUUAUUUACUUGGCUGUUUGGUUGUAAAAUUUGCCAAAGUUGUUAUUGUCUGGUGAUGUGAGUUGGAUCUUUAAAGUUGCUUCACAUAUACAUUUUCUGGAAAAGUGAAGUAAAAUGGCUGGCAUCCUAAGAGGUAAUUUAGGCACACCCAAGGGCUUGAGCAGGCAUUGUGAGCUUUCUGCCUGCUUUGAAUCACAGGGCACAUCCAAUAUAAACUGCUUUUGAAACUCCUGCCUGUUUCUGAAUUUACCUAUGACAUAGCAUGGUUUUUAAAGCUGCAAAGUCAUUGCUAUUGAUGAAGCUGUGCAAGACCUUAUUUUUAUCCAGCGAUACCUGUGGAGUCAGUUUCUUUUAUUCCUCUUCCCUCCCUAGCCUGGAUCUAAAAGAAUGCUGAAUGGAGCAGAUGACAAAUCCAACUGCAAAGAGUCAAAAGCAGGAAACUUGGACCCUUUGUCAUGCAUAAGUAAGCUGCUUUCUUUUUCCUCUCCUUCCAUGGCCCGCGAAACACACAUACUUUUGGGGGAACUUCCGGCUAGCCGCCCACGCCUGUUGUCAUAUUUGGGAUGUGGCUGGAUUGGUUGCUUGUGCAGUUGAUCCCUUCAGAAAACAGGAUUGAACUCCUGACAUGUUGGCAAAUGCCCAGGGAGUUUAAUCCUGCUUGGUUCAGGUGCACAGGAGAUUUCCCUGCAGAGAAUCUGCUCUCAUUUACUCGAUCCCUGCAGAAAGGUCACCAUCUCUCACUGCCUCCCUGGCCAACUUUGAUAGUUGGGCAGGACCACGCACCAGUCAAAUUACCUUAUGACAUUAUGAUAUCAGAUGAUUGACAGGCAGGUGCAUCCAAGCCUGUCCACAUGGUAGGGAGAGAGAAAGAUCUGGCCUGCUGGACCAAAAAAGGUUCCCUACUCCCUGCCCCUACUCUUAGCCCCAGCUAGUUCAAAUUGACAUGUCUGAGUGUACUACUUCACAAAUUAGCUUUUUUUUAUUGUGUGGCUGCUCUGCUGCUGCUACAGUUAGCAAGCACCAGUAACAUAGAAAUGUGCUUUUUAAAAAAUAUUAUUAUUACGGUCAACAACCAGUUCAAGACAUUGGAAUGCUUUAUUUGCAUUCUGUGACAAAAUUGUAAAAUAGUAACAUUCGUAAGCCAUGGGGAAGCAGUUUGGCUGUCUUGGGUUGUUGAAAAUCUCUAGAAAAUUUACUGUUGUGGAAUUCAAACUUGGUAGAAGCUGGGUGUGCCUAGCUCACUCCAGAAAACAAGUAUCACAUUUCAGGUGUUGGUUGAUAACUGUCCAUCUUCCUAUGCUCAUUUAGCCCCACUGGCUGCUUGUUGAUAGUGAGUCACACACAAGUUGGGUUGUAUCUUUACCUAUGAUGCACCUACAGCUAUCUUUCGCAUCUCUUGGUCUUCUGUUCCUGCUGCACAGAUAUCCCCCCCUCCCCGCAAUUCUGUACCCUUGUAUGUAAACUACCUACUUGGGAGACCACUUCAUGCAAUAUAUUUAGAAGGGCCAAGCUUACAUCAAACAGGUAGGAUGAAUCACAUGGGAACUUCCCACACUAGAGUUCACAGUCCCAGUUUGGGGAUUGGGGCACAGGGAAAGAGAACACUAGCGAGGGAAAAAUUAAUGGAGUGUACAUUUUUAUGCUAAUGGUGUAGUUUGGGAAUGUGCUGCAGGCAAGCAUUUGAAGACAUGAUAAACUUGCGAUAAAUGAGAGUAGCUGUGAUGUGUGAGCAUCCCAACAUCUCUCUCUUUCUCUCUCUCAAAAUCCUUUUAAAUCUAAACCAGGCACUGCAGAUCUUCAUAAAAUGUACCCAACACCACCAUCCUUGGAGCAACACAUUAUGGGGUUUUCUCCCAUGAAUAUGAACAACAAGGAAUAUGGCAGCAUGGACACCACGCCUGGAGGGACUGUCUUAGAAGGAAAUGGCGCUACUGCUGGUGUUCAGUUCAGGAUUGAAGUAGAUGAGGGAUUCUGUAGCCCCAAACCCUCAGAAAUAAAGGUACAUUAAGUUGUCUUUAUUACUGUUAUUGCUAUUAUUUAAUAGAUUCUUAAUUUCAGGUAACAAAACAUACCCAUACAAAGAAAACAGGGCUUAGUAGUUGUACAGUUGUACAGAAAAAUAGCAGCUGAUGUCUGUAGUUUUAGACAUUCUAAGAAAGGGAACCAAAGAAAGUGUCUCCUAAAGUUGAUAAAGGGAUACCAUGUCUUAUAGAACGCCCAGUGAGAAUGUUAACUUUGACCAUUUUUUGAGCUUAGUUGUUAAAUCUAUCAGGAAAGUUUUUUUUUCUAGUUUAGAUAGAUUCUUAUGUGUGUACAGAGUUUCAGUCCACUUGUUUUGUGCCAAUGAAGUUGUAGGUUUGGCAGGGUGUGUAUACACAUCAGCUCAGAUUUGGUGAAAUUAACAGUGAACCCAGAUAUUUUGCCAUUUGUAGCAAGUUGGUGCAUAACAGGAGGUAAUUAGAUUUCAGGAUCAGAAAGGAAUAUGUUCAUCAUCUGUGAGCAUAUUGAUAAUGUCAGGGAAGAGUUAGAGUUAGAAGUUUCCAGUUUCUCAGAGGGAGAAAGCUUUCCCCAAGGGGGGGAGGAGAGCAGUGAAUCUAAUAGAAGAGAGCAACAGGAACAACAGGGAGGGAUCGGCUGUUCACAGGAAAGGCAAGGGUUAUGUUAUAGCUCAGAUUUGGAGGAGGGGAGAUACAAGCCAGCUCUAGUGAGGAGAGCUCAGAAGGUGUCUGAAAUAAGUGACUCUGAGGAAUAAUAGUUAAAGAUAAGAACCGUUUAUAAGAUUGUUUUGUUAAUACACAAUAAAAAGUUAUAAAAGAAAAGGAAGCGUUUGCGUGGUGAUCUGAAGAGGACAACGACCAGUCCUGACAGAUAAGAUCCUUUCCCCCAAAAUAAUUCAAAACCUUUACAACAUCAUCUGCUUUCAAUGCCAAAGCUAAGGGGUUCCAUGUUGUCUGUUCUCCUAUAUAAUUAAUCUUUUUUUAAAAAUCAGGAAUCGCUUUAAGGAGUUUCUCAAUAAUAAUAAAAAAGUUUAUAUCCAGGGGUCUAAUUUCCAUUAGAAAGGUUUAGGUUUGAGUAUUCCUCCUUGUAUUCUGGUGAUAACAGGGGCAUGGUCUAAGAUAUUAAGAAGCUGAGAGAUAAGGCCUUCUGUGAUUAAUAAAUAAUCCAAUCUGGCACAAUUUUUGCACCUUGCUGACAUGUGUAUAGUUUCUUAGUUCUGCAUUGGCUAUGCACCAAGCAUCAAAGUAGCUGUGUUUAUGUAAAAUGUUGUAGAGGGAUGUUUUAAACGAAGGCAGUUUCCAUGGGUUUUGUGAUAGGUGAAAAGUUCUGCUAUUAUCAAAAUAAUCAUUAAGUACAAGAUUUAAGUCACCACCUAUUACCACUUCAUCUUGUAUAAAUGAGUCAGUAUUGGAAAAGUUACAUCCAGAAAUUGUUAUUGUUGGGUAUCAGGUACAUAAAUAGAGCAUAAUGUCAGCCAGGAGUUCUCUAACAGACCUUUGAGGAAAAUAAAUCUUCCAGUGGGAUCACUUAGUAUAUCUUUUGAAUGAAAAUCAAGUUUGGGAGAAAUCCAGAUUGCUGACCCCCUACUUUUGGAAGAACCUUUUGAGGGGUACCAAUUUCCACCUCCACUUGGGAGGAAGGAUUUUAUACCAGUAUUGUGUUUAUUUUUUUAUGUGUCUCUUGUAAUAAUAAUAAUAAUAAUAAUAAUAAUUUAUUAUUUAUACCCCACCCAUCUGGCUGGACUUCCCCAGCCACUCUGGGCGGCUUCCAAAAGAAUAUUAAAAUACAUCAAACAUUAAAAGCUUCCCUAAACAGGGCUGCCUUGAGAUGUCUUCUAAAAGCCUGGUAGUUGUUGUUCUCUUUGACAUCUGGUGGGAGGGUGUUCCACAGGGAAGGCGCCACUACCGAGAAGGCCCUCUGCCUGGUUCCCUGUAGCUUUGCUUCUUGCAGUGAGGGAACCGCCAGAAGGCCCUCGGUGCUGGACCUCAGUGUCCGGGUAGAACGAUGGGGGUGGAGACGCUCCUUCAGAUAUACUGGACCAAGGCCGUUUAGGGCUUUAAAGGUCAGCACCAACACUUUGAAUUGUGCUCGGAAACGUACUGGGAGCCAAUGUAGGUCUUUCAAGACCGGUGUUAUGUGGUCUCUGCGGCCACUCCCAGUCACCAGUCUAGCUGCCGCGUUCUGGAUUAGUUGUAGUUUCCGGGUCACCUUCAAAGGUAGCCCCACGUAGAGCGCAUUGCAGUAAUCCAAGCAGGAGAUAACCAGAGCAUGCACCACUCUGGUGAGGCAGUCCACAGGCAGAUAGGGUCUCAGCCUGCGUACCAGAUGGAGCUGGUAAACAGCUGCCCUGGACACAGAUUUGACCUGUGCCUCCACGGACAGCUGUGAGUCCAAAAUGACUCCCAGGCUGCGCACCUGGUCCUUCAGGGGCACAGUUACCCCAUUCAGGACCAGGAAAUCCUCCACACCUGCCCGCCUCCUGUCCCCCAGAAACAGUACUUCUGUCUUGUCAGGAUUCAACCUCAAUCUGUUAGCCGCCAUCCAACCUCCAACCGCCUCCAGGCACUCAUACAGGACCUUCACUGCCUUCACUGGUUCUGAUUUGAAAGAGAGGUAGAGCUGGGUAUCAUCCGCAUACUGAUGAACACCCAGCCCAAAUCCCCUGAUGAUCUCUCCCAGCGGCUUCAUGUAGAUGUUGAAAAGCAUGGGGGAGAGGACAGAACCGUGAGGCACCCCACAAGUGAGAGCCCAGGGGUCUGAACACACAUCCCCCACCACCACUUUCUGAACACAGCCCAGGAGGAAGGAGCGGAACCACUGUAUGACAGUGCCCCCAGCUCCCAGCCCCUCAAGACGGUCCAGAAGGAUGUUAUGGUCAAUAGUAUCAAACGCCGCUGAGAGAUCCAGCAGAACUAGGAAACAGCUCUCACCUUUGUCACUAUCCCGCCGGAGAUCAUCAACCAGUGUGACCAAGGCAGUUUCAGUCCCAUGUUGAGGCCUGAAUCCCGACUGGAAGGGAUCCAAAUGGUCCGCUUCUUCCAGGCAUGCCUGGAGUUGUUCAGCAACCACUUGCUCAAUCACCUUGCCCAAGAAUGGAAGAUUUGAGACUGGGCGAUAGUUGGCCAUCGUGGUCACAUCUAAAGAUGGUUUUUUAAGAAGCGGUUUAAUAACCGUCUCUUUCAGCGGGUCUGGGAAGGCUCCCUCACGGAGGGAAGCAUUCACCACCCCACAAAGCCCAUCGCCCAGUCCUUCCCGGCUACCUUUUAUAAGCCAGGAUGGGCAAGGAUCAAGGAGACAAGUAGUUGGUUUCACUCGUCCAAGCAGCCUGUCUACAUCCUCGGGGGUAACAGAUUGGAAUUGAUCCCACACAACUUGACUAGACAGGACUCUAGCUCUCCCGCCCCGGCCCUGCUCCCACGGUGGAGUCUACCUCUUCUUGAAUCUGAGCGACUUUAUCUGCAAAAAACUUUGCAAAGUCAUUGCAGGAGAUCAUGUGGCCCGUACUGGGCCCUGGUGGAGCAGGUGGUUCCGCUAAAUUGCGAACCACCUGAAAGAGUCUCCUGCUGCUGUUUUCCGCAGAUGCAAUAAGAGGCGGUGAAGAAAGUCUUCUUCGCCGUCGCUAUCGCCACUUGGUAGGCUCGAUAUUGAGCUCUAACCCAUGUCCGGUCAGAUUCAGAAAGGGUUAUCUGCCACCGGCGCUCUAGCCGUCUCAACGAUUGUUUCAUUGCCCUCAGAUCCGUGGAAAACCACCGGGCUCUCCGGGCUCCAUGCAAUCGGAGAGGGCGCUUUGGAGCCAAACAGUCAAUAGCCCUGGUUAACUCCACAUUCCAGCGGGCCACCAGGGAAUCAGCUGAAAGGCCAGCAACAUGGGAUAAAACAUCCCCUACCACUCUCUGGAAACCAUUUGGAUCCAUUAAGUGGCGGGGGCGGACCAUCUGAAUCUGUCCCACCUCCCUGCAGAGGGGAAGGGUCGCGGAGAUGUCCAGUUGCACCAGGAAGUAAUCUGACCAUGGCACUUCUUUGGUUUCGCUUUUACUUAGUGUCAGAUCACCAACAUCCAUAGAGGUGAACACCAGGUCUAAGGCAUGCCCAUGGCUAUGAGUUGGGCCAGACUUAUUCAGGGACAGCCCCAUGGAGGCCAUGCUUUCCACGAAGUCCUGAGCGGCCCCUUGUAAGGUCGUGUCGGCAUGGAUGUUAAAAUCCCCUAGGACAACCAAACUAGGUGUCUCCAGGAGGACAUCCGACACGACCUGAAGCAGCUCGGGCAGGGAAUCCUUGGUGCAGCGGGGAGGUCGGUACACCAAUAGGAAUCCUGUACUGCCCCUAUUGCCCAACUAACAGAACAUGCACUCAGAGAACUGGGUCUUUCCAAUAGGACGCCUAUUGUAAAAAAAUUAAGGUCUGGGUUAUCUCACUUUAAAGCAGACUUUACCCUUCUUCAUUUAAUUGGUGUACCAGGUCAUUUACAUUCAAAGUUAUUGCAGUUAAGUGUGGCAUUAUAAGGUUAAUUUAAAAUUAUGCAGCAUAUACCAGGGAUGAUACUACUGAAACUGCCAAGAUUGUUUCAGGGUACUUAGCCAAGAUCUUUAAAGCUAAAUCUAAAGUUGCCUGAUUUAUUCAAUGGUGGCUAUCUAUUUUAUAUAUUGUAUGUGUUUGGAUUAUCAAUGUAUUUGGAUGGCUUUGUAUGAUUUUAUGGUUUUACUGUUUUAACUUAAUGCCACUAAAGCAGGGGUAGUCAACCUUUUUAUACCUACUGCCCACUAAUGCAUCUUUCUUGAUGGUAAAAUUUCCUUACUGCCCACCAGUGCUUGAUCGAAGGAGGAUUCAACUUGUGCCGUAGAACCCCCUACCACCCACCUACAAUCCUGAAACGCCCACUAGUGGGCAGUAGGGACCAGGUUGACAGCCCCUAAACUAAAGGCUAGUUAAAAAACCAACCAACCAGGCAAUAGAUGUAUUAUGCAUCAUAGUAAUUUCAGUGUUAUUACCAUAUUCCAUCAGCAAAAAAUACAGAUGCUCUGAAUUUCAAAAGGAAUUAACUUCAACAUUCAGACUCCCGCCUCCCCCCCCCCCCCAAUCCCUCCAACCUUCCCAACAUAAUAAUCCCUACAUCUGUGGUUGGGAACAGAAUAGUCCCUCUUUCGUUCAUGAGCCAAAUGCUUAGGUGAAAUUGGGGAAACGUAAACAUUAGCCCCCUCCCCCCAGAAACAGAACAUGUUUUACAUGGUUAUAUUACAGACAAAAAUAAAAGAAUAAUAGCCCAAUUCGUGCCCAUUUUGGUAAUAGAGCUCAUGACUCUUGGUCAAACUUAGGUGAAACAAAGUUGAUUGUUUCAGUGGGACCCCAGGCAUAGAAGAAGCCCUCAGUAUAUUGUUUUUGCUUUUUUUGCGGGGUUCUUUUUUUAAAACUUGUUUCUCCCCCCCCUUUUUUUUUUUAAUCUGCUGCCAGCCUCCUCCUUUGAGUUCUGUGUCUUCCUCUCCACUGCCUACUUUUCUCAGUUGUUUGUCUUCAUUUAGUUGCAGUCCUGGUUGAUUUAAUACUUUUUUAGCUUGCAGUUGUGUGAAGGUAACUUUAGUUACACCUUCAUAAGUUAUUAGAUGUUUGAAUGGGUAACCCCACCAGUACCUUAUGCCUGCUUCACAGAGUGCUGUACUGUAAAUUUUAAAUAGCUAACCAGGAUAAUUCUGUCCUGAACCCCAGCUGAUAAGAAGCUGCAAUACCUGUAUCAAACCUUUCAGAUCAUGGUUUGUUUGGAGCAAAGGAAAAACCAAUCCACAUUCUGGAUAUAAUGCUAAGCCAAGGAUCGUAGUUUGUUUUUCCUGCUAGCAAGGGAGAGGAACAAAGUGGGAACAAUCUGCACGUUCACAGCUAAACCAUUAACUGUUCCAUAUUGUGAUGUGCAAACACACCCAGUAUAGACUCAAAAUGAGCUUCUAAGCCCAGAUUUGGCCCAUGUAGUAUUCUACUUGAACUCAAGCCAUCUCCCCUGAUUCAUAGCCCAGAGGCAGCAAACCAAAGGGACAACUGGCUUUUCUUUUUCCGACUAUGCAUGUUAGCUCUUCAUUUAUGCCUUUUCUUUUUGCUUCUAGGAUUAUUCCUACGUUUAUAAGCCUGAGAACAGCCAAGCUUUUGUGGGGUGUUCCAUGUUUGCACCACUGAAGACUCUACCAAGCCAGUGUCUCCAGCCCAUCAAGCUGCCGGAGGAGUGUGUUUACCGGCAGAGCUGGACAGUUGGCAAGCUGGAAUUGCUUCCUCCGGGGCCUGCAAUGCCAUUCAUCAAAGAAGGGUAUGUGCUUGUGUGCGAUGUUUUGUACUGCAACUCCCAUCAUCCCUGGCAGCUGGUGGCUUUGGAAGGGACUGAUGGGAGUUGGAGUCCAGCAGCAUCUGUUGUCCUAUGUUACCUCUCUAAACUUGUUGCCAUGUGCCGCUGUAUCUUGAUUGUUUUGUCCUGUUACUGGCAGUGAUUCCCGCUGUUUGUCUGCUCAGAUCCUUUAAAAAAAAAAAAGAUAUUCUAGAGAACGUACUACUUAAAUGCUUGGGUAAAGAUAUUUCUCUUUUUCCCCUAGUGAUGGGAGCACUAUUGAUCAAGAAUACGGCCCCGCCUACACUCCACAAACACAUACGCCCUUUGGAAUGCCACCCAGCAGUGCCCCACCCAGUAACAGUGGGCCUGGCAUUCUCCCUUCGCCUUCCACCCCCCGUUUCCCAACUCCUCGGACACCAAGGACUCCAAGGACUCCCCGUGGGGCUGGUGGGCCAGCCAGUGCUCAAGGCUCAGUCAAAUAUGAGAAUUCGGACUUGUAUUCACCAGCCUCAACGCCAUCAACCUGCAGACCGCUAAAUUCUGUUGAGCCUCCCACUGUCCCUUCUAUCCCUGAGGCCCACAGUCUCUACGUCAACCUCAUCCUCUCUGAAUCGGUGAUGAACCUCUUCAAAGACUGUAACUUUGACAGCUGUUGCAUCUGCGUCUGCAACACAAACAUCAAAGGUGCCGAUGUUGGAGUUUACAUUCCAGAUCCAACACAAGAAGCCCAGUACAGGUGUACCUGUGGCUUCAGCGCAGUGAUGAACAGGAAGUUUGGCAACAACUCUGGAUUAUUCCUAGAGGAUGAGUUGGACAUCCUAGGCCGCAGCUCGGAAUGUGGCAAAGAUGUGGAGAAGCGCUUUGAGGCCCUCCGCACGGGCUCCACCGAGCAUGGCGGGGGAUCGAAGGAGGCUGACAGGCUGCCUGAUGAGCUGAUACUCUUGCUGCAAGACCAGUGCACCAACCUGUUCUCGCCAUUUGGAGCGGCUGACUACGACCCCUUGCCAAAAGCUGGAGCCAUCGGCAACCGGGUACGCGCUGAGGAAAGGGAUUGUUGCAAUGACUGCUACCUUGCGUUGGAACACGGGCGCCAGUUUAUGGACAACAUGUCGGGAGGGAAAGUUGAUGAAGCACUUGUGAAGAGUACUUGCUUGCACCAUUGGUCAAAACAAAAUGGUAAGUGUUUGCAGUUGUCCCCCUGCCCAUAAUGUUUUAAAUUUCUCACCCUAUAUAAAAAGCGGACUUAAAAGGGAUCACUUAGUUGAUUUACCAUAAAUUGCAAAGAAUGGAUAGCUUGCUUGCGUGCACGAAUUAUACCUAAAAUAUACCUAAAAUGUCAAUUAUUUAUUAUUCUCUGGAACAGGGGUGGAAAACCUGUGGCUCUCCAGAAGUUGCUGGACUACAGUUCCCAUUGUAGCUGACCACCUGACCAUGCUGGCUGGAACUGAUGGGAGGUGUAGUCCGGCAGCAUCUGGAAGCCACAGUUCCCCAUGCCUACCCUGGAAGAUUCAAAGUUUUGGCUGUUUGAGAAAUGUCUGUCUAUCUCUUUGAUGUAGGCCGCUAAACAUACACAUGAUUGCUUGGCAGUAUGUUGUAUUGCAGUUGCGAUCAAUUAGGGCCUCUUCAUGGUGAAUGUGAGGAAAUUCUGGAUACUCAGAUUUUUAAGGAAACAGAGAAAUACUUUCUAAAUUAGAGCAGGGAGAGAUCUGCCCCUGGGCUGCAGGAAUAACUUUUCCAGGAUGGUAGAAAAGAUUAUCAUUCAGAGAUCAACCAUCCGUCAGAACAUGCCUUCAGAACCUAUUUAUGUGUCUGUCCAAACAUAUCACAUAAAAGCAUAAAAGGCCCAUACCAGACCUAAUUGAACCAUCCAUAUCUUUUAAGUUAUACUCAUGUGAAGCAUAUUGAUUUGUAAUUAGAAAAAGAGGUAUAUAAAGGUGCAAAAUAAAAAUAUGAAUUAGGUGGGACAUUUCAAGUUGACCUAGCUAUGGCUGUGCUAUAUUACCUGCCUACUUUGCAAGUUUAGUGUGCAUAGGAUGUAUUUACUUUGCUAUAUAGCAUAUUUUAAGGAAUCUUUCUGUGCAGGUUUCUGUUCAGGAUGUUGGGUAACAAACACUCUGAAGCAAGCAUAUACUCCUUAGCUUUAGGGGAAAUUCCAAAUAUUUUGAAAGUUAAGCACCCCAUGUGCUUUACUUGUCUUUUGGAAGACUGAAAUUGAAUAUUUCAGUGACAAGCCAUAUGCUGCUUUUAAGUAGAGUUGUCAACCAGUUGAAGAAUUUUUAAUCUGUUAAUCAUUUUCUUUGAUUGAUUUAAAAAUUAAAUGCAAAUGGUGUUUUUACUAAGAUGCCUUUAGAGGUGGAUAAGUGAAUGCACCUAAAAAAUAAAUAAAUUGUGCCCUUAACUUGUAGUUUCCCAGUGUUCAUCAACCAAAACUGCUUAAAGUUUGCAUCCCUCAUUUUAAACUAAACUAACCAAAGCAGUGUACAAUAAAAUAGAAAAUUUCAUAGCAGCGAUGUGGGUUGUGUUCUCUGAGCACAGAUAACUUCAUGCAUUUAAUGUACAACACCUGGAGCUUAGAAAUGCGUUGUUGAUAUGUAUAGAUUGUGACUAGGACACUACUUUGCAACCUCUUUGAACUAACUUUGGUUGUUUCAGUUGGAGACGUGAGCAUGCAGUGUUCUCAGGACAUCCUUCGCAUGCUGCUCUCACUUCAGCCUGUCCUCCAGGAUGCAAUUCAGAAAAAACGAACCGUUCGCUCUUGGGGAGUGCAGGGUCCUCUCACGUGGCAGCAGUUUCACAAAAUGGCUGGCCGAGGCACUUACGGUAAAUGUUGUCCACAGAUCAGUUUCUUUCAUUUAUUUCUGUGUGGAGAGGGGAUCAUUUUUAAACUUUCCUACCCUUUCCUAGUGCAUGGGUGGAGGGAAUUCAGGAAGUAGUAGUAUGUUGAAAUCUCAGUUUAUGCUCUGUGGUUUUGGGAGGUUAUGAUGCACUCCUCUUUGGGUUGAAUUUUGGUCAUGGGUGGUUUAUUUUGGAACUCAUGAUAGGCUGGAAGGAUAGGAGAGUAUGAAGGAACAUUUAUAGAGAUGCUAGACAUCAAGACCAGAGAACUUUAAAAUUGUAUCCUAUCCUUUCAGUACAAUAUAAUCAACCAUACAGCCACAAUCCAGAUGUUGUACAGUGGUACCUCUAGUUACGAACUUACUUCGUUCCGGAGGUCCGUUCUUAACCUGAAACUGUUCUUAACUAGAGGCGUGCUUUUGCCAAUGGGGCCUCUUGCUGCCGCUGCACCACCGGCACACAAUUUCCGUUCUCAUCCUGGGGCAAAGUUCUCAACUCGAGGUAACUCUUCCAGGUUAGUGGAGUUUGUAACCUGAAGCGUUUGUAACCUGAGGCGUUCGUAACUCGAGGUACCGCUGUAUUCUGUCCCCCCUUCAGUGUUUCCAAAUAAGAAGAAACUCCUAGGUAGAAGUGGAUUUUCAUUUCAGAUUUGGAAGAAAAGUAUGGUUACACGCAGUUUGCCCAGGUAGGGCAAAAUGGGCAACUAUGAUUAAGGAAAACUUCUAAGUAAAGGAGGGAAUUGGUGUAUAGAAGGGAAGGAUGUGGGGUGUGUGAGCCCAUAGUGUAUUUCUGAUGGUGAUAUGGCAGUGAUGUCUGAAUUGAGCUAUGGAGUCCUACUGUGAAUCUUCGUUUGUGAGUCCCUCAUUAGAUCCUUUUGUUCCUACCGAGGCCUUCAUGAGUUCUCCCAAGAUGUAGGAAGCAAACUUUCGUCCUUCAGCCCAGUACUUUGGAUUUGUUUGUAUGAGGGAAGCCACACUUGCUGCUUGAUUUGUUUACAUGCCAGCCCCCAAUUUUGCACUAGAAAUGUUUGGAGAGUAUUUUACAGAUCACUACUUAAGACCUCCGGCUUUAGACUAAUUUGCAGGAUUUUGCAUAUUGGUAUCUUUGUUUAACUCUGUGGACUUCCAGCUUUUGUUUUCAGGGAACAGAGUAGUAAAAAAGGUAGAUCAGAUGGGACAGAAUGGACCAAUUCUGUUUUGAUGGCAGUACUAGUAGUGGCUUGAGAAUUAACUUGCUCCAGAAGACAUCUGGCAUCUCAUUUUUCUCUCGGCAGUUGCUUCCCUUGAAUCUGGAAGGGGGUACACUGUUGCACUCCAGUUCCAUUCUAAUAUAUGGGAAAAAAUGUCCCUUUCCUUGUCCAGGAACUGAUGAGUCUCCAGAACCACUGCCCAUUCCAACUUUUUUGUUGGGAUACGAUUACGACUUCCUGGUGCUGUCCCCAUUUGCCUUACCGUACUGGGAGAGGCUGAUGUUGGAACCCUAUGGAUCUCAGAGAGACAUUGCUUACGUUGUGGUGUGUCCAGAGAAUGAAGCGCUGCUGAACGGAGCAAAGACCUUCUUUCGGGAUCUCACUGCAAUAUAUGAGGUAAGGGAAUAUGAGAAGGAGGCCCUUCUGGAGAAGUGCUCCAGAAGGAAUCCUAACCCCCCCCCCCCUUAAUGGUGCCAUUUAUCAACUUUGCAUUCCAGCUGACACUUAAAACCUCCUGCAGACCUCAUCUCAACAAAUCAGCUAAAAUGGAUGGUAGAAAGAGAUAAAAGGCUCAUCUCCUUUUAGCAGGGCUUCAUUUAAGUAGCAGUUUCCUUAUCAUGCAGAUGCCAUCAAGUGGUUAAAUUAUGUACUGCCCUCCUGCAUUUAAGGCUACAAACAUUGUUAACUCCGGGUUACUGAAUCUUCCCUGUGCUCCUGCAAGGUGCUGUCUGGCUAUUAUUCCAAGGCAUUGCCAGUCUUACCCUGCAUUUAACAGAAGCCAAAGAAAAGAGAAUGUCGGUAUAUUUGAAUCUGUUGAAUCUCUGAUUAGCAAGUAGCUUUAUGGCAAGGCUGCUCUGAAUACUCUGGCAAGCCACAAUUACUUUAUUUGAGCGCACGCACAUGCACCCCCCCCCCAGCCCAGCUCAAGGAUUUAUAAUGUUUUUAAAAAGAGCUUACUUAAUGUAACAGGGUAGCCACGCUGUACUUCUGGACUAAAUCUUGUUAAGGUAAGAGGGUGGCCUUUUGACACCCAAAAUGUGUGUUUCCAGAGCCAACCCUAUUCCGGCGAUUCUAAUACUUUUUAGCUGUUUUUAAUUUUAAGUUGUUGUAACCCACCCUGAGGCCUGCUGGUGAAGGGCAGGCAAUAAAUGUAAUAAUAGCAAUAAUAAUUGUUAAAAUUAGUAUGUGUUGCCACAUUGAUGCUUUCAGGAAAGAAGAAUAGUACUAGUCUGUCUCUCCUCAUCCCAGAGUAUUAUUAAGGCGUUUUGCAAAGACCAGGCCAUUACUUUGCAGAGCAGAAAAGAAAAGAAAUAAAAUUCCAUUAUAAAAGCAAAAAAGAUCCAGUCAGAGUCAGUGUGAGUAGUUCUCUCUUUCACUGGCGGUUCAGUAGCAGAUUUGAAACAUUUGCUGAAAGUAUGGCCACUUUCAAAAGGAGACUCCAGGGUCAAGCCUGCUGAGUUGAAAUACAUUGGCAGAUUUCACACCAUCCAACUCGGGCUCAGUAGAGGGUAGGAGUAGCUCAAUCACUUCUUUCGGUGUGUGUUUUCAUCUUCGAUUGCCAACUCCUUAUCGGUUGGGACUUAGUCACACCUGCACUGAUUGGAUCUUUCAUUCUUUUGAUUUAGUCUUGUUUUAUAUUGACAUGCCGUUCCUGAAAGGAUCAUGCUUUUUUUUUUUAAUACUAGGUCUUCUGACUUAAUUUUGUCUCCCCUCCUUCUAUCUAUAGUUGGGGGAAACUUGGUAUCCAUCAGGCAAAGUGUGCUUUGGCCCACUAAUUUGCUGUUGUUUGGGUGCCAUGGGGCUAGUUUAAAAAAACCCGUAAUCCACUGUUUUUGUGGGUUAACCUGCAACCAAAAUGCUUGAGAUUAUUAAACUUUAUGGAUACUGUUGAAUAAACUGUAGGGCAAACAUAUAAGGGUACUGAAUCAUGUCUUUUAUAAGAAAAAUGUCCAAAACAACAGUCUUUUGAUUUUGCUGCAGCCUUCUAACAUGGCAGCCUCCCUGGAAGAACAGUAUAGGCAUCUUUUUGUGGCAAGCUUCAUGACGUUAUGCCUUGUAGCUUAAUUUAUACCAUGGGUUGCUAAUCUGCAGCACAGGCAGCAGCAGGGAGCUGUGGUACUUACUCCUCAGGUCCAAGUUUAUUUGCCUUGGCUGCGAGCCAGAACAAAACUCAAGAUGAUAAAAAGACAUUAAAAUAACCUCAAUGUGUACAGAUUGCAGAUUCACACAAGAAACUGGGAAACAAUUUUCUCUGUUACGAUCAUAACAGAAAACGAUGACUGACCUCAGGGGGUCAACUCUGCAGUCUCUUGCUUGAGGAUCAUAGAAUUGUAGAGUUGGAGGGAACCCCAAAGGCCAUUUAGUCCAACCCCCUGCAAUGCAGGAAUCGCAACUAUAGGUGUAGCGGGGGGGCAGGGAGACCCCCCUAAAUCAAGUAAGUAAAUAGAAAUACUUAACUAACUGACCAGUCAUGUCACAAACAGCUGUUUUGCCCCCCCCCAAAUCCUGGCUGCGCCCAUUAUCUCAACUAAAGCAUCCAUGACAUAUGACCAUCCAGCCUCUGCUUAAAAACCUCCAAGGAAGGAGAGUCCACAACCUCCGGAGGGAGACUGCUCCACUGUUGAACAGCUUGAAAGUUCUGGGGGAGAUUCGACAGCUGCAUCAAAGCAAAAAGCUGCAAUGUUUAGUUGAAGCUCUUUGCUGCUAUUUGUCAACAAAGAUUCCAGAUUUGGGCACUUUUGGGACAGGAGCAGUGAAUGCCAUGGAUCUGGAAAAGGCAUACCGAUCUGGGUACUCUUGCCUGCUUUCUGGAGGCAAAACUACAUUGAGAUUUCUUGUCUUCUAAACUAUGUGCAAAAUUAAUAAAGAGCAUUUAAAAACCAAAACCAAAAAAAUGCAUUGAGGUGCUGUGGGCUUCGUGGUGUUCUGCCCAGUGCAUUAAAGCGACACUGUCCCAUAUGUUAGACUUGCGGUCCACUUGUCAAAAUAUUUGUCCACUCACCAUGUUUGGUUCCUGCUUCUUCUUUUGCAGUCCUGCAGGCUUGGCCAGCAUCGACCCAUCUGUAAACUGUUGCCUGACGGGAUCAUGAGAGUCGGAUCUGCUGCUUCAACCAAACUUUCUGAGAAGUCUGUUGCUGAGUGGUUCUCCCAGGCAGCUCAUGCCAACAGCGAAUCAUUUUCUAGACUCAAACUGUAUGCUCAAGUCUGCAGAUAUGAUUUGGGUACGUUCCCCCCACUUCCUUCCCUUAAUGCAAGGAUAGCCAACAUCGUGCCAUCCAGGUGUUGUUGGACUCACCCCCCAUCAAUUGUAGUCCACAUAGCCCCUGGUCCAGGAUAUUGGAAGUUAUAGUCCAGCGACAUCUGGAGAGCCCUAGGUUGGCUAUCCCUGCCCUAAAGCCGUCACUUGUAAAAAUAUUUCACUGUGGUUAUACAAUACAUAAGUGGUUGGAACAGAGUUGCUGAUGAGAUGCUGGCAUGCAAAAAAUGCAGCUCCCAUACUUGAAGUUACCCAUACUGUAAUUCCGAUCUGGUACAGUGCAAGUUGUCCAUGUUCCUUGACCCAUAUAAUUUGCAUAUUAGCGGUGGGUUGCUAAAUCAGACAGAGGAAGCUAUGUUUUCUUCUAGGGUUCAGAAUGUUCUGUCCAGCUACAGGGAUUGGAAAUCUAAUUUGAUCUUGUUAGUGCAAAGUUACAUUAAGUGAACCAUAAGUAGUUGUUGGGGGUUUCAGUCAAUCAUAUUUCAGGAGCCAAAAACAUGAAGCAGUCGCCUUGGCCUCUGACUCUAACUUUCUACUCUUGGGGAACUCUUUCCACAUCUAUUUCUUUACUUACUCCACCCCCAAACCCUCCAGCACCCAGACCUAUGCCAACCAUUUGUGGUCAUGUUCAGUGCUAUUUUUCUAGAAAAAGAGGUGCCAGAACUCACCAUGAAUCUUGUUCUCACAUAAUGGCAAUGGCGCCCACCUGAGAGGUGCUGGAACUGAGUUCUGGCUGAAAAAAAGCCCUGGUCAUGUUUAUGGAUGCAAAGUCAGUUUGUGGGCACUGCUGAGUUUGACAGGUGUUCUGUGUGAACUGAGAAUUCAACCUAGAAAACCUUUGACGCUCUGGUGCACUUUCGUGUUUUAAAGGAAGAUUGGUAGACUGCCUUUGGUUUGGUUGUAAAUCAUUUCGGCUUAUCCUGGACAAGAUAAAGCGACUCAACAAAUUAAAUAAAUAAUAAUAAUAAUAAUUUCAGGGAAGGUUAUCAUCCCCCAGGAAAUAGGUAUCUCUUCUCUUUCACCUGUGUAGUAAACUGUGAAGGACCUAGAGUUUGGCGGGUUCUCUAUCUAAAUGAAUAUGAUGCUCUGUCAAGUUUCAUUAAUGCAGAAGCAGAAGGUUUGGUUAAUUUCUUUUCCUUUUCUGUUUUAAGGUCCUUACCUUGCUACACAGCCAUUGGACAAUUCCUUGCUUUCUCAGUCCAGCCUAGUUCCUCCCACCAGCCAUCCUACAUCUGUCCCGCCUCAGGUUGGAGGCAGCUCUACUCCAUCAUCCACCCCUUCGUCUGCUCCCAGUAAUGCUGUCCCAAUGAACUCAAACAGUGCCAUCACCUCUGCCACUACCACGGCCAGUUCCACCAUGACCACGACUGCCACUUCAUCCUCCUCUUCCAGUUCAGGCGGUGGGAUUUCAGCGAACAAACCUUCAUCCUUUCCACCUUUUGGCAGCAUGAACAACACUACUACUCCUUCCUCCCUCUCCACGCAGUCUGCAACAGUCCAGAAUGGGCAGGCGGGGACGCAGCAGCAACAGCCGCCAUCCGCAGCGAUACCGGGGGAAGCCCCAUCAGUCCCGCCGCAGCCGCACUCAGAAGUUUCAGAGAGGUAACACGGCAAAGAAUGAUUUAUCAGUUAAUGUACUCACUUCCAUUUGUAUCCUGCCUUUCUUCCAAGUUGCUCAAGGUGGCACACAUGGUUCUCCCCCCACAACUAUCCUGUGAGGUAGGUUUAGGCUGGGAAAUGGUGACUGGCCCAAAGUAACCCGAGUGAGCUUCAUAGUUGGAUAGAUAUUUGAACUUGGGUCUCUGAAGUCUCAUUCGGAGACUCUUGACCUCUGCACCGUGCUGGGUUCUUAUCCUUAAAGCAAAAUGGGGUGAUUGGGGACUUUGCUGGAACUUCCCUUCCAAGUAAGAUGAGAGAAAAUAUGCCACCAGUUUGGCAUCCCUUUUGCAGGAAUCUGAUUUCUUGAACAGGUGUCCUUGCUGUCAUUAAAACCACACUAUAGAAGUAAGGCAGUUGUCUGAGCUCCAACUUGUAGCUAGCAGUAUUUUGGCCCAAACAGAUCAAAGUGUAUCCUUCCUUCUGUGCUAUGACAGUCUCCGAUAUCAACCAAGGACUGUACGUGAGCUGCUAAAUUUUGAAAGUAUUCCAGUGCCUUAGAUUGUAAGCCCCUUGGGACAAGGCCUGUGCUCUUCUGCUUUGCAAAGUACCACAUAUACAAAUUUUUGUGGAAUUUGCAAAGAUUGAAUUCCCUAGGCUUCCUUCUACUUCCACGUCAAGUGUUCCAACUCUUGUUAAAUCCAGCAAACUUCUGAUCAAAAUUGAGGAACCACAGUGUGAGUAAUUGUACCAAUGGUUACUCAUCUCUGAAGGAUGCCUGCAUUAAUUUUUUACCCUUUGGUGCCAGGAGUGCCUAAUACCUUUGUGCCCCUUUUGUUAGUGAGUAAUGUGUUUGCUGUGCUCUGAUAAGCCUGAGAUAAUUGAUGGGGAAGGUAUAUUAGCUGCAGAUGCCGCAAAGGUACUGAUGGCUCCCGAAAGCCGCAAAGACUGCUUCCCCUUAAAAUACUGCAUAGGGGAGAUGGGAGUCUUUCUCUGCUGGGUGAAAAGAAGUCAGAUAAUUUGUGAACACAUAACACAGUCUUAACACUUAACGGCCCAUACAAGGAAGAAGCUUUCUGUUUCUUAUGUCUGCUUGCUUUCUGCUUCCAGCACUAUGGACCGCGACAAAGUGGGAGUCCCCACUGACGGCGAUUCCCACGCAGUCACCUACCCACCUGCCAUCGUAGUUUACAUUGUUGACCCUUUCUCGUAUGAGAAGAAAGAGGAGGGCAACUCCUCCAGCGUGUGGACUCUGGGUCUUCUCCGUUGCUUUCUUGAAAUGAUCCAAAAUCUCCCUACUAACAUCAGAAACAUUGUUUCUGUUCAGGUAAGCUGAUGCUGUGAUGUGGGAAGCCAAAGGCAGCCUGUUGCUUAAGGUGUUUGCCCACAGUAGUCCUUGGAAGAAGCCUUGUUCCCUUCCGAUGGCUGGACUUACAACCUGCCCUAGCUCUACAGUGGCUUUGUGUGGUUUGUGUGAUGCUUUAAUGUUCCUAACUCAAAUGCUGUUCAGGUCAGAACAAGAGAAUUAAAUAAAUUGCUUUGGCUGCUUAGUUCUUUUUGAAAGUACCAACAUGUCAUUGAUGUUGACCUCAUCUUGUGAGCUAUACUCUAUGAUACUAUGAUUCCACGCACAUGGCUGUGUCCUGGUUUAUUAUAUUGAUUUAUUAUUGGUUGCACAGGAUAUUGUGAUAGGAUGUUGCCCAGAGUCAAAACUGGUGCAAAUGCUACUUUUUUUUGGCAUGAAGGCUGUUCCUGUCUUAAUGCUUCUCUAUACUAGUAUCAGAUUGGGCAGUGUAUACUUACCUUUUCCUCCCUCUCUGACCUUCUUAGCUUGUUCCUUGUCAAUAUCUGUUACAACCAGUCAAGAAUGAAGACAGGCAGAUCUACACUCAGCAUCUAAAAUCGCUGGCAUUCUCCGCCUUCACGCAAUGCCGGAGGCCACUCCCAACGUCGACCAAUGUGAAAACAUUAACUGGGUUUGGCCCAGGUUUGGCAAUGGAGAUGGCGCUCAGGAGUCCAGAGGUAAGUGAGAACCAUGAGUUGGUUGGCAUGAAAUCUGGUAAACCUCUGAGAAACCCUGGCAGAAUGAGAUACAUAUCAAUAGUGUGAGUGAGUGCCUAUCCCUCAGGCAAAACUGAUGCUGUGCGCAUGCGCACAAUUCUGUUUCAUUUGUUUAUAUGGGGAUCUGCUACUCUGUGGGACAAGUAAUCCUGUGGUUUUAAGUGUUCUGUUUUGUGUGUGUUUUGCAGAGACCAGAGUGUAUUAAGCUGUAUGCCCCUCCCUUCAUAUUGGCUCCUGUCAAAGAUAAACAGACAGAGCUGGGAGAAACCUUUGGAGAGGCUGGGCAGAAAUACAAUGUGCUUUUCGUGGGCUACUGUCUCUCUCAUGAUCAAAGGUGGCUUCUUGCAUCGUGCACAGAUUUAUAUGGAGAACUAUUGGAAACCUGCAUUAUCAACAUUGAUGUACCUAACAGGUAAGGGCUGUGGAAUUCAUAAAGUCAUUUCCUGUAUUUAGAUAAGUUUAUAGAAACUUUCUUUCCUGGAAACCUUUUUAUGAUUCACUUAAUGGUUCAUGGAUUUUUAUGCUGAUAAUGUUUUUACUGCAUGUUUGAAGGGUGUUUGAUUUUACACACACACACACUUGUGCCUAAUCUUACUUUUUAAAGCUUUUUUAGAAGCAUCUCAUUUUCAAAAACAGGAUAUAAGUAAUUAAAUAAAGAUUUAACAUGUACAGAAUCUUUCCCCUGUCUUGACCCUGGCUGCCCAAAUAUUGAAGUGUAACAGUGUCUAAAUGUUCUUUGGGAGCAGUCAAAGCAGCUGGAAGGUAUGUUCACGGAUUUGUUUACUAGUGAAUCUUUAUUUCGCACCAGGGCUCGUAGGAAAAAGGGGUCUGCUCGCAGACUUGGUCUUCAGAAACUCUGGGAAUGGUGCCUGGGGCUUGUGCAGAUGAGUUCGUUGCCUUGGAGAGUUGUAAUAGGACGUCUUGGAAGAAUAGGCCACGGGGAGCUAAAAGGUAAUAUGGAAACAUCUCUAAAGAUAUUUGUCACCCAUGGAGAUGCAGCGUUCUGUGCAAGUUUGUCCCCUCUCUUGCCAAAAUGCUUGAUAUGGGACAAAAAUGGUACAUUUAAUAAUGUACAUAAUGCACACACUCAUUUUGGAUAGAAUAUAUAAAUGUGAAUAGGCAUGCAUGCUCUAGAACUGUGAAGCCCUUAAUGCCACAAAAAAUUAUUGCAAGCAAUGCAGGGGUCACAAAAUGAAUUUUUGGGGAGACUGCUCCUUACUCCAGGAUUAUUGGUCUGGAGAACAGAGUGGCCCCUGAGAUCAAAGAAUUAUAUACAUAUGGAAGCAAUCUCCUUUUGGGGUGGGGUGUUUAUGCUAUGGGGAAAAGGGGCUUUCUGUCACCUAAGCUGCAACCUAUUCAGUUUCAGCAGAGAAUUUGGAUUUAGCCCCUGCUGGCAAUUUUAACACCUGAAAUACUUGUGAACAGUCACUAACUGAUGGAAGAAAAUAAUUUCCAAAGCAGUUUGCUUGCUAGGUAGUUUAGCUUUCUUUUCCUUUCUGUUCCACUUGGAAAAGAGGUCGGAAUAGCUUAAGAAAGAAGCUUGCAUACAGCGGUCCAUCCAGUUUUUAAUGUACCCAUUUUGUGGUCUAGACAUGACAGCAGCUAGCCACCAUUUACAUUUAAAAUCAUUUCCUUGGUAGCCAAUCUCUCUGGUUUCAUCUUUAGAUUGGAGUUGUUUGCUGAGUCGCCGAAAUCUGCAGUCACUUAGCAAGAGACUGAAAGACAUGUGCAGGAUGUGUGGCAUCUCCACUGCCGAUUCUCCCAGCAUUCUCAGUGCCUGCUUAGUGGCAGUAGAACCGCAGGGAUCCUUUGUCAUCAUGCCAGGUAUUUGUGAAAUGCUUCUCACUUGUUGCUUCUAUGAAAGCAAACAUAUUGGCUGUACUAUUUAGCAAAAUCUCUCUCUCUCUUUCUUUAAGAUUCUGUAUCAACUGGCUCAGUGUUUGGGCGCAGCACCACCCUAAAUAUGCAGACGUCCCAACUAAACACCCCACAGGAUACGUCGUGCACUCAUAUACUUGUGUUUCCCACGUCUGCAUCUGUGCAAGUAGCAUCAUCAACUUAUACCACUGAAACUGGUUUGGAUCUGGCCUUUAAUACAAACAAUGGUGUGUGUUUGUUUGUGUGUAUGUGUUUGUGUGUCUUCAAAUACUUUCAUAUAAAAAUGUUUCCUUGAUAGAUAUGAAAAAUGAGGGCUGUAGAUGAUAGAAAUUCAGCCCUCCCAACAAAACACAGAUUUCUCUGUCUCUAGACCCCAAGUGGGGCUUUCCCCAUCCUUCUUGGCACCUGUGGCUUCCUUAGCUGACCCCAAUUUCUUAAGCACACUGAUCCCAAUUUCUUAAGCACCCUCCCCCCAGAACACACAAGUCUGUCUUUUCCUAGGCAUAAGGUUUUUCACUGCAGCCACACCAGUCUUUUGCUUCCUUUCCAGUAUCUGCAAUGCUGGUCCCCCCCCCCCUCAACUUGGGCCUUCACCGUCCUCUGUUAGAGUGCUCAUGAGCAGCCUAUUAGAUCUCAAACCCAUGAUAUUGGCAGCAGCCAAUUGUUUGUGUGCAUGUGUGUCUUGGCAUGCAUAUGCAGUAUCGGUCAAAGCAAAGCAACAUAACUGUGUAUAAAAUAGAUUGAAGCAAGAGCUGUCUGGGACCAGCCAAAUUUACAAUGUCACUGAGUGUAUUUCAUGGGUGCCCAGGGAUUUGAAUGCAGCCCUCUGUUUCAAGCCCAGUAUUCCAACCACAAUGUCAUGCUAGCUGUGGGUAAAGAAUUUCUUCAUACAUUGUGUACUCUCCUUUUUUUAUAUAAAUCAUAACGAUAGCAACUCUCUGUUAACAGACUCUUUGUUGUUGUAUUUGUUGCUUUUCUCAAGAUGGAGCAGAUGGAAUGGGGCUCUUUGAUUUGUUAGACACUGGAGAUCCUGAUAUUGAUCCUGAUAUUAUAAACAUCCUCCCUGCAUCCCCUACCGGGUCCCCUGUGCACUCACCAAGUUCCCACUUCACCCAUGGAGGUGACAUGGGCAAGGUAAGGUUUUAUGGCAAGAAACCGUAUUUAAGAAAUCAACCAUGUGUUUGCCUCAGUGCUGAUCUGGAUGGCCAGGGGUUGUCAAGUACCCCCAUUUCAAUAUUGUGGCAACCAAAUAUAAAAGGAAUCCAUCCUUGGGAUACGGUGCUGCCUUCUGCAUUCCUCAUAGCAAAAAGGAUAUUGUAGAGUUGGAAAAGGGCUAGAAAAGGACAACCAAAAUGAUUAGAAUGAAGCAACUCCCUUAUGAGGAAGAGUUGCAAUGUUUUGGGCUUUUUUGUUUUCAGUGGGGGGGGGAGAUAUAGAGGUUUACAGCAUUAAGUAUGGUGAGAAGAGAGAGAAGAUUUUCUCUCUCUUUUAACAUUAGAAUGUGUUAACCAGUGUAGCUGAAUGGUGGGGUAUUUAGGGGCAUAGCUAAUCUGUUCAAUUCACUGUUUGAAGAUGUGGUGGUGGUCACCAGCAGAUGGCUUUAAAAAGGGAUUUGGCAAAUGUCUGAGGGAUUAAGGCUCCUUCCUCCAGGACCAGAGGCAGCCACCCUCUGAUUGCCAGUUGUUGAGGACCAUGAGCAGCUGUGGCCUACUCUACUCCAGCCCUGCUUGUGUAGGCAUGCGGUUGGCUGUGGCAGGAAACAGGAUUCUGGGCUAGAUGGGCCUUUGGUCUGAUCCAGCAAGGCUUUCCUUGUGAACUCUUUGCCAAUUCCCCACCUUCUGUUUUGUCGCACCAGGGUCAAGGUACAGAUCGCUUGCUCUCAACGGAGUCUCACGACGAAGUCACCAACAUCCUACAGCAACCUCUGGCCCUUGGUUACUUUGUCUCAACUGCCAAAGCAGGUCCGUUGCCUGACUGGUUUUGGUCGGCGUGUCCUCAAGCACAAAAUCAGUGUCCCCUGUUUCUUAAGGUAACAAACCUUCAGCAAAGUCUGGGAGGUGUGGGGAUUGGUGUUGUUGAGAGAGUGCUUCAAAAGACAUACGCUGCGUAUCAUUAUGUAAGUUUCAGGAGAGCUUUUCGGGGUGAGGGGGGCAGUAGCGGCAACGUGGGCUUGUAGGCGGGCAUUCGGUAUAUACCAAGUCAGCUGGAAAGACUUAUGUCUGCACUUAACAGCCAACUACUUCGUUCAAAGCAGCAGGGUCUCCUGCCUGCCUGAUCAAGGAAGUGGCAGGUACAGCAUCGAGGAGUCACUGGUGGACAAAAACUUUCAGAGAUGCGUCCCACUAAGGUGUGAGCUGCAGCGGUGGCAUAGGAAGGGGGAUGCGGUGGGUGCGGGCUGCUCCGGGUGUCAUCACUGAGGGGGGUGUGUGACUGCAGGGCCUGGCCUGCAGUGUGCCCAAGCCACAUGGCUCUCCUGGGGAGUGACGCGGUGACUUGGGCACCUGUAGGCUCUGCGCUGCCCAAAUGACAACGUAGGGCUUGCGGACUCAGUGGAGGUUCUGCGCAAGGUGCUCUGCCCUGGCUUGCCCCGCCCCUGGGUGCAGGUCAUUUGCGCUGCCCCGGGCGCCCGAGCAGCUAGCUACACUGCUGAGCUGUAGAGAGGGAAAGAUGCUCUUUCUCCUUUCAGCCAAGCAUUCCAGCACUGCGCUUUCGAACCCAGAUUCACGAUUUGCUCGAGACUUCUUCUGAUCCCUGGCUCUGAACGCAGCAAUGAGCAGGUGCUUCUCUAGUCAAAGGCUGUUCCCCGGCUCCAAACUGAGUAGUGGGUGGCUUUGCUAAAACUAGAGAGAGCACCCAACUUCUGCCCAGGAGACAAGGAUGAGCAACUGCACGUUGCCCUCUGCUGGGGGGGAGGAUUGCCUGGGAGCAGGGGGAAGUUGUUGUGUUCAAGAAUGUGGAGGAGUUACUUUCCCACAAGUUAUUCAUUGGCUCAUUUCUUUGUACUCUGCCUUCCCUGGCUAAUUGUUUGUGGCCAUCCAUCCCAUUUUGUGAAUGUAGUGAGUGAUAGUAUAAACUUGGUUACAAUUGCAUUCCUUGUUUUAUACCUUGUUUUUUUGAGAAUUUGGGGAGGGGGGGUUGUUUGGAUUCCUCUGCAUUUGGUUGAAGAGGAUGAGAUUGAAACAAAACCCAGAAAAGGCUGUGUGUGUGUGUGUGUGUGUGUGCGUGCACAUGUGCGCACAUGCGUGUUUGUGUGUGUGUUCAGGGUUUAUAGAGAUUGGGGGACUUUUACUGUGGGGACACUCGCUGGUGGGAGGGUCUCCCACAGAGCUAUGCUCUAAACUUUGUCCCUAUAGAGGAAUUAUUGUUUGAUUAUUAGCUCUCUCUCCCUCUCUUUUAAAGCAUUGUAAUAAACACUUACUGUAUGUUCUGACUUCUUUUAAAGGCUUCUCUGCACCUCCAUGUGCCUUCAGUGCAAUCGGACGAGCUACUUCACAGUAAACACUCCCACCCUCUUGACUCGAAUCAAACUUCCGAUGUCCUCAGGUAUGAUCAUCAGUUGUGUGUGAGAGCAUGCAAAAUACAGGAUUUGUUGUUUUAAAGGUGCGGUUCUGCUAUUGUAGCCAUUCAGUUUGCUACAAUCUGCCGAUGCUUUUCUCUUGCUUAUACGCUCAUUUACACGGCACAGUACGUUGAAUUUAUUUUAAUAUAUCCUUCAGCACUGAGAAAUUCUCAGGUUGUCUUAUGAAGCUGUUCUCAUAAUUUAUCUUACUAAUGGACUAAGACCAAUAGGGCAGGUAAUGUGUGUGUGUGUGUAUUGUGCAGACACAUAUAUCUUUAUAUCUCAAAACAUUAAAGACCCCCACAUUCAUUCAUUUCACUGGGUCUAUUUCUGAAUAGGAUUUAGUUGAAUAAAACCUACAGCUGUGCACACUUCUUGUGAGUAGGCCCCUUUAGCUCAAGAAGGCUUCCUUGCACCAAGGGUUGAGUGAGGUUGUGUCUACUCUAUCCCCUGGCCGACUUCCAACCUUCCCAUACAUGCAGCUCCUCCCUGCUAUAUACACCUGGUAGCUGGAAGUGAAGCAUUUUGAUCCUGCCUCUUACUAUAAGCUCCUUUGCUAACAGAAAUGCGGGUUAAUAAAUUAUAUCCUUGUGACCUGUGCUGAAAAACGGCAAAGCCUUCCCAAUAAUGACUUCCUGGCUGGUCCUUGUUCCCUUCUUUCCUUCUCCCAGGUUUGUGUUGGAACAGUACAACGCACUUUCCUGGCUAACCUGUGAUCCUGCGACCCAGGACCGGCGGUCGUGUCUCCCAGUUCACUUUGUGGUGCUGAAUCAGUUGUAUAACUUUAUCAUGAAUAUGCUGUGA